UCUGAGCAGAUCAGCGUUCCCGGCCUGGACGCCUCGGCUGGAGGGACUGCUGUCAGGAGGAAAAACAAAACUACACGGCGCUGACGGCCUGUAGUUUUGUUUUUUUCUGUGGGGUUCCUUUCGAGGCUCAGCUUGUUCUCCUUUCGGAUUUUCUGACUAAAUUUUCUGGAUAAAGAGAUUUUUGAUUUUCUGAAGUCAGCCCUCCGGGCAUCCCCGGGCAUCCUUGUGCAGACAAGGUGCCGACCAACAUGUCAACACAGGCGCCGACAUUCACACAGCCGCUGCAGAGCGUCGUGGCACUUGAGGGUAGUGCCGCGACGUUCGAGGCUCAAGUUAGUGGUUCUCCAGUUCCUGAGGUGAGCUGGUUCCGUGAUGGCCAGGUUCUUUCCGCCGCCGCUCUGCCCGGCGUUCAGAUCUCGUUCAGCGACGGCCGCGCUGUUCUGAGAAUCCCCGCUGUGACCGCCGCACACAGCGGAAGAUUUUCCGUCAGAGCCACCAAUGGCGCUGGACAAGCCACGAGCACCGCUGAACUCCUCGUUACAGUGGAGACGGCGCCUCCAAACUUCCUUCAGAGACUGCAGAGCUCGACAGUGAGACAGGGCAGCCAGGUGAGGCUGGAUGUCCGAGUGACAGGAAUCCCAACACCUGCGGUGAAGUUCUACAGAGAGGGAGCCGAGAUCCAGAGCUCAGCCGACUUCAGGAUCCUGCAAGAGGGAGACCUGUACAGUCUGCUGAUCGCUGAGGCCUUCCCAGAGGAUUCUGGGACGUAUUCUGUGACCGCUACCAAUAGCAGCGGACGUGCUACCUCCACCGCUGAACUGCUGGUUCAGGGUGAGGAAGCUGUACCUGUCAAGAAAACCAAGACUAUUGUGUCCACGUCCCAGAUGGCGGGUGCACAGACCAGAGUGCAGAGGAAGAUGGAGUCCAGUUUCCAAACCACCACCAUGAUGGAGAUGCAAGUAGAAGGAGGAAUGAUGGCUCAGCAGAUGAUGGCCCACAAAACUCCUCCGCGGGUUCCCCCAAAGCCGACCUCCAAGUCCCCACCAUCCUUUGUUUCCAAGGUGACGGGAGGACGCCAGCAGUCGCCUUCACCUGUCAGACACGUUAAAGGGCCGACGCCCACACCUGUCAGAUCCGUUUCCCCCUCCGCCAGAGUGUCCAUCUCUCCCAUCAGACCAGUCAGGUCUCCCCUCAUGACCAGGAAACAGAUCUCGGCCUCUGCAGAGGUCCUGCCACCCUGGAAGCAGGGAGACUACCAUGCUGAAGCCAGCUACACCACUGUGAGCAGCAUGAGCAGUGUGAGUAGCUCCACCCAGCUUCAUAUGGAGAAGCACUGGGAGCAGCAGGUCACCGCCACCAGAGAGGAGGCGGCUGCAGUGCCAACGAGAGCUCAGGAGCCCGUCGUCCCCCCAACGCUCAUCGCUGGCCUGAAGAACGUGACGGUGACGGAGGGUGAGUCUGUGACUCUGGAGUGUCAGAUCAGCGGCCACCCCGCUCCCGGCAUCAUGUGGUUCAGAGAGGACUACCAGAUCGAGCACUCCAUCGACUUCCAGAUCAGCUACACGAGCGGAUACGCCCGGCUGGUGAUCCGCGAGGCGUUCGCUGAAGACAGCGGCCGCUUCACCUGCACCGCCACCAGUGAGGCGGGAACCAUCAGCACCUCGUGCUACCUGCUCGUCAAAGUGUCAGAAGAAAUCGAGAGCCGAGAGGAGACGACUGUCACUGAGAUUGGACUUGCUCAAGAGAAAACUGUUUCCGUCGAGAUGAGGGAACAGAGGGAGAUGAUGGUGGCGGAGGUGACUACAGGAGAGGCGGCUGCCCCCUUCUUCAUCAAGAAACCAGACGCUCAGAAGCUGGUGGAGGGAGGAAGCGUCGUCUUCGUAUGCCAGGUCGGAGGAAACCCCAGACCUCACAUCAUCUGGAAGAAGAGCGGUGUGCCACUCACCACCGGAUACAGAUAUAAAGUGGCCUACAAGAAGGAGACUGGAGAGUGCAAAUUGGAGAUCUCUAUGACCUUUGCUGAUGAUGCUGGAGAAUACUCUAUCUUUGUCAAGAAUCAACACGGAGAAGCCUCAGCCUCCGCCAGCCUGCUGGAAGAAGAGGCAUAUGAAGCUUAUAUGAAGCAGUUUGACGUGACAUAUAAAACUGAAGUGACGACGACGGUGAUUCAGGAGCCCUCUGUGGUUGUGAGUCAGUACGAGCUGGAACAGAGGAGGGUGACAACCCCCAUGAGCUUUGUCUCAGAAACGGAAUUUCUCAUUUCCGCCUUUGAAGAGAGGAUCAUCCAGGAGAUUGAGCUCCGUAUCAUGAGGAUUACCUACAGAGAGCUGGUGACGGAGGACGGAGAGCUGAUGGUGACGAUUGCAGAACAGGAGGCAGUGCAGCCGGCCUUUGAAACACCGGUCAAAAACUACAGGAUCAUGGAGGGAAUGGGCGUCACUUUCCACUGCAAGAUGGGUGGACAGCCACUGCCAAAGAUUGCUUGGUACAAAGACGGCCAGCGCAUCAGGGCUGGUGGCCGUUACCAGAUGGAGGUUCUGCAAGAUGGACGAGCCAGCCUUCGCCUGCCUGUGGUGCUGCCAGAGGAUGAGGGCGUGUAUACUGCCUUUGCAGCAAACAUGAAGGGAAAUGCUGUCAGCUCUGGAAAGCUCUACAUUGAGCCAUCCGGAGCUGUGACACCUCAGAGAUACACACCACAGCCAGCAAUGCAGAGAAUCAGAUCCACAUCUCCUCGUUCCCUGAGCCGCUCCCCUGGCCGUUCUUCCAGUCGUUCUCCGGGACGUUCUCCUGCACGAAGGCUUGACGACACAGACGAGGCUCAGCUGGAAAGACUCUACAAACCUGUAUUUGUCAUGAAGCCUUCCUCAAUUAAAUGCUCUGAGGGGCAAACUGCCAGAUUUGACUUAAAGGUUGUUGGCAGACCCAUGCCUGAAACAUACUGGUUCCAUAAUGGACAACAAGUGGUCAAUGACUACACCCACAAGAUAGUGAUUAAAGAGGAUGGUACCCAGUCCUUGAUUAUUGUCCCAGCCAUGCCACAAGACUCUGGAGAGUGGACAGUCGUCGCUCAGAACAGAGCUGGACGGACAUCUGUUUCUGUAACUCUUACUGUGGAUGCUAGAGAAAGCCUGGCUCGUCCUCAGUUUGUUGAGAAGCUGAGGAACAUCACUGUGAAGCAGGGCACUCUGGUUGAGUUGGCUGUCAAAGCCAUUGGAAACCCCCUGCCUGACAUCGUCUGGCUGAAAAACAGCGACAUCAUUACCCCACAGAAGCACCCACAUAUCAAGAUUGAGGGAACUAAGGGAGAGGCCAAAUUCCAGAUUCCAUCUCCUGCAGGCUCAGACAGUGCCUGGUACACUGCUACAGCCAUCAACAAGGCGGGCAGAGACACAACUCGCUGCAGAGUCAAUGUUGAGGUGGACUUCAGUGCUCCUCAAGCUGAGAGGAAGCUCAUUAUUACCAGAGGAACCUACAAGGCCAAGGACAUCGCAGCCCCUGAGUUGGAGCCCCUUCAUAUGCGAUAUGGUCAAGAGCAGUGGGAGGAGGGUGACCUUUACGACAAAGAGAAGCAGCAGAAGCCACAAUUCAAGAAGAAGCUGACCUCUAUCAGAAUGAAGCGCUUUGGUCCAGCUCAUUUUGAAUGCAGACUGACCCCUAUUGGCGACCCCACCAUGGUAGUGGAAUGGCUGCAUGACGGCAAACCUCUGGCAGCUGCAAACAGGCUGCGCAUGGUCAAUGAAUUUGGCUACUGCAGUCUUGAUUAUGAAGUCGCUUAUGCUAGAGACAGUGGCGUCAUAACAUGCAGAGCCUCAAACAAGUUUGGAGUCGACCAGACUUCUGCAACACUGAUCGUUAAGGACGAGAAGGGCCUGGUUGAGGAAUCACAGCUUCCUGAAGGCAGGAGGGCGCCACACAGGAUGGAUGAGAUUGAGCGGAUAGCUCACGAGGGAGGACCUGCAGGAGUCACCACUGAUGAAGAAUUUGAAAAGACUAAGCCUGAAAUUGUUCUGCUGCCUGAACCAGCCAGAGUGUUUGAAGGCGACAUUGCAAGAUUCCGCUGCAGAGUGACUGGUUAUCCAGCACCCAAGGUUAACUGGUACAUCAACGGACAACUUAUCCGCAAAAGCAAGAGAUACAGACUCCGUUAUGACGGUAUUUACUAUUUGGAGAUUGUCGACAUCAAGUCCUAUGACCAAGGAGAGGUUCGGGUUGUUGCAGACAAUCCUCUAGGCACAACUGAGCACACUGUGAAGCUGGAGAUCCAACAGAAAGAGGACUUUAGAUCUGUUCUGCGCCGUGCUCCAGAAAAAGCUGCAGAGGCUGCACAUGAGACUGGCAGAACAGGAUUUGAUGUUGUAAAGGUCGACCGACCUGGAGAGACCCCACAGGACAGAGAAGUUGUUAAGCUGCGUAAGACCCAAAGAAUUGUGCAUGAGAAAACCUCAGAAGAGACUGAUGAACUGAAGAGCAAGUUCAAGCGUAGGACAGAGGAAGGUUUCUACGAGUCCAUCUCCGCUGUGGAGUUCAAGUCUCGCAGGAGGGACGACUCCUAUGAAGAUCUACUAAAGAAGACUAAGGAUGAGCUGCUUCAUCACUUGAAAGAGAAAGAAGAAGCUGAGAGGAAACUGUUGGAGGAACAGGGCAAAGUCACCAUCCCCACAAUCAAACCAGAGAGGGUCCAGCUCUCCCCCAGCAUGGAAGCACCCAAGAUCCUGGAGCGCAUUACAAGCAAGACAGUUGCUCCAAUGGAUGAGGUUCGUUUCCAAGUCAGAGUUGUCGGCAGACCAGAACCUGAGUGCCAGUGGUUCAAAAAUGGCAUUCUCGUGGAAAAAUCUGAUCGUAUUUACUGGUACUGGCCUGAAGAUCAUGUGUGUGAACUGGUAAUCAGAGAUGUAACAGUAGAAGACUCUGCUAGCAUCAUGGUUAAAGCCAUGAAUGUCGCUGGAGAGGCUUCAAGCCACGCCUUCCUGCUUGUGCAAGCCAAGGCAGCAGUCAGCUUUACCCAAAACCUGGAGGAUGCCACUGCAAACGAGAAGGACACCAUGGUGACCUUUGAGUGCGAAACCAACGAACCUUUCGUCAAAGUGAAAUGGCUCAAAAACAACAUGGAGAUCUUUUCCGGAGACAAAUACAGAAUGCACUCAGACAGGAAGGUCCAUUUCCUGUCUGUGCUGAUCAUUGAAAUCAAGGAUGAUGCCGAAUACACUUGUGUGGUUGUAGAUGAUGAGAACAUCAGGACAAGUGCAAGGCUCCAUGUCGAAGGUGCUGCCCUGGAGCUCAUCAAACACAUGGAGAGCAUUGAGGUGCCAGAGACCUACGCUGGAGAGUUUGAGGUUGAACUGUCACGUGAGGAUGCUGAAGGCAGCUGGUUCUUCGGAGACAAGGAACUUUCUCCCAGCAGUAAAUACGUCAUGUCAUCUCGCAGAGGAAGACACACCCUGUCUGUAAAAGAUGUCAGAAAAGUUGACCAGGGGAAAUAUACCUUUGUAUGUGGAGAUCUGAGGACUAGCGCCUCACUGAAGAUGAAAUUGCGCCCAGUGACCCUGAUGCAGCCCUUGACUGACCUCACAGUGUGCGAGGGUGACAUUGCUCAGCUGGAGGUCAAGUUCUCUCAGGAGAACGUUGAGGGAACCUGGAUGAAGAAUGGCCAGGCCAUUUCUGCCUCGGACCGUGUCCACAUUGUAAUCGACAAACUGGUUCACAAGCUGCUGGUGGAAAACGUCACUAGAGAAGACGCUGCUUCCUACUCUUUUGUGGUUCCCGCCCAAGACAUUUCCACCUCGGGCAAACUCAGUGUUCAAACUAUUGACAUUGUGGUGCCACUGAAGGAUGUGUCCUCCAUCGAAGGCACCAAGGCUGUUCUGGAGGCCAAGAUCUCAGCUCAGGACAUUGGCUCAGUCAAAUGGUACCACAACGACAAACUGCUGGUACCCAGUGACAGAAUCCAGGCAGUGGCAAAAGGAGCCAAGCAGCGUCUGGUCUUCACCAGGACCUACGCCUCUGACGAAGGACACUACAAACUGGUGGUUGGCAAGGUUGACACCAGCUGCAGCCUUACUGUCGAAAAGGUACACAUUGUGAAGCACAUGGAGGACAAAGUGUGCUCAGAGUCCCAGAACGUCACCUUUAACGUUGAAGUUUCUCACGACGGUAUUGACCCAUUCUGGACAUUCAGGAACCAGCAACUCAAACCUGGACCCAAAUACAAGAUGGAGUCCAAGGGCAAGGCUCACUCUCUGACUGUCAUUGAUGCCAUGAAGGACGAGGAAGGCCAGUAUAUGUUCCACGCUGGUGAAAAGACCUCCAGCGCCAAGCUCACUGUCUCUGGUGGAGCCAUCACACGCCCCUUGCAGGACGUGACAGUGGCGGAGUCUCAGACAGCUGAGCUGGAGUGUGAAGUUGCCAAUGCCAACGCAGAGGGCAAGUGGCUGAAGGAGGGUCAGCCUUUGGACUUUAGCGAGAAUGUGGUGAGUGAGGUGAAGGGAGCCGUCAGACGCCUCAUCAUCGCCAUCACCAGGCCACAGGAUGUUGGAGAGUACAGCUACCAGGUGGCUAACUCCAAAACCACUGCCAACCUCAGGGUGGAGGCUGUGAAGAUAAAGAAAACUCUGAGGAACCAGACUGUGACGGAGACCCAGGAGGCGGUGUUCACGCUGGAACUCACCCACCCCGACGUGAAGGGAUCCCAGUGGAUCAAGAACGGUGUGGAGCUGCAGAACAGCGACAAGUAUGAGAUCAUCACCGAGGGCAUGGUCCACACACUGAAGGUCAAGAACUGCAACACACAGGACGAGUGCGUGUACUCCUUCAAACUGGGAAAACUGUCUGCCAAUGCCAGGCUCAAUGUAGAGACCAUCAAAAUCAUCAAGAAGAUAAAGGACGUGACCUCGCUGUCAGAUGCCACCGCCUCCUUUGAGAUGAGCCUUUCACAUGACGACAUCCCCGUCAAGUGGAUGUUUAAAGGGGUGGAGCUCAAGUCGAGCGACAAGUGUAAGAUUCUGGCAGAGCGGAAAGCUCACAAACUGAUCCUGCAGAACGUCGACAGCAGCAAUGCAGGAGAGUACACCGCUGUGGUCGGACACCUGCAGUGCAGCGCUGUGCUCACCGUGGAGGCUCUGCGAGUGACCAAACCCAUGAACAAUGUGGAGGUCCCAGAGACCCAGGUGGCCACGUUCGAGUGUGAAGUUUCUCACUUCAACGUGCCGUCCAUGUGGCUGAAAGAUGGUGUGGAGAUUGAGAUGAGCGAGAAGUUCAGGAUCGUGGUUCAAGGAAAACUCCACCAGCUGAAGAUCAUGAACACCAGCAGGAACGACUCUGCAGAGUACACCUUCAUCUGCGGGAACGAUAAAGUCUCUGCAACGCUCACCGUUAACCCCGUCCUGAUCACCUCCAUGCUGAAGGACCUGAAUGCUCAGGAGAGAGACACCAUCACCUUCGAGGUCACUGUCAACUACGAGGGCAUCACCUACAAAUGGCUGAAGAACGGCGUGGAGAUCAAGUCAUCAGACAGAUGUCAGGUCCGCAGCCGGCAGCUCACGCACUCGCUCACCAUCCGAAAUGUUCACUUCGGUGACGGAGGAGAGUACCAGUUUGUGGCCGGCUCUGCUGCCUCCGCUGCUAACCUGUUCGUCGAAGCUCGUGUGAUUGAAUUCACCAAGAAAAUCAAAGACAUUAAGAUCACAGAGAAGAAGAAGGCUAUUUUUGAAUGUGAGGUUUCUGAGCCAAACAUUCAGGUGAUGUGGAUGAAGGACGGUCAAGAGCUGGACAUGUCUGAAGAAAGGUACAUUGUGACAGCAGAGAAGUACGUUCACCGUCUGAUGGUCCAGACUGUUCGUAUGUCUGAUGCUGGAGAGUAUUCUGUUGUGGCCGGAUCAAGCGUCUCCAAGGCCCACCUGACCGUGGAAGGUCGAGACAUCCGUAUCUCCGAACCUGUGGAGCGGGAAAUCACGGUUUUGGAGAAACACAGAGCAACCUUCGAGUUUGAGGUGAAUGAGGACGACGUGGAGGGUCACUGGUUGAGGAACGGGGUGGAGAUCCAGUUCUCAGUGGAGGAAAGGUUCAACUAUGUGGCCAUCAGGAAGCUUCAUCGUCUCACCAUCUCUGAGACCUACAGGAGCGACGCUGGGGAGUACACCUUCAUCGCCGGCAAAAACAGAACCACCAUGCACCUCCGAGUCAACAUCCCGGAGCCGCCUCAGAUCAUCCGCCACAUGGAGCCCCAGUCGGUGGAGGCCGGUAAACCAGCUCGCUUCUCAGUGCAGGUGAGCGGAGUUCCUCAGCCUCAGGUCUCCUGGUUCAAGAACUCCCAGGCCCUGUCCCCGGGCUUCAAGUGCAAGUUUCUCCAUGAAGGCAAUGAGCACUCGCUGCUGUUGAUCGAAGUGUUCCCAGAGGACGCCGCCAUCUACAACUGCGAGGCCAAGAACGACUACGGCACCGCCACCAGCACUGCAACACUCAACGUGGAAGUGUCAGAGGUGGUUUCUCCGGACUCGGCUGCUACCGUUGCUCCUCCUGUUGUCAUCUCACCCAUCGCCAGCACCACAACUCGCGAGGGAGAACCGGCUCGCUUCCAGUGCAGAGUCCGCGGAGAUGAUGUGAAGAUCAGCUGGUUCCACAAGGAGAAGGAGAUCAAACAGUCAGAGUUCUUCAGGAUGUCUCAGUUCGACGACAGCUGUCAGCUGGAGAUCUCCAGGGUUUACCCAGAGGACGAGGGCGAGUACACCUGCGUGGCCACAAACAAUGCUGGCAGGGCCUCCUGCUCCGCCUCUCUCACACUGGACGUGACUCGAGAGCAGAUUGAAGCCACGAUUGAGCAAGAAGUCAAAGUGCCACCUGUGUUUAGGCAGAAAAUCACACCUCUGGAAAUAAACGUCGGUGGCCACGCCAAGUUCGAAUGUGAAAUCGAGGACGCUCCGAAUGUAACCUUCAAAUGGUACAAGUCUGGAAUUGAGAUCAAACAGAGUGACAAGUAUAGGAUCCUCAGCCGCCACACCAGUUCAUCCCUGGAGCUCCUAAACCCGGUCAAAGCCGACAGCAAUGAUUACACCUGCAAGGCUUCAAACCAGCAUGGCACUGACAGCUGCACUGCCUCACUCGUUGUCACUGAAAUGUACCCACCGGUAUUUGUAUCAAAACCAGACCCAAUGACUUUAUAUGUGGGCAAACAAGCUGUGUUCCAGUGCUCACUCACUGGAUCCUCACCCAUGGAUGUUGUCUGGCACAAGGACAACAUAGUCGUCUCCUCCGAAGGGAACUAUGUCAUGAAAUGUGAAAAGAACAAAUAUUCCCUUCACAUUAAAAGUCUUGAGGUGACUGACCAGGGAGUGUACCUGUGUAAGGCCUCCAACAGUGUUGGCACUGCUACCUUUACCACAGAGCUCAAGGUUAUCAACAAGCCCAGCUUUGUUAAAACCAUUGAGCCAGUGUCAGCCGCUGUUAAUGACCCGCUGAGGCUGGAGUGCCAGGUGGACGAGGACACUGGUGUGACUGUCACCUGGACCAGGGAUGGCAAAAAAGUCCACCAGAGCAUGGAGUGUAAACUGUCCUUUGAGGACAAGGUGGCUGUUGUUGAGAUACCCAAGUCCAAACUGAAGGACUCAGGGAAAUAUGUUUGCACAGCCGCAAAUGAGGCUGGCAGCUCAUCCUGUGAGGCUGUGGUAUCAGUUCAAGAGCCCCCUUCCUUUGUCAAGAAACUGGAACCUAAGAUUACAUGGAAACAAGGUAUAGCUGCACGCUUACAGUGCACUGUUAAAGGAUCACCCGAACUUCGCAUCCACUGGUUCUGGAAUGAGAGAGAGCUUAGCGAUGGAGAAAAAUAUAAAAUCUCUUUCAAGGCUGGAGUUGCCUCUCUGGAGAUAAUGAACCUUCUGGUCACAGACAGUGGGAGUUACACCUGUGAGGUGUCAAAUAAUGCCGGCAGCGAGAGCUGCAAUAGCCUUAUAGCUGUUAAAGAGCCACCAUCCAUUAGGAAAGAACUGCAGACACUAGAGGCAGUGAAGGGAGCAGCAGCUCAGCUGCAGUGCGAGAUCACAGGAACAGCUCCUUUUGAAAUCAGCUGGUUAAAAAAUAAGAAGCCCAUCACCAGUGAUCAAAGAUAUAAAAUAAUGUCCCAAGAGUCAUUGUUAAGGCUGGAGAUUCAGACCUUUGAAAGUGCAGAUGUUGGAGAUUAUCAGUGUGUCAUAUCCAAUGAUGUGGGGAAAGUCAUCACUAAAGCCCUAGCUAAACUUAAAGAGCCACCAACUUUCGCAAAGAGGGUUGAGAGUGCUACAGCAGUGUUAGGAAAUACAGUGAAACUUCAGGGAACCAUUAAGGGCUCAGCUCCCAUCACUGUUAAAUGGAUGAAAGACUCUGAAAUACUGAGAGAUGAUGAUCCAAAUAUCAAGAAGACGUUUGAGAACAAUGUUGCUUGCUUGUCGAUAACAACAGUGGCCAUCAGCCACGGCGGCAAGUAUUCGUGCCAAGCUGAGAACGAGGCUGGCCAACAAAAAUGCGAAGCUACCUUAACUGUGCAAGAACCUGCCAGAGUCGUAGAACCUGCAGAGUCCAUUAGUGUGACUGCAGGAGAUUCAGCUACACUGGAGUGCACAAUCUCUGGAACCCCAGACCUUAAAGUGAAGUGGUUUAAAGACGGAAAAGAGAUGAUCAGUGGCCGUAAAUAUAAGAUGACUCUAAAGGACAAUGUUGCCACCAUGAAGAUUCUUACGGCAGAAAGAGGAGACACUUCAGAUUACAAGAUGGAGGUGUCGAAUAAAGUUGGGAAAGACCAGUGCACAUGCUCAGUGACCGUCUUAGAUCGGAUAAUGCCUCCAACUUUCACGAAGUCCCUGAAAAGAGUUGAUGGUAACAUUGCUAAUGACGUCACCAUGGAUUGUAAAGUGUCUGGGUCCCAACCCAUGACGAUAGCUUGGUUCAAAGACGAUCAGGAGAUCACGUCUGGAUCCAAAUUCCAGCCUGAAUUCAAAGACAGCUCUGCUACACUGCAAAUUAUCCGUCUGGAAAAGGCCGACUCUGGAGUUUACAAAUGCAGAGCCACCAAUUCAGCGGGCUUUAAAGAAACCAGUGGCACACUCUAUGUCAAAGAGCCCCCAGUGUUCACAGUGAAACCAGACAACCAGGAUGUUAUACCAGGAACCACUGUUUCAUUCAAAGCAACCUUCACUGGAACAGCUCCUUUAGCUGUUAAGUGGUUCAGAGAGGACAAAGAGAUUAUAACUGGAGGCUCAUAUUUCAUAAAGAAAGAUGCCUCUUCAAGCUCUUUGGAGCUUAACUCUGUGAAACCAACUGACUCCUCUAAAUACACAUGCCAAGUAUCCAAUGAUGCUGGGAAGGUGGAUUGCACCGUGGUUCUCUUUGUGAAAGAACCUCCUGCAUUUGUGAGGAAGCUUGAAGCGACCAAGCUUGUCACCAGCGGCCACUCCGCCAGGCUGGAGUGCAAAGUAAAGGGCAGUCCUGUCAUCAGCUUUAAGUGGUUCAAGGAUGAGAUGGAGAUCAGCUCCAGUCCUAAAUACACAAUGAUCGUGACUGACUUAGUGCCCUCUCUGGAAAUAGUCACCUGUACAGUAGAGGAUAGUGGAGAUUAUGUCUGUGUGGCAUCCAGUGAGGCUGGUAGUGACCGCUGCAGCAGUACAGUUACAAUCAAAGAGCCACCAUUGUUUGUGCGUAGCUUGGAGUCCAAAGAUGUGGUCAAAGGUUCUGAGAUGAUGUUGGAGGGCCAAGUCUCUGGUUCUGGCCCUUUCACUGUGUCUCUAUAUAAAAACACAAAGCUAAUUAGGAAUGACAAGAGACACAGAAUCACGGUGAAAGACGACCUCAUAGCCCUGCAGGUGCUGGCAGUAGAGGCAGGAGAUGUCGGUUUGUACCAGUGUACUGUUGAAAAUGAAGUGGGGAUGGCCUCCUGUGAUUGUCAAGUAACGCUAAAAGAACCGCCAUCAUUUGUGCGAAAGCUGGAGAACCUCAGUUCCCUGGUGGGCAGCGAGGUUUCUCUGCAGUGCAUUGUGAAAGGCUCAGAGCCUAUGACUGUGUCCUGGAUGAAAGACAACCACGAGCUCAAAGAGGCUGAGCAUAUUCAGAUCACAUAUGAGAACAGCACUGCUCUGCUGCACAUCACCAAUUUGCAGAGCAAGCAUGGCGGAAAAUACUCUUGCCAAGCACAGAAUCAGGCUGGGAGCCAAACGUGCUCUGCUGUGUUGACAGUCAAAGAGCCGGCCAAGGUCACAGAGGAAGCCAAGUCUAUAAGUGUGACUCAGGGGGAUCCAGCCAUGCUGGAGGCCAGGUUCUCAGGCACAAAACCACUGAAAGUCAAAUGGCUAAAGGCUGGCAAGGAGCUGACCUCAGGUCCAAGAUAUAAAGUACAUGGCACAGACAUCAGCUCUGUGCUCAAGAUUAUUAAAACUGACAAAAGUGACGGUGGUGAAUACACCUUUGAGGUUUCAAAUGAUGUUGGCCAAAGUUCUUGCGAGGCCACACUCACCAUUCUUGAUCAAAUAAUUCCACCGUCUUUUACAAGAAAACUGAAGAAGACGGAAGGUAUCAAAGGAUCAUUUGCUCAUCUGGAGUGUCUUGUAUCUGGCUCCCUGCCGAUAACCAUUCAAUGGUACAAAGAUGAGAAAGAAAUCCAGACUGAUGAAAAACACAAAUGCACAUUCUUUGAGAAUGUUGCUUUUCUGGAAAUCUCUAAUCUUGACAGUAAAGACAGUGGCAGCUAUACUUGCAUCGCUAAGAACAAAGCAGGAACGGUCCAGUGCUCUGGGAUCUUGUUUGUCAAAGAACCACCAUGCAUUCUUGAAAAGCCUGAAUCCAUGAAUGUUUUGCCUGGCUCAAAGGUCCAGUUUAAUGUACUGGUUGCUGGCACACCGCCGCUAACCACCAAAUGGUUUAAAAACAAGAAAGAAAUUUUAUCCAGUGCCGACUGCUCUGUGAUCAAAGACAACACUUCAAGCUCGCUGGAGCUCUUCUUUGCAAAAACUUCAGAUUCUGGAGAGUAUGUCUGUGAAAUACAGAAUGAUGUUGGCUCCACUUCAUGCCAGGCAACACUUUUUGUCAAAGAACCUCCUAAGUUCACACGGACCCCAGCACGUCUGUCCGUGGUCCGUCCCGGUCAGAGUAAAGUGUUUGAGUGCCAGGUGACUGGCACACCUGAGAUAGACAUCUACUGGUUCAGGGAAGGCUCCGAGAUCAGCCCGAGCGAUCGGUACAAAAUGACUUUUAUUAACUCUGUGGCCACUCUGGAAGUCUGUGGGGCUGAUAUCAAAGACGGUGGGCUUUACUACUGUGAGGCUCGCAAUGAGGCUGGCAGCGAGAGCUGCAGCAUGGAGCUCAAGGUCAAAGAACCACCAUCAUUUAUUAGAGAGCUGGCUCCAUCUGAUGUUGUCAAGGGCUCCAGUGCCUGUUUUGACUGCCACAUUGCUGGUACUGGUCCAUUUGAGAUUACAUGGCACAAAGAUGCAAAAGAGAUCAAACCCAGUGCUAAACAUGGCUUUUCACAGACGAAUGGCACUGUGGGUCUAGAGGUACAUAAAUGUGACACUGUAGAUGUUGGUGAAUACCAGUGUACUGUUGCUAACGAGGUGGGAAGCUGUGCUUGUAAGACAACGCUAAACCUCAAAGAACCACCAACAUUUACCAAGAAGAUUGAGAACACUGACACGGUGUUGGGUAAAAUGGCAGAGUUUCGGUGUAUUGUGCAAGGUUCUCCCACUCUCUCUGUACAAUGGCAAAAAGAUGAGCACUGGAUUUUGGAAGAUCCAAAGAUUGAGAGAACAUUUGAGAACAAUGUGGCCACUCUUAGGAUUCGUGCCUGUGAGGCCACACACAAUGGGAAAUACACCUGCCAGGUGGUUAACGAAGCAGGGCAAGAUAAGUGUUUUGCCACUCUCACAGUGCAAGAGCCUCCUAAGAUCACAGAGAAACCAGAGAUGAUAAAGGUUACAGUUGGAGAUCCAGUAAGUCUGGACUGUAAGGUAACAGGCUCCCCUGAGCUCAAAGUGAAAUGGAUAAAAGAUGGCAAGGAGCUUCAGUCCAUCAGGCAGCACAAGCUGAUGUUUGAGAACAGCAUCAGCAGCCUAAAGAUUCAAUCUGCUCAGAAAGCAGAUGAAGGAGAGUACAUCUUCGAAGUGGCAAACCACAUCAGUAGCUGUACCUGCAAAGUCAAAGUUAUCGUACUAGAGCAAGUCAUUCCCCCAAGCUUCAUCAAACCUGUGGUAGACAUGCAAGAGAUAUUGGGCUCCUUUGUUCAUAUAUGUUGCAAAAUAUCUGGUUCCCUCCCCAUCUCUGUGGAAUGGCAGAAAGACGGAGCCAAAAUCUCUAGCGGUGUAAAACACAAACUCAUUCAGCAGGACAAUUCUGUGUCCAUCGAAAUUGAACAGCUAGAGAGAUCUGACGCAGGAUCCUACUCUUGCAAACUGUCCAACGCAGCAGGAAGUUGUGAAUGCAGUGGAUCCCUCAUGGUUAAAGAACCUCCCAGCUUUGUGACAUUGCCUGAAUCCCAGGCAGCUCUACCCAAUUCCACUGUACGUUUCAAAGGAACAUUUAAGGGGACCCCUCCCUUCAUGGUCAAAUGGUUCAAGGACGACACUGAGCUCAUGACUGGGCCCACUUGUUUCACUGGGCUGGAUGGAAUGUCUUGCUUCUUAGAGCUCUAUUCAGUGGGUGUCGCCCAGAGUGGAGUUUACUCUUGCCAAGUCAGCAACGAUGCUGGCUCUGUACGCUGUAGUGCAGACUUGACGGUCAAAGAACCACCUGAAUUUGUGCUGAAACUCCCUGCCACAAAGUUUGUGAAGCAGGGUGAGUCACUCCGACUGGAGUGCAAAGUCAGUGGCACCGCCCCUCUGAAAGUGACCUGGUACAAACAUGACACCAAGGUCACGGAUGGGGGCAACUACAGGACAUCAUUUGCUGACUCAGUAGCAGUUCUGGAACUGCUCUCCGCCAGCUUUGAUGAUGAUGGAGUUUACACCUGUGAAGCUCAGAAUGAUGCUGGCAGUGUCAGCUGCAGCACCACACUUACUGUUAAAGACCCUCCAUCCUUUGUCAAAGUACCUCAGCCCAUUGAAGGGUUGAAGGGUAAGGACGUGAGUCUGUACUGCGAGAUGAGCGGUACAGCUCCGUUCCAGAUCACCUGGUUCAAAGACAGGAAACCUCUGAUGGAGAGCAGGAAGUAUAAGAUGGUGAGCGAGGGCAGCUCAGCUACGCUGCAUGUCAUUGGGAUAGAGCCCUUGGAUGCUGGUGAAUACGAGUGCAAAGUGUCAAACAGUGUAGGAAGUUCCACCUGCCAGACAUCGGUUAAACUCAGAGAGCCACCGUCGUUUGUGAAGAAACUGUCAAACAUGACAGUGAUACUGGGAGAGGAGGUGACCCUUGUGGCCACUGUUAAAGGCUCUGAACCCAUUACUGUGUCCUGGGUUCAAGACAAGGAUCACAUUCUCAGGGACGGUGACAACAGGAAAAUCACCUUUGAGAACAACCAUGUGGCUCUUAAAGUCUUUAAGGCCGAUGCAACUACUGCAGGCAAAUACACCUGCCAACUCAGAAACGAUGCUGGGAGUGUGGAGUGUUUCGCUAACUUGACUGUUCUAGAACCUGCUAAGAUAGUGGAUAAACCUGAUGCUCUGAGUGUGACGGCAGGCGACAUUGCUGCCCUCGAGGUCAAAGUGUGUGGAACCCCAGAGCUCACACCGAAGUGGUUCAAGGACGGCGUUGAGCUUGCCUCCGGGAGGAAAUACAAAAUCUCUUUUUCGCGGAUGAUCUCCAGCCUGAAUGUGCUCUCUGCUGAGAAGAAGGACUCUGGAGAAUAUACAUUUGAGGUUAUGAACGAGGUCGGGAAGGACCUAAGUAAAAUUAACCUCACAGUCUUAGAUAAGAUCAUCCCUCCAACAUUCACAAGGAAGUUGAAGGAUUGCAACACAGUUGUUGGAAAUGCUGGAGAGAUGGAGUGCAAAGUGUCAGGCUCUCCACCUUUUACCAUCUCAUGGUACCACGAUGAAGAGGAGAUACAAAGUGGGCCCAAUUAUGAGAUUUCGUUCAGCGACAACAGCUGCAUGCUCAAAGUGCCCACGCUAAAGUUGUCCGACUCUGGAGCAUAUAAAUGCAAAGCUGUCAACAAGGCGGGAUCCAGUGAAACCACUGCCUCCUUUGUUGUGAAAGAACCUCCAUCAUUCGUGGUGCCACCACAGCCAGUGGAAGCCAUGCCUGGCUCUAACGUGACUUUCUCAGCCAUGGUGAAAGGCAGCGCCCCCCUCAAACUAAAGUGGUUCAGAGGCGCAAAGGAGAUCGUGUCUGGACGUGGCUGUAAUUUCUCCCUGAAGGAUAAUCAAGUUAUUCUGGAGCUUUUGAAUGUGGACAGAUCUCAUGCUGGAGAGUACACCUGUCAGAUCAUCAAUGAUGCAGGAAAGGAAAGCUGCCCAGUUAAUCUCACGGUCAAAGAGCCAGCCGCCUUCUCCAAGAAGCUGAAGGAUGUGUCGGUAGAGAAGGGCAAACCAUUAACGCUGGAGUGUACAUACACUGGAACUCCCAAGAUCACGGUGAACUGGUACAAAGAUGGCCAGCAGAUCUUUGCUUCCUACAAAUACAACAUCACCACGACUGAAAGCUCCUGCAUCCUGGAGUGUCUCAGCACCGACGACAAGGAGGCUGCUGGGAAAUACUCCUGUGAAGUGUCCAACGAUGCCGGAAAGGACACGUGUGAAGCAGCUGUGUCCAUUCUCGAGCCGGCGUACUUCGUUGAGCCCCUGGAGCCCAUGGAGGUGACAGCAGGAGACGCCGUAUGUCUGAAGUGUCAGGUGGAAGGCACACCUGAGAUCAAGGUGUCCUGGUUCAAGGCUGAUGGCAAAGUCAGGUCCAGCCCCACCUGUAAGUUAGAGUACUCGAAGGGCGUCGCCUGCCUGAAGCUCAGCAAAGCCACAAAGGCCGAUAUCGGAGAGUACACCUGCAAGGCGGAGAACCGCAUAGGCUCUGCCUCCUCCACCUGCAGGCUCAGUGUAUUAGAGGCCAAAACGCCUCCAUCCUUCCCAAAGAAAAUAACCAGCCUGCAGCAGACCGAGGGUCUGCCGGUCAGGUUUGAGUGCCGCGUAGCCGGCUCGUCACCAAUCGAGGUGUCGUGGCUGAAAGACGGCGAGCCUCUGAGGCAAGGAGACGAGUUCUCCAUGCUGUACGACGACAACACGGCCGUGCUGCAGAUCAGCCGCAGUGAGAUGAGGCAUUCUGGGGAGUACACCUGCGUGGCCACCAACAGCGUGGGCUCAGCCUCCUGCAGAGCCAAGCUGACUCUCCAAGAACCAAGAUACCCUCCAGUCUUUGACAGGAAGUUGUCACCACAGGAAGUGACAGUGGGUGACAGCAUUGAGCUAGAGUGUCACAUGACCGGCUCUGCCCCGAUAAAAGUCACAUGGUCCAAAGACCAUAAAGAUAUUCGCACUGGGGGCAAUUAUAAGAUCGGCUGUGUGGAAAACACGCCCCACCUGACCAUUCUGAAGGCAGAUAAAGCCGACACUGGGAAAUAUUUUUGCCAUGCCUCUAAUGACAUGGGGAAGGACUCUUGUUCCUCUGAUAUCACUGUCAAAGAGCGUAAAAACCCUCCAGUGUUCACCAAAAAGCCCUCAGAGCACAUUGAGGACAUGGAGGGUAAACUGGUGAAGAUUGAGGGCCGAGUCUCCGGCUCGCAGCCCAUGUCUGUCAGUUGGUUCAAAGACAACACAGAGAUCUACAGCUCAGACAAAUACGACAUCAGUUUUAAGAGUAACGUGGCCGUGCUUUGCAUUAAGAGCAGUCAGGUGACGGACAGUGGCAGGUACUCCUGCCAGGCCUUCAAUGAAGCUGGAAAAGCCUCCUGCGAUGUCACUGUUGGCAUCUCAGAGACCAAGAAGCCUCCGGUGUUUGACGUCCCACUCAAACCGCUGACUGUGGACGAGGGCGAUAAGCUGAGUCUCAGGUGUCACGUCUGUGGGUCUCCACCUCUGAAGAUCCAGUGGAUGAAGGACAGGAAGGACCUGACGUCGUCCGGCAGCACCAGGGUCAGCUUCUCUGACGGGACUGCCUGUCUGGAGAUCAGCCCGGCCUCCAGACACGAUGCUGGCGAUUACCUCUGCAAGGCCACCAACGACGCUGGCAGCGAGUUCUGCAAGGCCAAAGUCACUGUCAAAGAGAAACCAGGAGCAGCUCCGGCCCCAACUGAAGUUCCAGCAGCUGCUCCGACCAAAAAACUGGAGAACCUGUUCUUCAUUGAGGAACCCAAAACUACACACGUCACCGAGAAGGGCACCGCCACCUUCAUUGCCAAAGUGGGCGGUGAUCCCAUCCCCAACGUGAAGUGGAUGAAGGGUAAGUGGAGGCAGAUCACUCACGGUGGCCGGAUCUCCAUUGAGCAGAAGGGUCAGGAGGCCAAACUGGAGAUCAGAGAGGUGACCAAGUCGGACUCGGGUCAGUACAGGUGUGUCGCUUCCAACAAGCACGGAGAGAUUGAAUGCAGCUCAGACAUGCAUGUGGACGAAAAGAAGGAAUCUGCAAUGGUCGAGGGAGACCUCCGCGCCAAACUGAAGAAGACGCCAUCAAAGCAGAAAAGUCCAAAGGAGGAUAAGGGCAUCGACAUUGUCGAGCUGUUGAGGAAUGUGGACCCCAAAGAGUACGAGAAAUACGCCCGAAUGUACGGCAUUACCGACUACCGAGGCUUGCUGCAGGCCAUCGAGCAGCUGAAGAAGGAGAAAGCCGAAGAAAGUGGAAGACCGGAACUGGAACGUGGAGACAGAGAGUCUGAUGAGGACAUGGCCAGACUGGUGGCCGACCUGCAGAAGAGGAUGGAGCGGACAGAGCCCGUCACCGUGGUGAAGGACAUCUCUGAUCAGUCUGUCUUCACCAAUAAGGAAGCAGUGUUUGAAUGUGAGAUCAAGAUCAAUUACCCAGAGAUCACCCUGUCCUGGUACAAGGGCACCCAGAAACUAGACACCAAUGACAAGUACGACAUCAGCAUCAGUGGCGACCGCCACCUGCUCAAGAUCAAGAAGUGCAAGUCGUCCGACCAGGGCAACUACCGGGUGGUUUGCGGGCCGCACAUCUCCAGCGCCAAGCUCACCGUCAUGGAGGCGGAGGUUGAAAAGCAUCUGCAGGACACAUCGGGUAAGGAAGGCCAGUCGUGCACACUGUCUUGUCAGCUGUCUAUUCCAAAUGUAGAGGCUCAUUGGUUUAAAAAUGGCAAGCAGUUAGAGAUGAAGGGCAGGUACACGUCCGAGGUGAAACACAAGGUUCAGAAGCUUCUGAUCAGAGACCUGAAGUCUGAAGACCAGGGCAGAUACACCUGCAAGUACCAGCACCUGGAAUCAUCCGCCGAUCUCUGGGUGGAAGCUGAACAAAUUCAUUUCACCAAACGCAUCCACAACAUCGAAGUCAACGAGCGCCAGUCGGCCACCUUUGAGUGCGAGGUGUCCUUCGACAACGCUAUUGUUUCAUGGUACAAAGACACCUGGGAACUGAGAGAGAGCCCUAAGUACAACUUCACAAGCGAGGGCCGAAGACAUUUCAUGGUCAUCCGAAAUGUGACCAUUGAAGACGAAGGCGUGUACUCAGUGAUUGUGAGGUUGGAGCCCAGAGGAGAGGCUAAGAGCACAGCUGAACUUUAUUUGUCUGGCAAAGAAAUUGAAUUAGCAAGGGUGCCACUUGAUGUCCCAGACUCCUCAGUUCAGAGGCCUGAAGUGCCUUCAUCAGUGGAAAUUCAAGAAUCUGUUGAAUUCUAUCAGUAUGAAGAAGAACACAGAGAAUCAGCUGAAUACUCGUAUCACUAUGAGGAGGAGGUGGAGGUGGAGCAGAGAGUCGAGUAUGAGAGCUGGGCAGAAGAGACGGUAACACAACAGGUGUCCACAACCAAAGCUGCCAGAGUUCCCAUUGAGGAGGCCGUCGAGACCAAGAAAGUUGAAAUGAGAGAGAAAAUCCCAUCAAAAGUUCCCAAAGCUGAGAAAACACCUGAAGAGAAGCCAAGACCAGCUGUGAAGGAGCCAUCACCACCUAAAGUGCCUGAGGCCAGAAAGCCAGUGGAGGAAAAGGUUCCUGUAGUUUCAGUCCCAGAGAAGAAGGAAGCUCCAGCUCCCAAAGAACCAGAGAAGGUUAAGAAGCCUGCUGCUGUUCCCUCGCCACCUGCCGAGACGACUGAGGUGCCAAAGAAAGAUGAGCGCAAGCCUCAGGUACCAGCUGAACCCAAAAAAGUGGCACCUACAGCUGAGCCUGAACCAAAGGCCAAACCGAAAGCUGAGCCUGAACCAAAGGCCAAACCGAAAGCAGAACCUGAACCAAAGGCUAAGCCCACACCGGUUCCUAAAGCAGAACCUGAAGCCAAACCUGCUGUGACAGUUGAGCUGGAGCCUGAAGCUAAGCCAGCAGCAGUUAAGAAGCCGGUGACACCACCAUCAAAAGUCCCUGAAGAGGCUGCAAAACCAGAGCCAGCUAAGAUCAAGCCUGAGCCGGCAGUAAAAAAGCCAGAACCUGAAGCUCCAAAACCAAAACCAGAACCAGAAAAACCAAAACCAGAAGUCCGUAAACCUGAGCCUCUUGUAACGAAGCCAGAACCUGCUGUUGCUAAGCCGGAAGCUCCAGUUCCAAAACCAGAACCUGCAGUGGUCCCCAAACCUGAACCAGCAGUGAAAAAGGCUGAAGCUGAAGUACCAAAACCAGAACCUCCAAAGACCAAACCAGAACCAACACCUCCUCCAAAGGAACCACCAAAGAAAGUUGCUGUGGAGGAAAAAAUACCUGAGCCUCCAAAAGCAGUCAAGAAACCAGAACCUGCAGUUGUUCCUCCCAAAGAAGAGACAACAAAGAAAGCUCUGAAGCCCAAACCUAAACUCUUACCUGAAGAGGUGCCUGAAAAAAUACCUCAGAAAGUGUUUGAUGAAGUAGAACCUGAGAGACUGCCCGAUAAAACACCUGAAGCAGUACCUGAGAGACGGCCUCCAGCGAAAGUCGAGGUGAAGGAAAAAACCCCAGAGAAGGUCCUCGCACCUCAGCGAAAAGUGGAGGAAAUUCCAAAGAAGGUGCCGGAAAUAGUUCCUGAAAAGGUUCCAGAGAAAAUCCCUGAGAAGGUCCCAGAAAAAAUACCUAAGAAGGUUCCAGAAAAAAUACCUAAGAAGGUUCCAGAAAAAAUACCUGAGAAGGUUCCAGAAAAAAUACCUGAGAAGGUUCCAGAAAAGGUUUCUGAGAAGGUUCCAGAAAAAAUACCUGAGAAGGUUCCAGAAAAAAUACCUAAGAAGGUUCCAGAAAAAAUACCUGAGAAGGUUCCAGAAAAAAUACCUAAGAAGGUUCCAGAAAAGGUAUCUGAAAAGGUUCCAGAAAAAAUACCUGAGAAGGUUCCAGAAAAAAUACCUAAGAAGGUUCCAGAAAAAAUACCUGAGAAGGUUCCAGAAAAAAUACCUGAGACGGUUCCAGAAAAAAUACCUAAGAAGGUUCCAGAGAAAGAGCCAGAGAAGCUUGUAAAAGUUCCUCAGGAGGUGGCUGAAGAAAAGAGGACUCCUGAGAAGAAGCCACCUGCAGAGCUUCCUGUAAAGGUUGAGGAAGUAAAACCUGAAAAGGUUUUUAAGAAACAAACAGAGAGGAUCUCUGUAGAUAAGACAGUUCCCAUAAAGACCCCCGAUAAACCACCUGAGAAGGUUUCUGAGGUUAAACCUAAACGAGAGGUCGAAGAAACUCUUCCUAAAGAAAUAGAAACUAAGAAGAUUGAGAAGAUUCUUCCCAAAGAGGUUGAACAAGAGAAAAAAGUCUCUCCUCCAGAAAAAGCAACUACGAGUCUUGUCAAAAUCGAGCAAAGGAAAGGAGCUCAGAAGAUACAGGAAGUUUAUUACGUGACAGAGAAAGUGUCUCCCACAGAGGAGGUGUGGGAACAUGAAGAGGUGGUGGAAGAACACGCUGAAGUGUUGUACGAGGACGAAGUGGCUCCUCUGGGCGAGACAAUAGUUUUGUUAUCAGAGGUAGAUGUCUUCAGUACAACAGAAAAAAUGAGCCAAAGAGAUAAAAAAUCUGAGCUUAGAGGUGAGAUAUCUGUUACUGACACAUCAAAGAGGAAAGAAACCAGGUUGACUAAACAUAGAGUUGCCCCAAAAACACAAGAAACCAUUGUUGCAGUCCAGGAAUUUAAGACCGAUAGGGAGGUCACAAUGCUGGAGGAUAAACCUAUGAAAGAAAAGAUUGAAGAGUUUUUUGUCAGGACGAUCGAGUCGCCAACAGAAGAAGUUACAGAUGAGAGGAGAGACAGCACAUCAGUUCCACCUUUACCAGACAAAAAGGAUGUUUCUAAACAAGAAACUAGUGUUACAGUGAAAAAGGGAAGAGAAAUAACCAUUAAAACUGAGACCAAAGUGAGACAACAGGAAGUCAAAGAAAUAGAGAUAAUAAAAGAUAUCCCAUUUGUGACAGACGCAGAUAAGACCAAACCUUCCUCGAUGACUAUCAGUGCAGAAGCAAGAAAACAAACUACAAAACAGGAAAUUGAAAGAAAAGCUUUGACGGAGGUCACCCACAAGGAACCAAUUGUUCAUGACGUUAUUCCAGAAGAUAAAUACAGUAGAACUGAGGAAAUUACAGAAAUCACAGUCAAGGCAGGAGAAGUCAAAGCUAUAGACAAGCCAACAAAAGUUACCCCCACUGAAGUGAAAAUAGUAGUCGAGGAAACAACUAGAAAGGAGGAAACUCGAAUUAAACCACCAGUCAUUACUGAUGCCAAAAAAGAUGAAACUAGUGUACCAGGAAAAGUGUCAGUAAAGAAAGAGGUUACUGAAAAGAAACAAGAGAAGAAGCCAACAUCCGAUGAUAGAACUGAAACAAAGAAGGAGACAGUUGUUGAAAAACCAAAACCUAAAGUAGAGGUGACCCCCAAAGUAAAACCAAAAGAGUCAGUAACAGAUGUCGAGCCUAAGAAGCCAGACGUGAUUGAACAGGAAACAGUAUACAAGAAAAAAGAGGAAUCUAAAGACGUCCCUCCUCAGAGAGGCGAUGUUAAAAAGAAAAAAGAAGAAACAUGUCUUUUGAUUGAGGAUACGGUUCAAACAAAACCUUCAAUCCCUUCAAAACCAGAGGAGAAGAAAAGGAUUUCCCCACAAACACCUUCCAGAGAAGAUGAAGUCAAGGCCCAGACGAUUCCCGCAACCUUUCCUGCUGCUUUGCCUCCUGAAGCACAAGUUGAGAUUAAAAGGAAAAGCCCAGAGAGAGUUCCUGUAAAGGAGAAAGAGCCAACACCACAAGUCAAAGAAGCACUGGUAAAGCCAGCUGCUCCUCCAGAAGAGAGCAAACCACAGGCUGCUGUAAAAGUUCAAGAAGCUGCCAAAAAGCCUGAAGUCAUUGACAAAACCAAAAAGUUGGAGAAGAAAAUAACUCCACAGGAAGAAGAAAAGCCAGUGACCAAGCCUGUCAUGAAGGUUGAAGAACCAACCAAGAAGGUUGCGGAAGAAGGAAAACCAAUUGUGGAAAAGAUAACUCCUGAGACAGAUGAAACCAAGGGACCCGUCGAAGCACCAGGAGGAGUCAAGAAAGAAACAGUUCUGCACAAAAAAGGUAAAAUUCAGUUGGAUGAGGAAGGAACAUUUGAGAUUCCUACCUUGAGGAAAACAACCAGAGUCCUGAAAGAAGUGGAAGAGGAGCAGGAGAUUAUCAAACUGAAGAAGAUCCCAACAGUUUCACCUAAAGAAGCUGAAGGAGAGGAAAAACCUCAGAAGGUCACCAAGACCACAGUCUUCAGUGUUGAGGAGAUGGUGCAUAAAGAAGAGGCUGUUGAGAUGUCCAUUGCCACCAGAAGACCUGCAGAGGAGAAGAAACUUAAAGAGAAAGCAGGUGUGGUGAAAAAGCCAGAAAUUGUGAAGCCUAAAGAAGAGGAACAGAAAGAAGCACAUAAAGAUGCAUGGGCCCGCCAGAAACCCACUCCAAAGGACGAAAAACCAGAUGAUAAGAUUUCUCUGAAAAUAACUCCCAAGGCACCUAAGCCAGAAGAACCUGCCCCACCUAGUGCAGCCUUGAAGAAAGUGAAAAAAUUGCCUUCAGAUGAAGUGGAACCAGAAGUAAUCAAACUAAAACCAUUUGAAAAGCCUGUGAAAUUAGCUGAGGAACCAGAGAAAGAAAAGAAGGAGAGACCAGACAGGGACACUAUUCCUUUCCAGAAGGGAGAGAGGACCCCCAGAGAAGUGGAAACCAAAGAACCUCCUAAGAAACCUGAAAAAGCUCCUCUUGAGGUACCAGAGCCACCAUCAAAGGUGCCAAAGCCAGUAGAUAAAAAGAAAACUCCAGAGAAAGAGCCUGAGGAGGUCAAACCACCCACCAAAGUGAAGAAAAUCCCAACAAAGGAACAAGAGACAGAAAGCAUCAAACUGAAGCCCUUCACCAGGCCUUCCAAAGAGGCUGCAGAGCCUGAGAAGAAACCAGCAGAGGAGAAAGAGAAGAAGCCAGCUGAUGACCUGAGUCGCCGUCGUACAAGUCCAGAAGAAAAACCAAAAGAACGAGAGCUAGAGGCUAGACCAAAGAAACCUGAGAUCCCCAAAACUCCAGAGAAGAAACUAGAGAAGCCAAAGGAGGUAGAGGCAGUUCCAGCAGAGAAGAAAGUGUCUCCUGUGCCAGCUUCUGUUAAGAAACCCGAAAAGGUUCCUGAGGAACCCAAACCUCUGCAAGUGAAGAAGGGAGUCAUACCCAAGGCGAAAGAAGAGAAGGAAGACGUGGCUCUGAAGCCCGUGGAGCAGCUCAAGAAGGUUGAAAUGAAAAAGACACCAUCUCCUAAAGUUGAAAAGCUUAAAGAAGCAGAGGCCAUUCCUGUUGAGAAGAUUCCAAGUGUUGAUAAACUUAAAAAGAUUCCUAAAUCUGUUUCACCUAAAGACUCUAUUGAAGCUGUAACUCUCAAAAAGAUCCCAAAGAAGCCAUCACCAGAGGAGGAAAAAGAGAAAAGGACGAUUCCACUGGUGAAAGAGGUUUCUCCUGGAGCUGUGCAGAUGAAGAAGGUUGCCACUCAGCCAGAGGAAGAGGUAUAUGAAGAGGAGUUUGAAGGCGAGGAAAGGGAGCAGGAGGAAGAGGAAGCCUGGGGCUGGGAGCUGGUUCCCCAAGACAGUUACGGCUCUGAGGACUGGGAAGGUGAAGGAGAGGAUGGUGCUCUGGAGGUUCCUGGGGUGACCGGGAGAGAGGGACAACCAGCAGAAGAAGCAGGAAGAGGAGGUAGAGGUAGAGGGUUGAAACCCAAGCAGACACCAUCCCCUGGAGAAGGCAGGGGCCGCGGCCUCAAGCCUGGUGGCAGAGGUCCAACACCACCAGAAGACCCCUUCGGAGGUUUUAAGCUCAAAGCUGUCCCUCUGAAGUUCAUCAAGAAACUUCAGGACAUUGUGUUACAGGAAGCCGAGUCUAUUGGCUCCUCUGCUGUGUUUGAGUGUGAGGUUUCGCCUUCCACUGCCAUCACUUCAUGGAUGAAAGAUGACAGCAACCUGCGCGAGAGCCCCAAGCACAAGUUCACUUCUGACGGCAAAGACCGCAAGUUGAAUAUUAUUGACGUCCAGCUGUCUGACACUGGUGAAUAUACCUGUAUAGCCAAGAACGCUGGCAAGGAGAUAUCAUGCAAGGCCAAGCUCAUUGUUGAAGAGCUACCUGUGAAAUGGAUCAAAGAGCUAGAGGAGGAGACGUCCGUCAUGAAGAGUCAGACACUGUAUAUGACCUGUGAGUUGAACAAAGAGAGAGAUGUGAUUUGGAAGAGGGAUGGCGAGGUCCUGAAGAAAAAGGCUGGCAAAGUUCAGAUCAAUAUCAUUGGUAUGCAGCACGCAGUGACCAUCCAGGGCACCACUGAGGCAGAAGCUGGUGUCUACACAUGUGAAGUGGCCGGCCAGGAGUCUGUCAAGACUACAACAACUGUCAAAGUGAUUGAAAUCAUCAAAGAUUGGAUUGUGAAACCACUGAGAGACCAGCAUGUGAAACCAAAGGCUGCCGCUACAUUUAAAUGUGAGCUCUUCAAGGAUACUCCCAAUUGGAAGUGGCUGAAAGGAGAGAACGAGGUCACUCCCUCCGACAAGGUUGAGAUCAAGAAGGAAGGAAAUGAGCUGACACUCACCAUCAAGAACUGUCAGCCUGAGGACGUAGCAGAAUAUGCCAUGGAAGUGGAAGGACGCGUCUACACUGCCAAGCUAACACUUGGAGAGCGUGAGGCUGAAAUCCUCAAGCCACUGGCCAGUGUUGAGGUGGUUGAGAAGGAAGAUGCCACGUUUGAGACAGAGAUCUCUGAAGAAGAUGUUCCAGGGGAAUGGAAGCUCAAAGGAGAGGUUUUGACCAGGUCCCCGACGUGCGACAUUCAAAUGGCGGGUGGUGUGCGUAAGCUCACACUGAAAAACUGCCAGUUGGAUCAGGCUGGAGAAGUGUCCUACCAGGCUCUGAACGCCAUAACCAGCGCCAUGCUUAACGUCAAAGAAAUCGAAAUGGACUUUAUUGUCCCGCUGAAGGAUGUUUCUGUGCCUGAAAAGAAACAGGCUAAGUUUGAAUGCACCAUCACAAAGGACGUCUCAAAGGUCAUGUGGUACAAAGGGGAUGACGUCAUCACCCCAGACCAAAAGAAUGAUAUUGUCGAUGAUGGAAAGAAGCAUAUGCUGAUUAUAAACUGCUGUGAGUUCGAUGAUGAGGACGAAUAUACAAUUGCGGUUUUGGGCAAAACUUCAGCAGCUAGACUCACGGUGGAGGGUAUCAGGCUCAAAUUUAUCUCGCCAAUAAAGGACCAAACUGUGAAGGAAGGCAAAACGGCUCGGUUCGAGCUGGAGCUCUCUCAUGAGAAUAUCCCGGUCACCUGGUACAAGAACGACGUAAAAAUUCAUCCCAGCAGAACAGUCAUCACUCACGUGGAUGGAAAGAAACAUGUGCUAGAAAUAAAGGAAGUGACUCUUGAUGAUACUUGCCAAAUUAAGGCUGAGGCCAAAGGAAUUCCUUCCAUGGCCAACUUGACGGUCAUAGAGGGAGACGCGUACUUCACAGUUAAGCUGCAGGACUAUACUGCAGUGGAGAAAGACAAGGUGGUUCUAGAUUGCGAGCUCAGCAAAGAUGUCGAUGUCAUGUGGUACCACAAUGAGGCAGAGAUCAAGCCCUCUAAAAUGGUGGCCAUAAAGACUGAAGGCAAACGUAGAACCCUCGUCCUCAGGAAAGUUGGGGACAAAGACAAAGGACAGUACUUAUGUGACUGUGGAACAGACAAGACAACAGCAAUGCUUCACAUUGAAGCUCGCCACAUAAAGGUGGUUCGGCCAAUGUAUGGCGCUGAGGUGUUUGACGGAGAGACUGCUCGAUUUGAGGUCGAGCUCAGUGAGGACGAUGUCCACGGCCAGUGGAAACUGAAUGGCGAAGUCCUCAGUCCAUCCGCCGAUGUUGAGAUCGUGGAGGAUGGUGCCAAACACACUCUGGUCUUGUACAACUGCAAAGUGCCUCAAACAGGCGAGGUGGCAUUUACCGCCGCCAAUGCCAAGUGUUCUGUUAACCUGAAAGUGAAGGAGCUCCCAGUCUCAUUCCUUACACCGCUGGCUGAUGUUCAUGUGUAUGAAAAGGAUGAGGCAAGGUUUGAGCUGGAAAUUUCUAGAGAGCCCAAAAGCUUCCGUUGGCUGAAGGGAUCUCAGGAGUUGUCAAACGAUGAUAAGUUUGAACUUCUGGUGGAGGGAAAGAGACACACUCUUAUUGUAAAAUCGGCCAGAUAUGAAGAUGAAGCCAAGUACAUGUUUGAGGCUGAAGAUAAGAGGACAUCUGGAAAAUUGAUUAUCAAAGGUAUUCGCCUUGAAUUUGUUAAGCCAAUUAAAGAUGUGACUGUGAAGGAACGUGAAACUGCAGAGUUCAGUGUUGAACUCUCUCAUGAAAAGAUCCCAGUGGUCUGGUACAAAAACGACAUCCGUCUGCACCCCAGCAAGGUGGUGCACAUGUCGGAAAACAGAAAAGUCCACGCUUUGGCCUUCAAGGAGGUCACCAUCGACGACACCUCCUUAAUCAAAGUGGAGGCCAUGGGCAAGACCUCAGAGGCAAUGCUCACAGUGCUUGAAGGCGACCUGUACUUCACAGUGAAGCUCCAGAACUACACCGCCGUCGAAAAGGACGAGGUGAUUUUGUCCUGCGAGCUUAGCAAGGCCGUCGGAGAGGUCAAAUGGUUCAAAGACGGUAACGAGAUCUUUCCCUCGAAGAAUAUUCUCAUCCAAUCAGACGGCAAGAAGCGCAUACUGAUCAUCAAGAAGGCAGCAAAGAGCAACAUGGGAGAGUACAUCUGCGACUGUGGCACCGACAAAACCACAGCCAACUUGAACAUCGAAGAGCGCGACAUCAAGGUUGUUCGUCCACUGUACAGCGUGGAGGUCACAGAGACAGAGACAGCCAAGUUUGAGACAGAGAUUUCAGAGGAAGACCUUCAUGGCAUCUGGAAACUGAAGGGAGAGACACUCCACCCAUCACCUGAUGUGGAGAUCAAGGAGGAGGGAACUCGACACACACUGAUCCUCUUCAACUGCAAAAAAGACAUGGCAGGAUCCAUCGAAUUUGCGGCAGCGAAUGCCAAAUCAUCAGCUCAGCUCAGGGUCAAAGCCCGUGUGAUCGGCCUGCAGAGGCCUCUGAAGGAUGUCACCGUGACCGUUGGAGAAACCGCCACCUUCGAGUGUGAGCUGUCAUAUGAAGGCAUCCCUGUCGAGUGGUUCCUGGAGGGUACAAAGCUGGAACCAAGCGACAGAGUGGUGGUAAAGGUGGAAGCUAAAGUCCACACCCUCACUCUGCGGGACGUACAGCUAAAUGAAGCUGGACAAGUCAAACUUGCUGCCAAAGACUUCCAGACUGAGGCGAACCUCAUCGUCAGAGAGGCGGCAGUGGAGUUCACAAAGCCUCUGGUGGACCAGACGGUGGAAGAGGAAGCCACCGCCACACUCGAGUGUGAAGUUUCCAGAGAGAACGCAGAGGUGCGAUGGUUAAGGGACGGACAGGAUAUCCGCAAGACCAAGAAGUACGAGAUGAUCAUCGACGGCCGCAAGAGAGCGCUGGUCAUCCACGACUGCACUCUGGACGACUCAAAGACAUACACCUGUGAUGCUAAAGACUUCAAAACCUCCUGCUUCCUCAGCGUUGAACCUCCACAUGUCGAGUUCUCAAAGCCACUCCAUGAUGUCGAAGUCAAAGAGAAGGAAUCUGCCAGGUUUGAAUGUGAAGUAUCCAGAGAGGACGUCAAGGUCCGCUGGUUUAAGGAUGGAAGUGAAAUCAGAAAGGGGAAGAAGUACGAAAUUAUCGCUCAAGGUCGCCAACACAUCCUCAUUGUCCACAAGUCUGUGUUUGAUGAUGAGGCUGAAUACGAAUGUGACGCUAGGACCUCCAAAUCCUCCGGCAUGCUGACUGUCGUCGAGGAGGAGGCCAGAUUCACAAAGAACUUGUCCAAUGUGGAGGGAACAGAGACGGACAGCGUGAAGCUGAUCUGUGAGAUCUCAAAACCAAGUGCUGAUGUUAGAUGGUACAAAGGAGAUGAGGAGCUGCCAGAGGGCGGCCGCUAUGAACAUAUUGUGGACGGAAAGAGGAGGAUCCUCCUCAUCCAGGACCUGAAGAUGGCCGACGCCGGAGAGUACAACUGCAGGCUGAGUCCCAGCAUCAAAACCUCCGGAAAUCUCAAGAUUAACGAACUGGCUGCUGAGUUCAUCUCCAGGCCUCACAGCCAGGAGGUGGUGGAAGAUCAGAAGGCAGAGUUCACCUGCUCCGUGUCGAAGGACACCUACGAGGUCAAAUGGCUGAAAGACGGCAAGGAGCUGGAGGCGGGAGACAAGUACCAGAUGGUCAGCGAUGGCAAGAGACGAGCUCUGGUCAUCAAGAACUGUGAACCCAAAGAUGAGGGUGGAUACGUGGUCAUGAUCGGAACGACCAGAGCCAGCGCCGACCUCACCGUGCUUGAGAAACUUAAGAUCAUCACGCCGCUGAAGGACACAGAGGCCAUGGAGGGUAAGGAAAUUGUCCUGAACUGUGAGGUAAACCAGGAGGGAGCAAAGGCCAAGUGGCUGAAGAACGAGGAGACGAUGUUUGAGAGCAGCAAGUACUUGAUGGUCCAGAGAGACAACGUCUUCUCCCUGAGGAUCAGAGACGCACAGAAGGGAGACGAAGCCGACAUCAGCAUCAACCUGACCAAUCAAAGAGGCGAGCAGGCAAAGAGCUCUUGCAAACUCUCUAUCAAAGAGGAGAGUCUGAGGAUUGUGGUUCCUCUGGAGGACAUCGACACUCAAGAGAAGAAUACUGUGAGCUUCUCCUGUAAGGUCAACAGGCACAACGCUACGCUGAAGUGGAUGAAGGGCGGCGCAGAGAUCGCCCUCGACAAACGCAUCAUCUACAAAGUUGACAAAGACAAGCACACACUGACCAUCAAAGACUGCACACUGGCAGAUGAGGGCGAGUACACUGCCGUAGCCGGAGACAACAAGUCCACCGCAGAGCUGAUCAUCAGCGAGGCCCCGACAGACUUCUCCAUGCAGCUGAAGGACCAGACCAUCACCGAGUUCGAUGACGCAGAGUUCUCAUGCAAGCUGACCAAAGAGAAAGCCGAUGUCAAGUGGUACAGAAACGGACGCGAGAUCAGAGAAGGACCAAGAUACACAUUUGAAAAAGAUGGAAAACUUUGCACCCUGCGUAUUAAGGAGUGCAGACCCGAUGACGAGUGUGAAUACGCCUGUGGCGUGGACGAGAAGAGAUCCAGAGCCAGGCUCUUUGUUGAAGAGAUCCCAGUGGAGAUUGUCAGACCACCACAGGACGUGUUUGAACCUCCAGGCUCGGACAUCGUGUUCGAGGUGGAGCUCAACAAGGACAGAGUGGAGGUGAAAUGGUUGAGGAACAAUAUGACGGUUGUCCAGGGAGACAAAUACCAGAUGAUGAGUGAGGGUAAAAUCCACAGACUGCAGGUCUGUGAGAUCAGACCUCGAGAUCAGGGAGAUUACAGAAUCAUUGCCAAGGACAAAGACGCCAAGGCCAAGCUGGAGCUGGCAGCUGUGCCUCAGAUUAAGACAACAGACCAGAACUACGUCACAGACGCCAGGAAGCCCAUCACCAUGGCUGUCCCCUACAGCGCCUACCCACAGGCCGAGGCCGACUGGCUGUACAACAACCUGAGUCUGCCAAAGGACAACAUCUACACAUCCGCCGACCGCACAGAGUACCGGCUGAAGGACCCCGUAAAGUCUGACCAGGGCCGCUACAAGAUCAUCAUCAAAAACAAACAUGGACAGGGAGAAGCCUUCAUCAACCUGGAAGUCAUCGAUGUCCCAGGACCUGUGAAGAACCUGCAGGUGAUCGACACCGCCGAUGGUGAGGUCAGCCUUGCAUGGGAUGAGCCUCAGAGCGAUGGUGGCAGCAAGGUCAUUGGCUAUGUGGUAGAGAGACGUGAUGUGAAGCGUAAGACCUGGACACUCGCCACUGACCACGCCGAGAGUCCUGAGUACACAGUGACCGGCCUGCAGAAGGACUCCAUGUACCUGUUCAGAGUCUGCGCCCGAAACCGGGUCGGCAGUGGACCCAACGUAGAGACCGACAAACCUGUACAGGCCAAGAACAAGUUUGAUGUUCCUGAAGCUCCUCUGAAUGUGAUCGUUGGAAACGUAAACAAGUUUGGCUGCACCGUCUCCUGGGAGCCUCCCGAGUCGGACGGAGGUUCUCCCAUCACUUCUUACAUCAUUGAGCUGCGUGACAGGACGUCGGUGAAGUGGUCGCCCGUCCAGGUGACCAAAGCCGAUGAGCUCAGCGCCGUUAUUAACGACGUCAUUGAGAACAAGGAGUACAUCUUCAGGGUCAAAGCUGAAAACAAAGCCGGUGAAGGCAAGCCCAGCGCCGCCUCCCAGCCCGUCAAGAUCAUGGAUCCCAUCGAGCGUCCCAGUCCCCCUCUGAACCUGGUCUAUCAGGACCAGAACAAGAGCUCUGUGCAGCUCACCUGGGAGACUCCUCUGAGGAAUGGAGGCAGCAUGAUUACCGGAUACAUCAUCGAGCGCUGUGAGGACGGUACCGACAAGUGGCUCCGCUGCAACGCCCGCCUCUGCCCCGACCUCACCUACAAGGUGUCUGGUCUGAAAUACGGAGCCAAGUAUAACUAUAAAGUGUUUGCUGAAAAUGCUGCCGGAGUCUCUGACCCGUCCAACAUCGUCGGACCUCUGUUGGCCGAUGACCCACACUUUGCUCCAAACUUUGACCUGAGCGGUUUCAAAGACGGCCUGGAGGUGAUCGUCCCUCAACCCCUAACCAUCAGAGUCCCAAUCAGCGGAUACCCGACCCCCGUCGCCAAGUGGACCUUCGGAGAGAAGGAGCUGACCACCGAUGACGAACGGGUCUCCAUGAUGACUAAGUCCACAUUCACAGAAUUGAUUGUUACGCCAAGCGUCCGCCCAGACAAAGGCAUCUACACCCUGCACCUGGAGAAUGAUGUCACAUCUGUCUCUGGAGAGAUUGAAGUCAACGUCAUUGCGGCGCCCAGCGCUCCGAAGGACUUCAAGGUUCUGGAGGUGACUCGACAACAUGUCCACCUGACCUGGGAGGCUCCUGAGCAUGACGGAGGAAGCCCUCUCACUGGCUACCAGGUGGAGAAACGGGACGUGUCGCGCAAGACCUGGGUCAAGGUGAUCACAGGAAUCCAGGAUCAGGAGUUCACCGUUACCGAUGUGGUUGAAGGGAAGGAGUAUCUGUUCAGAGUCACCGCCUGCAACAAGUGUGGACCAGGAGAGCCAGCAUACAUUGAUGAGCCCGUCAAUGUCUCCUCUCCUGCCACCAUCCCCGACCCUCCAGAGAACCUCAGAUGGAGAGACAAGUCAGCCAGCGGCAUCUUCCUGACAUGGGAGCCACCAAAGUAUGAUGGUGGAUCUGGCAUCCGUGGCUACAAUGUGGAUCGUUGCCAGAGAGGAACCGAUAAGUGGGAACCCUGUGGGGACCUGGUACCUGAGCUGAAAUGCCAGGUGACAGGCCUGAUCGAGGGCCAGUGGUACGCCUACAGAGUCCGAGCUCUGAACAAACUUGGAGCCAGCCAGCCUUGCAAGGCUACUGAUGAGAUCCAGGCCGUUGAUCCCAUAGAGCCUCCAGAGAUCCAGCUGGACGCCAAACUGCUGGCCGGUCUUACCGCCAAGGCUGGCAGCAAGAUCGAACUCCCAGCCGAGGUGACUGGUAAGCCGGAACCCAGGGUGAAAUGGACCAAGGCUGACCUGGUACUCAAACCUGAUGACAGGGUGUCCAUCGACACCAAGCCAGGACACUCUACCGUUAGCAUCGCAAAGACCAAGAGAGAUGACAGCUCCACCUACAUCAUAGAGGCCACCAACAGCAAGGGCCGUGCCACUGCCACCGUUGAAGUCAACAUCCUUGAUAAGCCUGGUCCUCCAGCUGCCUUUGACAUCUCUGAGAUCACCAACGAGACCUGCUUCCUGGCCUGGAACCCUCCACGUGACGAUGGCGGUUCCAGAGUAACCAACUACAUCGUUGAGCGCCGUGCUGCAGAGAGCGAGAUCUGGCACCGGCUGUCCUCCACCAUUAAACAGACCACAUACAAAGCUGUAGGCCUGGUCAAAUUUAAGGAAUACAUCUUUAGAGUCUUUGCUGAGAACCAGUUUGGUGUUGGCCCACCUGCUGAACACCCAUCCAUCAUCGCCAGAUACCCCUUCGAAACUCCUGGGGCUCCUUACAAGCUGGAACCUUCAGACAUUGCCAAGGACUCCCUUACUCUGACCUGGUACGAGCCUGAUGAGGACGGAGGAAGUCCCAUCACCGGAUACUGGGUGGAGAGAUACGAACCUGACCAUGACAGGUGGAUAAGAUGCAACAAGCUGCCAAUCAAAGACACCAACUAUAGAGUCAAGGGUCUUCCCACCAGGAAGAAGUACAAGUUCAGAGUCCUAGCUGAGAAUCUGGCUGGAACUGGAAAACCCAGCAAAGAGACAGAUCCAAUCCUUGUCAAAGAUCCUAUUGAUCCUCCAUGGGCUCCUGGUAAACCCACUGUGAAGGAUGUGGCCAAGACUUCCUGCUUCCUGAUGUGGACCAAACCGGAGCACGAUGGUGGUGCAAAGAUCGAAGGCUACGUCAUUGAGAUGCUGAAGAGUGGUACCACAGACUGGAUCCGCGUGGCAGAGGACAUCAACCUCCUGGAGUACUUCUUGAAGGGGCUGAUGGAGAAGCAGGAGUACUCUUUCAGGGUGCGAGCUGUUAAUGUGGCCGGAGAGAGCGAACCUAGCGAGCCUAGCGACCCAGUGCUCUGCAAAGAGAGACUCAACCCUCCUACUGCUCCUCGCUGGUUGGAAGUCGUCAACAUCAGCAGGAAGAGUGCUGACUUGAAGUGGACAGCUCCUGAACGUGACGGCGGCUCAAAGAUCACCAACUACGUGGUGGAGAAGCGUGACGCCAAGCGUAAAGGCUGGCAGGCUGUCGACACCACAGUCAAGGAGCUGAAGUACACCGUGUCGCCACUCAAUGAAGGAUCACUCUACGUGUUCCGCGUUGCUGCAGAGAACGCUGUGGGCGUCGGACCGUUCUGCGAGCUGGAGGACUCUGUGCUGGCCAAAGACACUUUCACUACUCCUGGGCCACCUUACGGCCUUACUGUCAACGCUGUGACUAAAAGAUACGUGGACCUGCAGUGGGAGGAACCUAAGAACGAUGGUGGCAGACCAAUCCUCAAGUAUUCCAUUGAAAAGAAAGAGAAGCUUGGAACUCGCUGGGUGAAAUGUGGAAAGACUUCAGGUCCAGACUGUAAGUACAGAGUAACAGACGUCAUCGAGGGAACAGAGGUUCAGUUCCAGGUCUGUGCUGAAAACGAGGCUGGCGUUGGUCAUCCAAGCGAACCCACCGAGAUCCUCACCAUCGAAGAUCCAACAGAAAUGCCAUCACCACCCAUCGAGCUGCACGUAACUGGAGCCGGCCGUAACUUCCUGUCCAUUGCCUGGAAGCCUCCGCAGAGGGAUGGCGGCUGCCCCAUCACCGGCUACCACAUUGAGAUGUGUGAGCCAGGAACAGAGAAGUGGAUGAGGGUCAACUCACGUCCAGUGAGGGAGCUGAAAUACUGCGUGGAGGAGGGUGUAGUCCCUGAGAAGGAGUACAUCCUGAGAGUGAGAGCUAUCAACAGCGUCGGAGUCAGCGAGCCAUCCGACAUCUCUGAGAACGUCUUCGCCAAAGAAACUGACUGUAACCCAACACUGGAGUUCCAGACUCUGGAUCUGGUUGUUGUGGAAACAGAGAAGCUGCACAUCCCAGUUCCCUUCAAAGCCGUCCCCUCACCCAGAAUCACCUGGCACAAGGACGGCAAGGAGCUUAAGGCAGAUGAACGUCUCGGCUUCAGGAAGGAGUAUACUGCCUGUCACCUGGAAAUCGACAGCAGCCUUCACCCUGAUGCUGGACAGUACAAAGUCACUCUGGAGAAUACACUGGGAGCUGCCAGUGCCACCAUCAACGUCAAAGUCAUUGGUCUUCCUGGUCCUUGUAAGGAAAUCCUGGCCUCUGAGAUCACAAAGAACUCCUGCAAAGUGUCCUGGGAUCCUCCAGACUAUGACGGUGGCAGUCCAAUCAUUCACUACGUCCUGCAGCGCCGUGAAGCUGGCAGGAGGACGUAUGUCAACGUGAUGUCUGGAGAGAACAAGAUGUGCUGGAACGUUAAAGAUCUCAUCCCCAACGGAGAGUACUACUUCAGAGUCCAGGCCAUCAACAAGAUUGGGGGAGGAGAGUUCACUGAGCUCCGCAACCCAGUCAUCGCAGAGGACCAGAAACAUGCUCCUGACCCACCUGUGGAUGUGGAGACCCAUUACCCAACAUCAAGCACCAUCACUCUGACCUGGAAGCCACCAAUGUACGACGGUGGCUGCAAGAUCAUGGGCUACGUCCUGGAGAAGCAGCAGAAGGGCGAAGACAAGUGGGAAAGAUGCAAUGACUUCUUGGUGCCUGUUCUGUCCUACACCGUCAGAGGUCUGACGGAGGGCAAGAACUACACCUUCAGAGUCAAAGCUGAAAACGCCGCCGGCAUCAGCGAGCCAUCACGCAACACACCAUUCGCCAAGGCUUCGGAUGCCAUCGAUCCUCCAAAGGUUUUCCUGAGCGGCAGCCUGCAGUCCGGUCUCAGCGUGAAGCGAGGCUAUGAGAUCUGCCUGGACGCCAACAUUUCUGGUUCGCCAUAUCCUGAGAUCACCUGGUACUGGAACAACCAGGUGAUCCGACCUGAACCGCUCCGCAAGAGGCCGGAAAAACCCCUGAAGAAGAAGGUAGAAAAGAAGGAAGAGGAGAAAGAGAAGGCAGAGGCAGAGAAAAAGGAAGGGGAGGGAGAGGUGAAGGAAGGAGAAGAGAAGAAGGAGGGAGAGGAGAAGAAGGAGGAGGAGAAGAAGGAGGAGGAGAAGAAGGAGGAGGAGAAGAAGGAAGAGGAGGCAGCAGAGCCAGAGGAGGAGGAACCCGACUACCCGACGAUCAAUGAACGUCUGACCAUUGACAACAGCCGCAGAGGCAUGUCCUCUAUCAUCAUCAGGGACUCGAUCCGCCGCGACCAUGGCGUCUACAUGGUGAAGGUGCAGAAUGACCACGGGAAAGCCUCAGUAACCUGCGAGGUCAAUGUGCUCGAUGCUCCUGGGCCUCCAGUGAACUUCAAAUUUGAGGAGGUGAGGAAGAACUCUGUCAUUUGCAAGUGGGAUCCUCCUCUGGAUGAUGGCGGCAGUGAGAUCAUCAACUACACUCUGGAGAAGAAGGACAACUCGAAGCUGGAGAUUGGCUGGAGCUGCGUCACCUCCACACUGAGAGGAUGCCGCUACCUUGUGCCCAAACUCAUUGAGAAAAAGGAGUACCUCUUCAGGGUCCAGGCUGAGAACAAGUUCGGCGCUGGUCCACACUGCGUCUCCAAACCACUCAUUGCCAAGAAUCCUUUCGAACCUCCUGAGGCCCCCGAACAGCCACAGGUUGAAGACAUCACGGCCCACAGCAUGCUGGUCAUCUGGAACGAACCCAAAGAUAAUGGCAGCCCCAUCUUGGGAUACUGGGUAGAGCGCCGCGAGAUCAACAGCUCUCACUGGGCACGUGUCAACAGGGAGAUCGUCCCUAACACUGAGCUGAACGUUGAAGGUCUGCUGGAUGGUUACACUUACAUCUUCAGGGUGGCGGCUGAAAACCAGGCCGGCCCCGGAAAGUUCAGUCCCCCCUCUGAACCUAUGACUGCCCAAGCUCCAAUCCUGCCUCCUGGACCUCCAGUUGCCCGAGUGGAGUCGACCACUGACCAUUCCAUUAAUGUGGAGUGGGACCCACCUGCUGACAAUGGUGGAGGAGAGGUCUUUGGAUACCAUGUGGAAAAGGCCGUGUUUGGUAGCAAGGACUGGUCCAGGGCUACAGAGCGUCUUCAGAAGACUCGGGCUUUCACUGUCUAUGGAGUCCGUGAGGGAGCCAAGUACAUGGUCAAAGUCAUUGCCUGCAAUGUUGCCGGAGAGGGAACACCAGGAUUCACAGAGUCUGUGUUCGUCCGGUAUCCUGCAGAGAAGCCAGUGAUUGAACUGGACCUGGCCACCAAGAAUGGUGUGAUCGUCAGAGCUGGAGAGACACUCAAUGUACUUGCUACAGUCACAGGCAAACCUUAUCCAUACAUCACCUGGACAAUAGAGGAUGCCAAACCUGACAAAGACCGUGUGGAGAUCCUCACUGAAGGCAACAAUAGCAUUGUUUCAAUCCAGAACGCUCAGAGAAAGGACAGCGGCAGAUACCAUAUCUCCGUUUGCAACCCCAGCGGCAUCAAGGGUGCUUCGAUCAGAGUGGAUGUCAUGGAUGUACCUGGACCUGUCACGGAUCUGAAGCCCGUUGUUGUCACUCGUAAGAUGAUCUUCCUGAACUGGGACGACCCUGUGGAUGAUGGAGGCAGCGACCUGACUGGCUUCAUUGUGGAGAGAAGAGAUCCAAAAUCCAAGACGCAAACAUGGAAGCAGCCUGUUGAAACCAUGGCAUCCAAGUGUGAGUGCAUGGGCAUUGUGGAGGGACAGGAGUACAUCUUCCGCGUUAUUGCCAAGAACAAGUACGGUUUGGGACCACCCGUCGAGCUGGAACCCAUCACGGCUGUGGACGCACAGGGUCCACCAUCAUAUCCCGAGAAGUUCCACUACACUGAGCGCACCAAGAGCUCCGUCACACUGGCCUGGAAGCCACCGCGUAAUGAUGGUGGCAGCCCUGUCAUCGGCUACUUUGUUGAGAAGAAGAGGCAGGACAAGCAGGCUUUCGAGCCCUGCAACACGGAGAUCUGCCCCAACAUGACCAUGACUGUGGAGGGCCUGGACGAGGACUGGAUGUACGAGUUCAGGAUCAAGUGUGCCAACCUAAUUGGAGAGAGCGAGCCAUCCAACCCAUUCGCCAUGAUCAUCCAAGAUGAUGAAGUGUCUCCUGAGGUCCACAUGUUGAAGCAGUUCAAGGCUGACACCAUCACCGUUAGGAAGAAUGAGCCCAUUGAGAUGCCCGCUGACAUCCUGGGCCUGCCCAUCCCUAAGGUCGAGUGGACCAAGGAUGACGUAGUGAUUGAGCCCACCGAGACUCUGCUGAUUGAGACUGAGGUGACUGGCAGGUUGAACUGCAAGUCUGUGCUGUCUAUCCCAGCAGCCAACAGGAGGGACCAAGGCAGCUACACUGUGACUGCCUCCAACAACAUGGGCUCAGCCAAGCACAUCAUCUAUGUCAUGGUGCUGGACCGGCCACUUCCACCCAGGAAUGUGACAGUGUCCAACAUCAGGGCAGAGUCUUGCUACCUCCAGUGGGAGGCACCACUGGAUAAUGGUGGCAGUGAGCUGACCAACUACAUUGUUGAGAAGAAGGAAAUACGGACAGAGGAGCCAGAGGUGGAAGAGGGACAGGAAGCUCCACCUGAGCCACAGUGGGAGGAGGUUACCAGCAGCAUCAUUGAAAAGAAAUAUGGGGUGUGGAACCUGGAUACCAACAAGACCUACAUGUUCCGGGUCAAAGCUGAGAAUCGCUACGGCAAAUCUGAUCCCUGCGCAACUGAGGAAGUCCAGAUUAUAGACCCAUUCGGCCUUCCUGGCCCACCAGAGAAACCAACCAUUGCAGAGUACUCCAAGACCUCCAUGACCCUAACCUGGGAGCCUCCCAGAGACACUGGUGGCUCUAUGAUUAUUGGCUACUGGCUGGAGAAGAGGGAGAGAGGUACUGACUACUGGGCCAGAGUCAACAAGAUGCCGGUCACCAAGAGGGGCAUGAAAGGCUGGGAGUACCAGGUGACCCGUUUGUUUGAAGGAACAGAGUACGAGUUCAGGGUGGCUGCCUCCAAUUCUGCAGGAACUGGACCAUUCAGUGGCCCAUCCGACUCUGCCUUUGCUGUUGAUCCACUUACUCCUCCAAGCAUGCCCGCUGCUCCAGUGGUGGCUGAUAAGACAAAGCACAGUGUCACACUGUCCUGGACUCCACCAGAGAGGGAUGGAGGAAGCCCCAUCACGGGCUACCUCAUCCAGAUCCAGGAUGAGGGAUCCUCAGUGUGGAUGACAGUGAAUGACCCAGAGACCGUGCACCCCACUACUGAGUAUACUGUGCCCAGCCUCCGUGCACUGAAACACUACCGCUUCAGGAUCAUUGCUGUCAAUGCCAUUGGCGAGUCUGACCCCAGCCCUCGCACCGGCGAGGUUAAAAUUGAGGAUAUCCAGCUUGGACCUUCCAUCAACAUUGACAUGACUGUCGAUGACCUGCUGUACGUUCGUGCUGGAGAGCCAUUCAAGAUCCCUGCCUCCAUCAAGGGCCGCCCUGUUCCUAAGGUUACCUGGGACUAUUAUGGCAAAGCCAAGUCACACAAGAAGGACAAACUCCACACACUGCCUGAGGACUCUCAGGUUGAAUCCACUGACACCACGUCCAUCGUGACUGUCCCUGUCAGUCUGAGAAUCCACUCUGGACGCUACACCAUCACUGCCAAGAACAAGUCCGGACAGAAACACGUCAAUGUCAGAGUCAAUGUCCUUGAUGUCCCUGGAGCUCCAAAGGAACUGAGGGUUACUGACAUCACAAGGUCGACAAUGAGGCUGAUCUGGAAGCUCCCCGAUAGUGAUGGAGGAGAAAGAAUUAAGACCUACUUCAUUGAGAAGAAAAGUCUCACUGACAAGGCCUGGACAACGGUGAAUGCAGCUUGUGCCAGCCAGGCUUAUGUUGCGCCAGGCCUGCUGGAAGGUCAGGACUACCUGUUCAGGGUCCGAGCUGAGAACAGACUUGGAUUUGGCCCAUUCACUGUCACCACUGAUCCUGUCCGGGCCAGAGACCCCAUCUACCCUCCUGACCCCCCAACCAAGGUGAGGGUCAACCUGGUGACAAAGGACACAGUGACUUUGAGCUGGGAGCCUCCCAAAAACAACGGUGGCUCUCCGGUGAAGCAUUACAUCAUCGAACGUUUGAGCUGGGACACCAGCGGCAAGGAGAAGGAGACCUGGAAGCAGUGCAACAAGAGAGAAGUGGAGGAACUCACCUUUGUAGUGGAGGACCUGAAGGAGGGAGGAGAAUAUGAGUUCAGAGUAAAAGCCGUGAACGCUGCUGGACCCAGCCGACCCUCCGCCACCGCCGGACCUCUGGUCAUCAAGGAUCAGACAUGCGCUCCCACUAUUCUGCUGCGUGAGGCCAUGGAGGGCGAGGAGGGCUGUGAUGUCAGUGUCGUGGCAAAGGUGGGCGGCUGUCCAUUCCCCACGCUUACCUGGCAGAAAGCCACCCUGGCCAAACCUGAGGAGAAGACCGCCGUCCAAUAUGACCAGCACAUCAACAAACUGGUCACACAGGACAAGUGCACUCUGUUGAUCCAGCAGGCCAGCAGGCAUGACACUGCCCUCUACAGCCUGACGGCAAGCAACAGCCUGGGCACAGUGACCAAAGACAUCAAGGUCUCCGUGUUUGGACCUCCUGGCCCACCUGUUGGACCAAUCAAGUUCACCGAAGUCUUUGCAGACAGGAUUGGCCUGGCCUGGAACCCUCCCACAGAUGAUGGUGGAUCCAAGAUUACCAACUACGCGGUUGAGAAGCGCGAGGACAACAGGAAGUCCUGGGUCCAUGUUUCCAAUGACCCCAAGGAGUGUGCCUACGUGGUGACCCGCCUGACUGAGAACCACGAGUACGAGUUCAGAGUCAUGGCCCAGAACAAGUUUGGAGUUGGACCUCCACUGGUCAGCGAAUCAGAGAAGGCCAGAAACUUGUUCACUGUCCCGGGUCAGUGUGAGAAACCGACUGUGACUAACGUCUGUCUGGAAUCAAUGACCGUCAACUGGGACGAGCCCAAGUACGAUGGUGGCUCCUCCAUCACCGGCUACUACGUGGAAAAGAAGGAGACCACCAGCAAGCGCUGGACCCGCGUUACCCGUGAGCCGAUCCGAGCGCUGCCACUGGGCAACAACUGGGAUGUCACCGGCUUGCUGGAUGGCGCCAUGUACCAGUUCAGGGUCAUCGCUGUCAACGCUGCUGGCUGCGGUUUGCCCAGCGUGCCCUCUGACCCCAUACUCUGCAGAGACCCCAUCAAGCCUCCUGGGCCACCCACUCCGAAGGUGACUGACUGGACAAAGUCAACAGUGGAACUGGAGUGGAUCCCUCCUCUGGUGGAUGGAGGGUCAAAGGUCACAGGUUACAUUGUGGAGUUCAAGGAGAUUAACAAGGAGGAGGAGGAAAAGAAAGCUCAGAGGAAGCAGCUGAUGCUGGGUGCUGAGGAGGAGAAGGAGCCUGAGACUGAUGAGGGCUGGGAGAAGGCAAAGGACACAGAGGUCAGAGGAACCAAGUUCGUUGUGCCCGGUCUGAAGGAAGGCGGUCUGUACAGCUUCAGAGUCCGAGCCGUUAACGUUGCUGGAGUAGGAGAUCCAGGACUUGUGGCUGAGCUGAUUGAAGUCAAAGACAGGACAAUUCCUCCUGAGAUGGACCUGGACGCCUCAGUGAAGGAGAAGAUUGUGGUCCAUGCUGGUGCCACCAUCCGCAUCAUCGCCUACGUAUCUGGUAAACCUGCCCCACAGAUCACCUGGUGCAGAGAUGAUGCUGAGGUGCCCAAAGAGGCCGUGGUGGAGACAACAGGCAUCUCCAACUCGCUGGUCAUUAAGAACUGCAGACGCCAACACCAGGGCAUCUACACACUGAGCGCCAAGAACGAGGGAGGAGAGAGGAAGAAGGCUGUCAUUGUGGAGGUCCUGGACGUCCCUGGACCUGUCGGUCAGCCCUUCGCUGGUGAGAAUCUGACAAACGACUCCUGCAAGCUGACCUGGUACUCCCCUGAGGAUGACGGUGGGUCUGCCAUCACCAACUACAUCAUUGAGAAGAGGGAGUCAGACCGCAUGGGCUGGACGUCGGUGUCCUACACAGUGACAAGGAAUAAUGCUGUGGUGCAGGGACUCAUUGACGGCAAGGGCUACUUCUUCAGGAUUGCAGCCGAGAACAUCAUUGGCAUGGGACCCUUCAUCGAGACUGACAAGAUGGUUCUCAUUAAGGACCCCAUCUCCGUCCCAGAGCGUCCAGAGGAUCUGAUUAUCACAGCUAUCACUAAGGACUCCAUUUCUGUUGCCUGGAGGCCACCCAAGUAUGAUGGCGGCGCUGAGGUGACCGGGUACAUCCUCGAGUCCCGCAUGAUUGGCCGUGACAAUUUCACACGUGUAGGUGGAGAGGACAAGCUGAUGGACAGGAAGUUCACACUGACGGGACUGAAGGACGGCUCAAGCCACGAGUUCAGAGUCUCCGCCGUCAAUCACGUGGGACAGGGCAAAUUCUCCUUCGCCACCAAACCUGUUCAGUGCAAGGACGAGCUCGAACCACCCACUCUCGACUUGGACUUCAGGGACAAGAUGAUGGUGAAGGUGGGAGACAGCUGCACUCUGUCUGGACGCUACUCUGGCAAACCAGUCCCGGCCAUCACCUGGACAAAGAAUGAUGAGGAACUGAAAACCGACGAGGAGAUCGGCCUCCACAGCAGCACUCACCAUCUCAGCCUCAACAUCAGCAAGGCCAAGAGAGAACAUAGUGGCCGCUACUGUGUCAGCGUGGAAAACGCUGCCGGAGCUCGCACAGGAAUCUGCACUGUCACUGUAGUUGACCGUCCUCAGCCUCCAGAGGGCCCCGUGGUUUUCAAUGAGGUCUACAGGAACUACAUGAUGAUCUCCUGGAACCCUCCUCUGGAUGAUGGAGGCUGUGCAGUCUCCAACUAUAUCAUCGAGAAGAGAGACACCAACAGAGACCUGUGGAUGCCCGUCACGUCAUCCUGCACCAGGACCUCUUGCAGGGUGCCAAAGCUGAUCGAGGGUCGUGAGUACAUCAUUAGGAUCAUGGCUCAGAACAUCUAUGGCAUCAGCGAUCCGCUGCUGUCUGCAGAGACCAAGGCCAGAGACGUCUACAAAGUACCUGAUGCUCCUAAACAGCCCACAGUGAAGGAAGUGUUCCAUGACUCUGCCCUCCUCAGCUGGGAGCCACCUGCAGACGGAGGAAAACCAAUCACAGGUUACAUUGUGGAGAGGAAGGAGACCAUGGCCAACAGGUGGGUCCGCUGUAACACUGAGAGAAUCCAUCCAAAGGUGGAGUACUGCGUGACAGAGCUUCUGGAAGGUUGUGAGUACGAGUUCAGAGUCAGCGCUGAGAAUGAGGUGGGAGCCGGAGACCCAAGCCCACCAUCCAAACCCAUCUUCGCCAAAGAUCCCAUCGUGAAACCCAGUCCACCAGUAAACUUCCAGGUCAUUGACUUCACCAAGGAGUCAGCAACUCUGUCCUGGGAGCCACCCACCGACACCGGCAGAGGAAAGAUCUUCGGAUACCUGCUGGAGUUCCAGAAGGCUGGAGAGGAGGAAUGGAGCAAGGUGAACCAGACUCCAGACUCCUGCCAGCAGACCAACUUUAAGGUGAUUAACCUGGAUGACGGUGUUCUGUACCGCUUCAGAGUCAUGGCUGUCAAUGCUGCUGGAGAGUCCGAGCCAGCCAACCUAGCAGAACCAGUCAGAGUGCAGGACAGACUUGAACCCCCAGAGCUGAUUCUGGAUGCCGCAAUGACCCGAGAGGUGAAGGCCAUGGCUGGCACUCACAUCACUCUGAUGGCCGAAAUCAAAGGUGUCCCAUUCCCCACCGUCACCUGGAAAAAGAAUGAAGCUGAAGUGCCCACCAGGGCCGACAUUGAAACCAACCAGACAGGCACCAAGCUGGAGAUGAGGUUCUGCAACCGUGGUGACUGUGGAGACUACACCCUAACUGUGGAGAACCCAGUAGGAUCCAAGACCGCUACAUGCACAGUUCUGGUUCUUGACAAACCUGGUCCCAUCCAACACCUCAGGGUGUCUGACGUCAGAAGCGACUCUGCUUACCUGUCCUGGAAGGACCCAGAGGACAAUGGUGGUACUCGCAUCACUAACUUCGUGGUGGAGAAGAAAGACACUGCAUCCACUCAGUGGGUCCCUGUCUGCUCCACAUCCAAGAAACGCAGCAUGACGCUAAAACACCUGAUGGAGGGCACAUCCUACUCAUUCAGAGUUGCUGCUGAGAACCAGUUUGGCCGCAGUGAAUAUGUUGAGACACCAAAGGCCAUCAAAGCAAUGAACCCACUUUUCCCACCUGGUCCUCCCAAAGACCUGCACCACAAAGAUGUGGACAAGACUGAAGUGUGGUUGGUCUGGAACUGGCCUGAUCGCAAUGGAGGAAGUGCAAUCACAGGCUUCCUGGUGGAGUAUCAGGAAGAGGGAGAGAAAGAGUGGGACGAGUGGAAGACCGUCAGUAUCCCUGAAAGCCAUGUCACAGGCCUGGAAGAAGGAAAGACCUACCGCUUCAGAGUGAGGGCUGAGAACGCCAUUGGCCUCAGCAGACCCGACACCACCGUUCCUAUUCUCUGCCAGGAGAAACUCGUGCCCCCACUUGUCGAGGUCGACGUUAAGCUCAUUGAAGGCAUCGUUGUGAAGGCAGGCACUACGAUCAGAAUGCCAGCUAUCAUGAGGGGAAUCCCUGUUCCCACUGCCAAGUGGUCUAUCGAAGGAGAGGAGAUCACCAGCCAGGGCAACAUCAAGAUAGACACUGACAACUUCUCCACUGUGCUUAGCAUUAAUGAUUGCACAAGGAACCACACUGGAACCUACCUUCUCUCUGUGUCCAAUCCAGCUGGAACCAAGACAGUGGCCUUGAACGCAACUGUCCUGGAUGUUCCUGCUGCUCCUAUUGGUCCUGUCAACAUCCUGGAAGUCACUCCAGACUCCAUGAUGAUUGAAUGGCGUCCUCCCAAGGAUGAUGGCGGUAGUCCUAUCACCAGCUACAUUGUGGAGAAGAGAGAGUCUAACAAGGAAACCUGGGGAGGUGUCAGCUCUGGUGGCCUUGGCACCCAGCUCAAUAUCACCCGUCUGCAGAAGGGAGCUGAGUAUGUUAUUCGCAUCCGUGCUGUGAACAAGAUGGGUGCCGGCGCUCCUUUGGAGAGCAAGCCCACUGUGGCUGAGCACUCCUUCAUGCCACCCAGCCAGCCUGGUAAGCCACAGCCAUCUGAUGUCUCAGAGGAUUCUGUUACUGUUGGCUGGACCAUGCCCCUGUCUGAUGGUGGCAGUCAGAUCACUGGCUACAUCAUUGAGCGCAGACACAAGGGAGGAAAAUGGAUCCGUGUCAACAAGACACCCUGCAAGGAUUUGAGGUACAGAGUCCUGGGUCUGUUUGAGGGCAAUGAGUAUGAGUUCAGAGUGUUUGCUGAGAAUAUUGCUGGCUACAGCGGCCCCUCUCCAAUCUCUGACCCCUGCAAGCCUUGCAGACCCAUCACUGUCCCCAGCCCCCCAGUUAACCCCAAAGUUAAAGAUUACAGCAAGACCACUGCUGACCUGGUGUGGACCAAACCGAACAAAGAUGGAGGCAGCCCCAUCCUAGGCUACACUGUGGAAAUGAAGAAGGCAGACACAGAGGAAUGGAAAAAAGUGAACCUGGAUGAUUUUAUCAAACAGUGUGCCUACAUGGUGAAAGGUCUGGAGGAGGGCGUGACCUACAGAUUCAGAGUCUAUGCCUCAAAUAUGGUUGGAGAUGGAGAGCCCAGAGAAAUCCCAGAGUCCAUCACUACUCAGGAUAUCCUCAUCCCUCCAGAGAUUGAGAUGGAUGCCAGCUGCCGUGAGCGUGUCACUGUGCGUGUUGGACACAACGUCAACAUCACAGGCUACAUCAAAGCCCGCCCUGAUCCUGAAGUGAUUUGGUCAAAGGGGGAAACAGCUCUGGAAAGUAGCAAACGUAUCACCAUCACUCAGAACUUCCCUCUUGUCCACCUGAGGAUAAAAGAGGCCACAAGAGCUGACCAUGGCAAAUACUACCUGAAGGCUUCGAAUGAGGGUGGUGAGGCCAUCUGUCCCAUCACAGUCAAUGUGCUUGACAGACCCAGCCACUGCCAGAAUCUGCACGUGACAUACGCCACCAAGGACUCAUGCAUGGUUAACUGGGAAGCCCCUAAGGACAACGGUGGAUCUGAGAUCACCAACUACAUUGUGGAGUGCCGUGAGCCCAGCAUUAGCAUGUGGUCCAUGAUCUCCUCCAAUUGCACUAAUCGUAAGAUCAAGACCAAGCUUAUGGAGGGCCACGAAUACUUGUUCCGUGUCUGUGCCGAGAACAAGAUGGGCCCAGGACCCACUGUGGAGACCAAGACCCCUCUGCUGGCUAUUGACCCAAUCGAGAAGCCCGGAGAGCCUGAGCAAUUUAGAGCCACUGACAUUGGUAAGAACUACGUCUCUCUGAGAUGGAGGAAGCCUGACUAUGAUGGUGGCAGCCCCAACCUGUCCUACAACCUUGAGAGCAAGGAUAAGGAUGCUGAGGCAUGGGAGAAACUCGGCUCUCUUACUGACACCUUCUUCCUGGCUAGUAAAUGCCUGGAGAACCAUACAUACACCUUCAGGGUGCAGACCGUCAAUGAGGGAGGUGAGAGUGCUUGGGUGAAUCUCGCUGAUGUUCUUGUGAGGGAGGAGAUCCAGAAGCCUGUCAUUGACCUGAAGCUAGCAGGAACUUUGACAGUGAAGGCCGGAGAAUCUGUCAGGAUGGAGGCCGGCCUCAGAGGAAAGCCCCAACCUGAGGUCAAAUGGACAAAAGAAAAGGCUGUUGGAGACAACCCCAGAAUCAGCUAUGAGUCUGGCCCUGACUACUCCAAAUUCCUUUUGACAAAGUCCAGACGUACUGACACUGGAAAGUAUAUCAUCACUGCCACUAACUCAGCUGGCACCUUCACAGCAUACGCCACCGUCAAUGUCCUGGAUGUGCCUGGUCCAGUGAGAAACCUUAGGAUUACCGGCAUUGGAGCUGACAAGUGCAGAGUGGUGUGGGAUACUCCGGAGGAUGAUGGAGGUUGUGAGGUGGACAGCUACAUCCUGGAGAAAUGCGAGACCAGGAGAAUGGUCUGGUCAACAUACUCAGCCUCUGUGGUCACACCAUACUGCAAUAUCAGUCGUCUGGUGGAGGGCAAUGAGUACAUUUUCAGAGUGAGAGCUGAGAACAAGAUGGGAACUGGCCCUGCCAUGGAGAGCAAGCCUGUUACUGUCAAGACUCAGUUCAACAAACCUGGACCCCCUGAAGCUCCUGAGGUCACCAAGGUGAGCAAAGAUGAGAUGACAGUUGUCUGGGCUCCUCCUGAGAGUGAUGGUGGCAAGUCAAUCACUGGUUACAUUCUGGAGAGAAAAGAGAAGAGAGCAGUACGCUGGGUGCCAUGCAACAAGAGCCCGAUCUCCGAGAGACGCAUGAAAGUCACCAACCUGAUUCCCAACCAUGAGUACCAAUUCAGGGUGAAGGCUGAGAAUGAGGUUGGCCUGGGAGAGCCCAGCAAACCCUGCAGACCUGUUGCAGCCAAAGAUCCCAUUGAGCCCCCUGGCCCCCCUGCAUUCCUGAAGGUAGGCGACAGCACCAAGACCUCUAUCACUCUGACCUGGUCUAAACCUGUGUAUGAUGGUGGUGCCCCCAUCAUCGGCUACAGCUUAGACUUGAGACUGAAGAGUGAUGCAGACCCUGAGAAGCCCUCAGUGGGCUGGAAGAGAAUUGACACCCAUGGCCCAUUGGUGAUGACAGAGUUUACCAUUGGCCAGCUGGAUGAGAAGCUGGAGUAUGAUUUCAAGGUAUCCGCCAGAAACCAGGUAGGCUGGGGACCCCAUGCCUACUUGAGGGAGGCCGUCUCACCCAAAGAGAUCCUGGAGGCUCCAGAAAUCGACCUAGAUGCUAGUCUUAGGAAAGGCCUGGCUGUCAGGGCCGGCUGUCCAAUCAGGCUUUUUGCUGUGAUCAGAGGAAGGCCCACCCCCAAGGUUACCUGGAAGCGCAUGGGUGUGGAUAAUGUGAUCCGCCGAGGUCAUGUGGACCAGGUUGACACCAUGUCCUUCCUGGUCAUCCCUGAGAGUACCAGAGAGGAUUCUGGAAGAUACUCGCUGACUCUGUCCAACUCAGCUGGAGAAAAAGCUGUAUAUGUCCAUGUCAAAGUCCUUGAUACUCCUGGUCCGGUUGGCGGCCUGGAGGCAACCAACAUUACCAAGGCGACAGCCCAACUGUCCUGGUUGCCACCAGAGAAUGACGGUGGCAGCCACAUCACUAACUACAUUGUGGAGAAACGUGAGGUGGAUAGGAAGACCUGGAACAAGUGCACAGAGGAACUGAAAAAGACCAGCUUUAAGAUUACCAACCUGACGCCUGGUAUUGAGUACUACUUCAGGGUCAUGGCCUGCAACAAAUAUGGCAUUGGAGUUCCUCAGGACUCACCUAAGUCCUACCUGGCUGUUGAUGCCAUCAGUGAGCCGGAUCCUCCGAAGAAGAUGGAUGUUUUGGAGAUCACCAAGAAUAGUGCCACACUGGCCUGGCUGAAGCCACUCAGAGAUGGAGGAGCCAAAAUUAAUGGUUAUGUGGUGGACUACCAAGAGGAGGGUGCACCCGAGGACAAGUGGACACCUUACUCUGUUGUCAAAGACAUGACUAUCGUGGUGGUUGGUCUGAACGAAGGAAAGAAGUACAAGUUCAGAGUGGCAGCCAGGAACUCGGUGGGAGUCAGCCUGGCCCGAGAGGCAGAGGGAGUGUUUGAGGUCAAGGAACAGCUCAUGCCUACUAAGGUCAUCAUGCCUGACAUUGUGACAGUCAGAGCUGGAUCCAAGAUGGUGGUUGAGGCCAUUGUUGCAGGCAAACCAGUUCCCGUCUGCAAGUGGAAGCAGGGCAAUGAGGACGUGCUGACCUCUGACCGCCUGUCUGUUGUAAAGACACUGAAUACCUGCACACUCAUCAUUAAGAACGUGACGAGAAAGGACAGUGGCUACUAUAGCCUAGCAGCUGAGAACAGCACCUCCAAGGUCAACCAGAUUCUCAGAGUCAUCGUCAUGGACAUCCCUGGACCCCCUGAAGCUCCUCUAGAGAUCACUGAACAGGACAUCGAUGCUUGCACGCUGCUUUGGAACUCUCCACAGGAGGAUGGUGGCAGCAAUAUCACCAACUAUAUUGUAGAGAAGUGUGACGUCAGCCAGGGUGACUGGGUCACUGUGUCCUCAUCCUGCACCAAAACCAGCUUUAGAAUGGCCAAACUGACACCUGGCAAAGAGUAUGGAUUCCGUGUCCGUGCUGAGAACAGGCUCGGUAUUGGUGAGCCCAUUUACUCUGAGAAGAUGAUUGCCAGAUAUCCAUUUGAUCCUCCCAGUGAGCCCAGAAGCCUGCAGAUCAACAAGAUCUUCAAGGACUUUGUCAUCCUCUCAUGGGAGCGGCCCAGCAGCGACGGCGGCACCCCCAUCACUGGAUACUGCAUUGAAAAGAAGGAAAGGAACAGCCUUCUGUGGGUGAAGGCCAAUGAGUCUUUGGUCAAAGCCACACAGUACACCUGCACCGGACUGAUUGAGGGUCUGGAAUAUACCUUUAGGGUAUCAGCACUCAACAUAGCUGGACAGGGCAAACCUUGCAAACAGACUGACUUCAUCACCGCUAGGACUGCUAUUGACCCACCAGGUAAACCUGAGGCCAUGGAUGUGACCAAGAACUCUGUCUCACUGGUCUGGACCCGUCCCAAGCAUGAUGGUGGCAGUAAGCUGAUUGGCUACUACAUGGAGUACGCAAAAGUUCCAGAAGAGAAGUGGACUCGCUGCAAUGCCAACUGCAUGAACAUCCAAUCGGAGAAUUAUGUAGUGACUGGCCUGGAAGAGGGCCAAAGGUACUGGUUUAGAGUCAUCGCAAAGACCGCCGUCAACACCAGCCUGCCAUCCGAGCUGUCCGACCCCAUUGCUGUCAUUGCAGAGAAUGUUCCUCCUCGUGUGGAGCUGGGUGUCAACAUGAAGAACCUGAUUGUGGUGAAAGCUGGAGAAAACGUCUUCCUGGAUGCUGAAGUGUUCGGAAAGCCACUGCCCAAGGUGAGCUGGAAGAGAGAUGGAGCACCUCUGGCCCUUACCGAAGGAAUGAAGAUGAUCCAGAAGAAACAUGUCCAUCUGCUUGAGCUCUACUCCGUCACCAGAAAGGAGACAGGAGACUACACUAUCACUGCUGAAAACAUCAAUGGAAGCAAGUACGCCACCAUCAAGGUCAAGGUGCUCGACAAACCAGGCCCUCCAGCCUCAGUGAGAGCUUUUAAAGUCUUUGCCGAUCAUGUUAAGCUUCGAUGGGAGCCUCCAAUUGCAGAUGGUGGUUCUGAGAUCACCAACUACAUCAUAGAGAAACGCGAGACCAGCAGGGCCAACUGGGCGCUUGUCAGCUCCAAUAUCCAUGGACACACUACUGACAGCAUAGUGGAGAAACUCAUUGAAGGACAUGAGUACCAGUUCAAAGUCAGUGCUGAGAACCAGUAUGGUGUAGGAAACCCCACCAUGACCGACCCUGUCCUCGUCAGGAACCCAUAUGACGUCCCUGGUCCAUGCGAACCACCCGUCAUCACCAACAUUACUAAGGACUCCAUGACAGUGAGCUGGAAGGCCCCAGCCAAUGACGGCAAGGCAACCAUCCUGGGCUACAUGGUGGAGAAACGUGAGGCCACUGAGCUGACCUGGGCUAAAGUCAACCGCCGGCCAGUCAUUGACAGGACAAUCAAAGCUGCUCAGCUGACUGAGGGCUCUGAAUAUGAGUUUAGAGUCAUUGCCAUGAACAAGGCCGGUCUUGGUAAACCCAGCGAUGCAUCCAAUGCUGCACUGGCCGUUGACCCUGUCUAUCCUCCUGGACCACCAGCCUUCCCCAAGGUGGUAGACUCCACCAAGAACUCCAUCAGCCUUAGCUGGACCAAACCAGCAUAUGACGGUGGCUGUGAGAUCAUCGGCUACCUGGUGGAGUGUAAACGAGCCGAAGCUGAGAACUGGACCAAGUGCAACAUCCCGAAGAAGCUCCAGGCCACCAAAUUCCUGAUGACGGGUCUGAUGGACGACACAGAGUACCAGUUCAGAGUAACUGCUGUCAACAAGAUUGGCUACGGCGAGCCCAGCGACGUCCCUGGAAACCACAUGCCCAAGGACAUCCUAAUCGCUCCUGAAGCCGAGCUGGAUGCUGACCUGAGAAAGGCUUUGGUUCUCCGUGCUGGUGUCACCAUGAGACUUUACGUUCCACUGAGAGGACGCCCGGCACCGAAGGUGACGUGGACAAAGGUGGAUGCCAACCUGAAGGAGAGGCAGGGCCUGAUGAUCAAGACAUCAGAGUGGGACACCCUUCUGACGAUCGAGAACAUUAACAGAUACGAUGCUGGCAAAUACGUCCUGUCGCUGGAGAACAGCAGCGGCUCCAAGAGCUACACCAUCGUGGUCAAGGUCCUUGAUUCUCCUGGACCCCCUGUGAACUUGAUCGUGAAGGAGACCUCCAGAAACCAUGCUUGCAUCACCUGGUAUGCCCCGCUGAUCGAUGGUGGCAGCCCUGUCAAGAGCUAUGUCGUAGAGAAACGUCUGGCCGAGAGAAAGGCCUGGACCUGCGUGUCGGCCGAGUGCCACAAAACCUCCUUCAGGAUCACCAACCUGGAGGCAGGACAGGCCUACUGCUUCAGAGUGCUGGCUGAAAACGCCUAUGGCAUUGGAGAGGGCUGUGAGACUGCCGGCAGCGUCAGAGCCUCAGAGCAACCUGGUCCAGUGACAGACUUCAAAGCCCAGAAAACCACCAAGGACUCGAUCACCCUGGGCUGGAAGAAGCCCAUCAGUGACGGCGGAAGCCAUGUUACCGCUUAUAUCCUGGAACAGAGUGAAGGCGAGGAGAAGUGGAAGCAGAUCAUGAAGGGCAGGAACACCUCACACAUCAUCGGAGAGCUAACUGAAGGCAAAGAGUACUACUUCAGAGUCAAGGCACUCAACGAGUCUGGAGAGGGACCACUUACCGAGCUCACAGCUGUCGCCAAAGACCAGUUUGUGCUGCCUGACUGCAACUUGAGUAGUCUGCAAGAUGGUAUCUGUGUGGUGAAGGAGGGCAGCACUACGCGUAUCAACAUCCCUGUCACUGGAGUGCCGUACCCCAGUGCCAUCUGGAAGAAGGGUGACAUGAUGAUUGGAGACACUGGCCGGAUGUGUGUUGAGGCAGCUCAGGGUGUCACCACUCUGCUGAUCAGAGACUGCCAGAGAGGAGAUGCCGACACCUACACCAUCACAGUCAAGAACAGUGCUGGCUCCAAGGACUGCAAGUUCCAAAUAAAGGUGGUUGGCAAGCCUGGCAUCUGCACUGGACCCAUUAAGUUGGACGAGAUUACUGCUGAUGGCAUCACUCUGGAGUGGGGACCACCUAAAGAUGACGGUGGUGCAGAGGUGUCUAACUACAUUGUGGAGAAGAGGAGGACCACGGACAACAAGUGGGCCACAGUAGCUUCAGCCAUCCAGAAGACCACGAUGAGGGUGAUCAGACUCCACGAUGGAAUAGAGUACAUCUUCAGAGUGUUCGCUGAGAACAAGUACGGGGUUGGAGAGUAUCUGAGGUCUGACCCAGUCAUUGCCCAGCAUCCAUUCGACGUGCCAGGGGCACCUGCUCCUCCAGAAAUUGUGACCAUCCACCAAGAGUCGGCCAUUUUGACCUGGGCUGAUCCAAAGGACAGUGGUGGCUCCCCAAUUACUGGAUAUCAUGUUGAGUUUAAGGAGAGGAACAGUCUGAUGUGGAAACGGGCCAGUAAGACUCCUCUGAGAGUGAAGGAGUGCAGAGUCACUGGCCUGAUAGAAGGACUAGAGUAUGAGUUCAGGGUGAUGGCCAUGAACGUGGCCGGCCUAGGAAAAGUAAGCAGGGCCACUGAGGCUGUGGUUGCCCUGGAUCCUAUUGAUCCUCCUGGCAAGCCUGAUGUUAUUAAUGUCACCAGGAGCACAGUCACUCUGUUUUGGACAGCUCCUAAAUAUGACGGUGGUCACAAGUUGACUGGCUACAUGGUGGAGAAGCUGGAGGCUGGAAGUAAAACCUGGAUGAAGGCCAAUCAUGUCAACAUCCAGGGCUGUGCCUUUACCGUUACUGACCUGACCGAGGGAUCUCAAUAUCAGUUCAGGAUCAGGGCCAAAAAUGCUGCUGGGGGUAUCAGUGUUCCUUCAGAGUCUACUGAGCUUCUGACCUGCAAGGAUGAGUAUGAGCCCCCAACAAUCACUAUUGACCCAGACAUGAAGGACGGUGUAUCAGUCAGGGCAGGAGACACCAUUGUGGUCUCAGCCUCCAAGAUUGUGGGUAAACCUCCACCCACUUCUGUCUGGUCAAAGGGAGGCCGUGAGUUCAAGACCUCUGACAUCGUCACCAUCACUAGCACUCCCACCUCCUCCACUUUGGCUAUCAAGUAUGCAAGUCGGAAGAAUACAGGAGAGUACACCAUCACUGCCAGCAACCCCUUCGGUAUUAAGGAAGAACAUGUAAAGGUGAAAGUCCUGGAUGUGCCUGGACCUCCAGGCCCCAUUGAAGCCAGUAACAUUUCAGCUGAGAAGUGUACUCUGACCUGGCUUCCUCCAGAGGAGGAUGGAGGCUCCUCUAUUAAAUCCUACAUCCUCGAGAAGAGGGAAACCAGCCGUCUGCAGUGGACCAAGAUAGCUGAAAACAUCAUGGACUGCAGAUUUGUAGCCAGUAAACUGAUCAAAGGCAACGAGUACAUCUUUAAAGUGUGUGCUGUGAACCAGUAUGGUACUGGAGACUCAAGCCAGUCUGGUCCAGUCAAAAUGGUUGACAGUUUCCGCCCACCAGGUCCACCCUCAACCCCAGAGAUCGAUAACGUGACUAGGAACGCUGUCACCAUUUCAUGGAAGAGACCAGCACAGGAUGGUGGAAGUGACAUCAGAGGAUAUUGUGUAGAGAGGAAAGAGAGGAAAGGAAUGAGAUGGGUGAGAGCCUGUAAGAGGACGGUUCCUGACCUGCGCUUUAAGGUGCAAGGCCUGAGCGAGGGAGUAGAGUAUGAGUUUAGAGUGACUGCUGAGAACAAGGCUGGAUUUGGGGAGCCAAGUGAGCCAUCACACCAUGUGAUGACGAAGGACAUUGUGUAUCCACCUGGUCCUCCAUCCAACCCCAGAAUUACAGAAACUACAAAAACCACAGCCACCUUUGCCUGGGGCCGACCACACUAUGAUGGUGGCCUUGAAGUAGAUGGAUAUACUGUUGAAUAUAAAAAAGAGGGGCUUGAUGACUGGGAGAUAGCGACAGAGUACCCACUGAAAGUUAAUGAGUAUGUUAUUGGUAAACUUCAAAAAGGAGGCAAAUACCAAUUCAGAGUCUUCGCAAUAAACUCAGAGGGAGUUGGCGAGCCUGCAGAGGUUGAGAAAGUGACUGAACUGGUGGACCAGGAGACGGUGCCAGACUAUGAGCUUGAUGCGGAACUCAGGAGAACCCUGGUGGUCAGGUGCCGUGCUUCAAUCCGUCUAUUUGUUCCCAUCAGAGGUCGUCCUGUUCCUGAAGUAACCUGGAGCAAAGAUGAUACCAACCUGAAACAACGUGCACAUAUAGACACCACAGAGUCCUACACUCUACUGGUUAUUCCUGACUGCACCAGAUACGAUGCUGGAAAGUAUAACCUCUGUCUGGAGAACGUUGCUGGAAAGAAGACUGGUUUUGUUAAUGUGAAAGUUCUGGAUACACCAGGACCACCAGUCAACCUAAAACCUAGAGAGAUCACUAAGAACAGCAUCACCCUCCAGUGGGAAAUCCCCAUAAUUGAUGGUGGAUCUAAGAUUCACAACUACGUUGUUGAAAAGAGAGAGGCCACCAAGAAGGCCUACACAGUGCUUAGCACCACAUGGCAGAAGUGUUCCUUCAAGAUUCCAGACCUUGAGGAGGGAGCUUACUACUACUUCCGUGUAACUGCUGAGAAUGACCUGGGCAUAGGUCAGCCAGCUGAAACCCCUGAACCGAUAAGGGUGUCCCAGGCCCCCUCUGCACCAGAGAACUUGUAUGUCACAGAUGUAACAGCUGAUAGUGCUAGUCUUGCAUGGACCAAGCCCCUGCAUGAUGGUGGUAGCUUGAUCACCGGAUAUGUAAUUGAGGCCCAGAAGAAGGACACUGACCAGUGGGUUCAUAUGACCACAAUCAAGGCUCUGGAUUACACUGUCACAGAUCUGAUUUCAGGCGCAGAGUAUAUCUUCCGUAUAAUAGCUGUUAAUGCAUCAGGCAGGAGUGACCCCCGUGAGAGCAGGCCUGCCAUCAUCAAAGAGCAGACUUCUGCUCCUUCCUUUGACCUGCGUGGAGUCUACCAGAAGACAGUCAUUGCCAAGGCAGGGGACCGGGUCAAGGUUGAGAUUCCAGUGCUCGGCAAACCAAGGCCUGUGGUUUCCUGGAAGAAGGGAGACACAGUGCUAAAAGAGACACAAAGGAUCAACACUGAAACCACAGCAACAUCAACUAUUCUCAACAUCAAUGAGAUCAAGAGAACUGAUGGAGGCGAGUAUUCCAUGACUGGAAAGAAUAUGCUGGGUACAGUGACUGAGGUUAUCACAGUCCUAGUCCAUGACAUCCCAGGUCCUCCCACUGGUCCCAUCAAACUGGAGGAGGUCUCAUGUGAUUAUGUUCUCAUGUCCUGGGAGGCACCAGAGAAUGAUGGAGGCGUUCCCAUCAACAACUACAUUGUGGAAAUGCGGGAGACUAUCGGUACUUCCUGGGUGGAGCUAGCAGCUACAGUAAUUCGCACCACAUUUAAGGCAGCCCGACUCAACACUGGAACCCAAUAUCAGUUCCGUGUCAAGGCCCAGAACAGAUAUGGCAUUGGACCAUCCAUUAUCUCUGAACCAGUGGUGGCUGCCUAUCCAUUUGAUGUACCAGGCCAGCCAGGCAUUCCUGUGGUUACAUCUUUCAACAAGGAUGCAAUGACUCUGAGUUGGAAUGAACCUUCCUCCGAUGGAGGUAGUGCUAUCCUGGGAUAUCAUGUGGAUAGAAAAGAGAAAAACAGCAUUCUGUGGCAGAGGAUCAACAAAGCUCUUGUUGUUGGAAAUAUCUUCAAAUCAUCAGGCCUUGUUGAUGGAAUUGCAUAUGAGCACCGUGUUACUGCUGAAAACAUGGCUGGUCUCAGCAAACCAAGCAAACCUUCUGAGCCGAUGUAUGCUCUGGACCCAGUCGACUCACCAGGCAGGCCUGUAGCACUUAAUAUCACCAGACACGAGGUGACAGUGUCAUGGACCAAACCAGAGGGAGAUGGUGGAUUUUCCAUCACUGGAUACACAGUAGAGAGGAGAGAAAUGCCCAAUGGACGCUGGCUCAAGGCCAACUUCAACAACAUCCUGGAAACAGUCUACACAGUCAGUGGUCUGACAGAAGAUGCAACUUAUGAAUUCCGUGUGAUUGCUAGAAACUCAGCUGGUGCUGUAAGUGCGCCAUCCCCGUCAUCAGAGGCAAUCACAUGCAGAGAUGACAUUGAAGAGCCCAGACUUGAUGUUGAUUCAUCAUAUAGCAGCAGUGUUGUUGUCAUGGCCGGUGAGGUGUUCAAGCUGGAGGCCAAUGUGACUGGCAGGCCAAUCCCGUCGCUGGUAUGGACCAAGGAAGGAAAGGAGCUUGAGGAUACAGCCAAGAUAGAGAUAAAGACAUCUGACUUCCACACAACUCUAACAAACAAAGAUUCCCUGCGGAGGGAUGGAGGUACUUUUACUCUGACUGCCAGCAAUCCUGGUGGCUUUGCCAAGUUUGCAUUCAAUGUCAAGGUGCUUGACAGACCUGGACCACCAGACUCCCUCAGUGUUACUGACGUCACAGCCGAGAAAUGUGUCCUUAACUGGCUGCAUCCAACACAUGAUGGUGGUGCCAAGAUUGAGUACUUUAUCAUUCAGAGGCGUGAGACCAGCCGAUUGGCAUGGACAAAUGUGGCCACAGACCUUCAGGCAAACAGGUUCAAGGUCACUAAACUUCUGAAGGGCAAUGAGUACAUCUUCAGAGUCAUGGCUGUUAACAAGUAUGGCGUGGGUGAACCUCUUGAGUCUGAACCUGUCAUCUGUGCCAACCCCUAUGUCCCCAGUGACGCACCACAGCAGCCUGAAGUCACCACCAUUACCAAGGACUCCAUGGUCGUCUGCUGGGAGCGCCCAGAACACGAUGGAGGCAGCAGACUUAAUACCUACAUAAUUGAGAGACGGGAUAAGACUGGCCUGCGCUGGGUGAAGUGCAACAAGAGGACUGUAACUGAUCUGCGAUUCAAGGUCUCUGGUCUCACAGUAGGACAUGAGUAUGAAUUCAGAGUUUUUGCUGAGAACAAUGCUGGUUUAAGCCAGCCUAGUCCUUCCAGUCCAUUCUACAAGGCCGAAGACACCAUUUUCCAGCCUGGACCUCCAGGGAACCCUAGAGUGCUGGACACAACCAAGUCCUCAAUCACUCUUGCCUGGAACAAGCCUGUCUAUGAUGGUGGUUCUGAAAUCACUGGAUACAUUGUAGAGACCUGCCUGCCUGAUGAGGAUGAAUGGACAAUUCACACACCCAGGAAAGGAUGGACAGCCACUUCUUUCACCAUCACCAACUUGAAGGAAAACCAAGAGUACAAAAUAAACAUCUGUGCCACUAACUGUGAAGGAGUUGGAGAACCUGCUGCUGUUCCUGGAACUCCCAAGGCUGAAGACAGACUGCUUCCUCCAGAAAUUGAACUUGGAGCAGAGCUGCGUAAGGUGGUCUGCAUCAGAGCCUGUAGCACACUCAGACUCUUUGUCCCUAUUAAGGGCAGACCAGCACCUGAAGUAAAAUGGGCAAGAGAGCAUGGAGAAUCCCUGGACAAAGCUAUUAUUGAAAUCACUUCAUCAUUCACCAGUCUUCAGAUAGAAAAUGUUGACAAGUUUGAUGGAGGCAAAUACAUGGUGACUGUAGAGAAUGCCUCAGGAAGCAAGACUGCUUUUGUGAAUGUCAGGGUGCUAGAUACACCUGGAGCACCUCAGAAUCUGAUCAUUAAGGAGAUCACAAGAGAUUCAGUGUCCCUUGUUUGGGAUGCACCUCUGAUUGAUGGUGGCUCCAGAGUCCGCAGCUACAUAGUGGAGAAGCGUGAGUCAACCAGAAUGGCUUACUCAACAGUCUGUUCCAGUUGCCAUAAAUCUAGUUGGAAAAUUGGAGGCCUAGAGGAAGGAAAGAUGUACUCCUUCAGAAUCCUGGCUGAGAAUGAAUUUGGCAUAGGUCUUCCAGUGGAGACUCUUGAACCAAUUAAAGUAUCAGAGAAGCCCCUGCCACCAGGCAAAGUGUCCCUUCUUGAAGUUACCAGCACUAACGUCACACUAACUUGGGAAAAGCCUGACCAUGAUGGUGGUAGCAGAAUCACAGGUUAUAUUGUUGAGAUGCAAAGUAAAGGUAGUGAGAAAUGGACCCAGGUCAUGGUGGUCAAGACCAACGAGGCUCUUGUAACUGGCCUUACACAUGGAGAGGAGUACAUGUUCCGUGUCUCAGCCACCAAUGAAAAGGGAGUUAGUGACCCACGUGCUCUCAGUAUGCCUGUGGUGGCUAAAGACCUGGUCAUCUCACCAACCUUCAAACUUAUGUUUAGCGCAUUCAGUGUACUAGCAGGAGAUGACCUCAAGAUAGACGUACCAUAUGCUGCUUGUCCUAAGGCUACAGCGACAUGGCUCAAAGACGGCGUUGCUCUCAAGGAGACAACCAGAGUUAAUGCUGAAGCCACAGACAAACACCUUCUUCUGGUUAUUAAGGAGGCUUGCAGAGAUGACGUGGGCACAUACACUAUCAAACUGGUCAACACAGCCGGAGAGGCAUCUACAGACAUUAGUGUUCUUGUUUUAGAUAAGCCUGGUCCUCCAACUGGCCCAAUUAAGUUGGAUGAUGUCACUGCUGAUAGUGUGGUCCUGUCCUGGAAUCCACCAGAGUAUGACGGUGGUUGCACCAUCAACAAUUACAUUGUUGAGAAAAGAGACACAUCUACCACUAACUGGCAAAUUGUGUCAGCCACAGUGGCCAGAACCACUAUCAAGGCAGCCCGUCUGAAGACUGGAUCUGAGUACCAGUUUAGGAUUGCUGCAGAGAAUAGAUAUGGCAAGUCCUCAUGCCUGCUUUCUGAAACCAUUAUUGCUCAGUAUCCAUUUGAGGUUCCAAGCCAACCACGUUCUGUUGUGGUCCAGUCAGCCACCAAAGAGAGCAUGGUGGUUGUGUGGGAGAAACCCAGCAAUGAUGGUGGAAGCAAAAUUCUUGGCUACCACUUAGAACUCAAAGAGAAAAACAGUAUACUGUGGGUGAAACAGAACAAACAAAUUAUCCCAGAGACCAGAUUCAAGGUUGUUGGCCUUGAGGAGGGUAUUGAAUAUGAAUUCAGAAUCUAUGCUGAGAACAUUGUUGGCCUUAGUAAAGCCAGCAAACUGAGUGAAAUGCAAGUAGCCAGAGAUCCUUGUGACAGACCUGGAAAACCAGAGGCUGUCAUUGUUACCAGAAACAAGGUGGCACUCAGAUGGACCAAACCUGAGUAUGAUGGUGGCAUCAAGAUCACAGGCUAUGUGGUGGAGAGGAAGAAGGGAACUGGUCGCUGGAUGAAGGCCAGUUUCGCCAACAUUCUUGAAACUGAAUUUGUUGUCACAGGCCUUACUGAAGAUCAGAUUUAUGAGUUCCGGAUCAUUGCUAGGAAUGCAGCAGGUGUCUUUAGCCUGCCCUCUGACUCUACUGGAGCCAUAACUGCCAAGGAUGAGGUAGAUCCACCCAAAAUUGACUUGGAAGCUAAAUACUCCCAAGCUGUGGUGGUAAAUGCUGGCGAGACAUUCAGGCUUGAGGCUGGUAUCUAUGGAAAACCUGUUCCCACAGUACACUGGAUGAAAGAGGGCCAAGAGAUUACCGAAGCAGCUCGUGUAGAGCUUAAGAACACAGACUUUACAGCUUGUCUGAUUGUUAAAGAAGCCAUCCGUGUUGAUGGAGGUCAGUACACUUUGCUGGUAAAGAAUGUUGGAGGAGAGAAAUCUGUCCCCAUUAAUGUCAAGGUCCUGGACAGACCAGGUCCACCUGAGGGUCCCAUCUCCAUCUAUGGUGUCACCAAUGAGAAAUGCUCAAUUUCCUGGAAAUCUCCCUUGCAAGACGGAGGCAGUGAUGUUUCUCAUUACAUUGUUGAGAGGAGGGAAACCAGUCGACUGGUUUGGACUGUAGUUGAACCAAAAGUUCAGACGCUGAACCUGAAGAUCACAAAACUUCUUCCGGGUAAUGAGUACAUCUUCAGGGUGAUUCCAGUCAACAAGUAUGGAGUUGGUGAGCCUCUGGAAUCUGAGCCGAUGAUUGCCAGAAAUCCAUUUGUCACUCCCAGCCCACCAACAGAGAUAGAAGUCUCCACAAUCACUAAAGACUCCAUGGUAGUGACCUGGGAGAGACCAGCUAAUGAUGGUGGCAGCCCCAUCCAGGGAUACAUUGUUGAGAAACGUGACAAAGAUGGUGUGAGAUGGACUAGGUGCAACAAGCGCACAUUGUGUGAGCUGCGCUUCAGAGUAACAGGACUCCUAGAGAACCACAGCUAUGAAUUCAGAGUUGCUGCUGAGAAUGCUGCAGGUGUUGGCACACCUAGUGCAGCAACAGUAUACUACAAGGCAUUGGAUCCUAUCUUCAAAUCAGGCCCACCAAACAAUCCCAAGGUGGUGGACACAUCUAGGUCCACUGUUUCUUUGACAUGGGGCAAACCCAUCUAUGAUGGUGACUGUGAGAUUCAGGCUUACAUUGUUGAGGCCUGCGAUACUGCAUCUGAUGAGUGGUUUAUGUGCACUCCUCCCACUGGAAUAACAGACACUAAGUUUACAGUGAAAAGACUUCUGGAGAAGCAUGAGUACCAAUUCAGAGUAUGUGCCAUCAACAAAGUUGGUGUUGGUGAACAUGCUGAUUUUCCAGGAAAGAUUGUUCUGGAAGAGAAGCUUGAGGCUCCUGAUCUUGACCUGGAUGCUGAUAUGAGAAAGAUGAUCAACAUUAGAGCAGCAAGCACUCUCAGGCUGUUUGUUCCUGUGAGAGGUCGUCCAGCACCUGAGGUGAAAUGGGGCAAGGCUGAGGGCGAGAUUAAGGAGACUGCCCAGAUUGACAAUACAGGCAACUAUGCUUCACUUGUCAUUGAGAAUGUUGACCGUUUUGACAGUGGCAAGUACACCCUGACAGCAGAGAAUGCCAGUGGAGUGAAGUCAGUAUUCAUCAGUGUCAGAGUCCUGGACUCACCUAGUCCACCAGUUAACUUCAUAGUGAAAGAGAUUACCAAGAAUUCUGUCACUCUUACAUGGGAGCCUCCACUUCUGGAUGGUGGCUCAAAGAUUAAGCAUUACAUUGUUGAGAAGCGUGAAAGCACCAGAAAGGUUUACUCUCCCAUCACCACUUGCAACAGGAUGUCAUGGAAAGUUGAACCUCUUCCAGAGGGUGGAAUCUUCUUCUUCAGAGUCUUGGCUGAGAAUGAAUAUGGUGUGGGUCUCCCUGCUAAAACCUUAGACCCAAUUAAGAUAUCUGAGAAACCUCAGCCACCUGGUAAAGUCAGUGUUCUUGACGUCACUUGCAGCUCUGUAACUCUCGCCUGGGAGAAGCCUGUACACGAUGGUGGCAGCAGGAUCAGUCACUAUGAAGUUGAACUGGCAACGAAGGACAGUGAAGCUUGGUCUGUGUGUGCUAGUGUAAAGGCAGUGGAAACUGUAGUGACAAACUUACUUAAGGGAGAGGAGUACCAGUUCAGAGUUGUUGCUGUCAAUAGCAAGGGCAGAAGUGACCACAGACAACUGGCUCAGUCGGUUGUAGCAAAGGACCUGGUGAUUGAGCCUGCUCUUAGACCCAAAGUAAGCACCUACAGUGUCCAAGUGGGCUAUGACCUCAAGAUUGAGGUUCCAUUUGCUGGUCAUCCAAAGCCAACCAUCACUUGGACCAAGGACGGAGCUGCCCUUAAGCAGACCACCAGAGUCAAUGUUACUGAGUCAGCACACCACACCACUCUCACUAUAAAGGAUGCCACCAAAGAGGAUGGAGGCAUGUACAGCAUCAAUAUUGCCAAUACCCUGGGUUCCAAGGAUGCUACUAUUGAGGUGAUCACCCUUGACAAACCAGGCCCACCAACAGGCCCAGUUAAGGUGGAGGACGUCAGUGCUGAUAGUAUGACACUCAGCUGGGAACCUCCUACAUAUACAGGUGGAUGCCCAAUUUCCAACUAUGUGGUGGAGAAGAGAGACACAACCACAACCAACUGGGUGGUCGUUUCUGCCACUGUAGCCAGAACCACGCUGAAAGUGGGAAAUCUGAAGACAGGUGCAGAAUACCAGUUCAGAAUCUAUGCUGAGAAUAGAUAUGGAAAGAGUUAUGCAAUUGAUUCAGCACCUGUUCUGGCACAAUAUCCAUUCCAGGAGCCUGGCCCACCAGGAACACCAUUUGUGUCUUCAUACACCAAAGAUUAUAUGGUGGUUGAGUGGCACAAACCCCCAUCUGAUGGAGGCAGUUCCAUCUUGGGCUACCAUCUGGAGAGGAAAGAAAAGAACAGCAUCCUCUGGACUAAGAUCAACAAAAUGCUCAUCCAAGACUGCAGGUUCAAAUCUACUCCUCUUGAGGAAGGCAUUGAGUAUGAGUACAGAGUCUAUGCUGAGAAUAUUGUUGGAAUUGGAAAAUGCAGCAAAGUCUCAGAAGUUUAUGUAGCCCGUGACCCAUGUGAUCCUCCAGGCUGUCCUGAGGCUUUGAUUGUGACCAGGCACUCUGUGAAGCUGAGGUGGACUCCUCCACAGUACGAUGGAGGAAGCUUAGUUACUGGCUAUGUAGUUGAGAAACGUAACCUUCCUGAAGGAAAGUGGAUGAAGGCUAGCUUUGCAAAUGUCAUUGAACACGAAUUCACAGUUACUGGCCUGACAGAAGACAAUAAAUAUGACUUCAGAGUUAUUGCAAGAAAUGCAGCUGGUGCUGUCAGCAAACCCUCUGAGAGCACAGGAUCUAUCACAGCCAAGGAUGAAGUUGAACCACCUAAGUGUGAAACGGAUCCUAUGUACAACCAAACCAUUAUUAUCAGUGCAGGGGAGACUUUCAGUCUGGAGGCCAGUGUAGAGGGAAAGCCAGUCCCCACAGCUCAGUGGUUCAAAGGAAAUGUUGAGGUUGAAAACUCAGCAAGAGCUGAGAUCAAAAACACAGAUUUCAAGGCUUUGCUCGUUGUGAAGGAUGCCAUCAGAGUGGAUGGUGGACAGUACACACUGGUUCUGACUAAUGUGGCAGGAAGUAAAACUGUCCCAUUCAGUGUAAAAGUCCUGGACAGACCAGGACCCGCAGAGGGACCUCUUACUGUCAGCAACGUCACUGAAGAGAAGUGCUCACUGUCAUGGCUACCACCCAGGCACGACGGAGGAGCUAGCAUUUCUCACUAUGUUAUUCAGAAGAGAGAAACAAGCCGCCUGGCAUGGACUGUGGUCUCUGGUGACUGUGGUGCUACCAUGUUCAAGGUUACCAAACUGCUGAAGGGCAAUGAGUACAUCUUCAGAGUCAUGGCUGUCAACAAAUAUGGCGUGGGUGAGCCUCUUGAAUCAGUGCCAGUUAUCAUGAGAAAUCCAUUUGUUCCUCCUGGCGCACCCAAGGAGCUCGAAAUCACUAACAUUACCAGAGAUUCAAUGACUGUCUGCUGGAACCGCCCCGAGACCACUGGAGGCAGUGAGAUUGUUGGUUACAUUGUUGAGAAGAGAGACAGAGCUGGAGUAAGGUGGACCAAGUGCAACAAACGCAGAGUGACAGACUUGCGUUUCAGAGCAACAGGACUGACUGAGGACCAUGAAUAUGAAUUCAGGGUAUCUGCUGAGAAUAAUGCCGGGGUGGGUCAGCCAAGCCCAGCUACACCCUACCUGAAAGCCUGUGACCCCACCUUCGAACCCGGCUGUCCCACCAAUGCUCAUGUGGUUGACACAAAUAAAGACUCAGUUAGUCUGGCCUGGCAUAGGCCCAUCUAUGAUGGUGGUUGUGAAAUUCAAGGAUACACUGUGGAAAUUACCAAGGCGGAUGAGGAGGAGUGGGCCAUAUGCACUCCACCCUCUGGAGUUAAUGCUCUCAAGUUUACCAUCACCAAGUUGAUAGAGCACCAGGAAUACAAGGUACGCAUAUGUGCCAUGAAUAAGCUGGGUGUUGGUGAGCCCACUGAGAUCCCAGGUGUUGUGAAACCUAUGGAUAAGAUUGAUCCUCCCGAAGUGAUUCUUGAUUCAGAGCUUAGGAAGGGAAUAGUUGUCCGUGCAGGAGCCUCAAUGAGAAUCUGCAUUCCAUUCAAGGGACUUCCUACUCCUGAGAUCAGCUGGGCAAAGGAAGAUGGAGAACUGCCCAGUAAAGUUCAGAUAGACACAGGUGAAGAUUAUACACAGCUCUCUGUUGACAUCUGUGACAAAUUUGAUGCUGGAAAAUACAUCCUCAACUUGGUAAACAGUGCUGGUACCAAAUCAGCAUUUGUCUCUGUUAAAGUUCUUGACACCCCAGGGGCCCCACUGAAUCUAGUAGUAAAAGACAUUAAGAGGGAAAGUGUCACUCUGACCUGGGAGCCUCCAUCUAUUGAUGGUGGUUCAAGAAUCACGAAUUACCUGGUUGAAAAGCGUGAAUCCACAAGGAAGGUUUACUCUAAUGUGGACAACAAAUGUACAAAGACAAGCUACCGCAUCACUGGCCUCACUGAGGGAAAUAUCUACUACUUCAGAGUCUUAGCAGAGAAUGAGUUUGGUGUGGGUCAGGCUGCUGAGACAGUGGACUCAGUUAAGACCUCUGAGCCUCCUCUCCCUGUGGGUAAGGUCACUUUGACUGAAGUUACCAAAACAACUGCUUCACUCUCCUGGGAGAAGCCAGUCCAUGAUGGAGGCAGCAGGAUCAGUGGCUACUACAUUGAGAUGCAGCCUGUGGGCUCAGAGGAAUGGGUGGUGGCCGCCACAACCAAAGCCUGUGAGGGCACCGUCACAGGCCUCAGCGCAGGACAUGAGUACCUCUUUAGAGUGUCAGCUUUCAAUGACAAGGGCAAGAGUGAUCACAGGUCUCUGGCUGCACCAGUCACUGCUAAGGAUCUUACUAUUGAACCCAGAUUCAAGAUGACAUUUAAUACUUACAGUUUACAACAUGGUGAGGAUCUGAAGAUUGAGAUUCCAGUGAUCGGACGCCCUAUUCCCAAGGUCGAAUGGAAGAAGGAUGGCCAAGCUCUUAAGGAGACAACCAGACUUAAUGUAUCUAGUACACCAUCAUCUACUAAGCUGUGCAUCAAGGAAGCAAAUAGGGAAGACUCUGGUAAAUAUACUUUGACAGCCACCAGCAGUAUCGGAACAGCUACAGAGGAGAUUACUGUUAUUAUUCUUGAAAAGCCUGGCCCACCCACAGGCCCUGUGAAGAUUGAGGAGGUGAGCUCUAAUUUUGUCACUCUGUCCUGGGAGCCACCAGAGUAUACUGGAGGCUGUCAGAUUAAUAACUAUAUCGUGGAAAAGAGGGACACCACUUCAACAGCAUGGCAGAUUGUGUCUGCUACAAUUGCCAGGACAACCAUCAAAGUCACAAAUUUGAGGACUGGAGUUGAAUAUCAAUUCAGAGUUUCUUCUGAGAAUAGAUAUGGAAAGAGUUCUGCAAUUGUCUCUCCAAAUGUUAUUGCUCAGUAUCCAUUCACUGAGCCUGCUGCGCCAGGAACACCAGUUGUUUCUGCUGCAACCAAAGAUAACAUGGUAGUUGAAUGGAAAGUUCCCACCAACAAUGGAGGCAGUCCCAUCAUAGGCUAUCACCUUGAGAGGAAGGAGAAAAACAGCCUGUUGUGGACUAAACUCAAUAAGCUUCUAAUCCCAGAGACACGUUUCAAGACUACAGAGCUGGAAGAGGGCAUUGAGUAUGAAUUCAGAGUUUAUGCUGAGAACAUUGCUGGCCUCAGUCCAGUUAGCAAAGUCUCUGAGAGCACAGUAGCCAGAGAUCCCUGUGACCCACCAGGCCCUCCUGAGGCUAUCGAAAUCACUAGAAACCAUGUCACGCUCCGAUGGACCAGGCCCCAGUAUGAUGGAGGCAGUGCUAUUACUGGCUAUGUAAUUGAGAGGAAGAAGCAUCCAGAUACCCGCUGGAUGAAGGCCACCUUCACCAACAUCAUUGAUACCCAGUUCACACUGCCUUAUCUGACAGAGGACUGCAUUUAUGAAUUCAGAGUCAUUGCCAGAAAUGCUGCUGGCAUUUUCAGCCGUCCUUCUCAGGGCACAGGAGCAAUUACUGCCAAAGAUGAAAUUGAGGCUCCCGAAGCCACCUUGGAUUCUAAAUUCAAGGAUCUCACUGUUGUUAAUGCUGGUGAGACAUUUGUCAUUGAUGCAGACUACACUGGCAAACCACUGCCAGAGGUUAUUUGGUUAAAGGAAGGAAAGGAGAUUGACAAAACCACACCAAGGAUGGAAAUCAAGACCACACUCACACGUACUAUCCUGACAGUCAAGGAUUGCAUCAGAGUGGAUGGUGGCCACUUUGUUCUCAAACUUGUCAAUGUGGGAGGAGUUAAGAUGAUCCCAGUUAAUGUUAAAGUUUUAGAUAGACCCGGUCCUCCAGAUGGCCCUCUAGAAGUCAAGGGGGUCACAGCUGAGAAAUGUUAUCUACACUGGAACCAUCCCUCACAUGAUGGUGGAGCUAGCAUCUCUCAUUACAUCAUUGAGAAGAGAGAGACCAGUCGUUUGUCAUGGACUGUGGUUGAGCCCAAGAUCCAGGCCAUCAGCUACAAAAUCACAAAACUGUUGCCUGGCAAUGAAUAUAUCUUCAGAGUCACUGCUGUAAAUAAAUACGGUGUUGGUGAGCCUUUGGAAUCUGAACCUGUUAUUGCUCGUAACCCUUUCACCACUCCCAGUGCCCCCUCUGCCCUGGAGGCCAGUGCUAUCACAAGGGACUCCAUGGUGCUUACCUGGGAGAGACCAGAGAAUAAUGGAGGAUCUGAGAUUGAAGGAUAUAUCCUUGAAAAACGUGAUAAAGAUGGCAUCAGAUGGUCUAAGUGCAACAAGAAGAGACUGAGUGACCUGAGAUUCAGAUGUGCGGGUCUCAUAGAAGGCCAUUCUUAUGAAUUCAGGGUCUCAGCAGAAAAUGCUGCUGGUGUAGGAAAGCCUAGCGCACCAACUCCAUACAUCAAGGCCUGUGAUGCCAUUUAUCCACCAGGACCUCCAAGUAACCCCAAAGUCACAGACCAUUCAAGCACCACAGUCUCUUUGUCCUGGACCAGACCUAUCUAUGAUGGUGGAGCACAGAUCAGUGGAUAUGUUGUUGAAAUGAAGGAGGCAGCAGAUGAUGAAUGGAUCACCUGCACACCAUAUACUGGUGUCCAGGUCACUCACUACACUGUAAAGAAACUGAAGGAGAAUGCAGAAUAUAACUUCCGCAUCUGUGCUGUUAACUGUGAGGGAGUAGGAGAGCAUGUUGAUCUGCCUGGGUCCGUGGUCGCUGCAGAAAAGCUUGAGGCCCCUGAAAUUGAACUAGAUGCUGACCUGAGGAAGAUGGUCAAUGUUCGUGCCACUGCCACCUUGCGUCUGUUUGUGACGAUCAGAGGAAAGCCAGAGCCUGAGGUCAGAUGGUCAAAGGCUGAUGGCACUCUGAAUGAGCGUGCCCAGAUUGAAGUCACAAGCUCUUACACAAUGCUGGUGAUUGAGAAUGUUGACAGAUUUGACACUGGCAAAUAUGUGCUGACCCUUGAGAAUCUCAGUGGCUCUAAAUCAGCCUUCAUCAAUGUCAGAGUUCUGGACUCCCCAAGCGCUCCUACCAACCUUGAGGUUAAGGAUGUGAAAAGAAAUUCUGUUUCUCUCUCCUGGGAACCUCCUCUAAUUGAUGGUGGGGCAAAGAUAUCACACUAUAUUGUGGAGAAGAGAGAGCAGAAGAGGAUGGCUUUCACCAGUGUGUGCACCAACUGUGUGAGGAACUCAUACAUUAUUUCUGACCUGCAGGAGGGAGGCCGAUAUUACUUCCGAGUGUUGGCUGUGAAUGAGCUGGGAGUAGGUCUGCCUGCCUCCACAGAUCAAGUCAAGGUGUCUGAGGCUCCUUUGCCUCCUGGUAAGGUUGUCCUGGUUGACGUGUCUCGCCAUACUGUCACCCUUUCCUGGGAGAAACCAGAUUAUGAUGGAGGCAGCAAAAUUACAAAAUAUAUUGUUGAAAUGCAGCCCAAGGGAGAUGACAAAUGGACUGUAUGCAGUGAAGUCAAAGCACUGGAAGCUACAAUUGAUGGACUCACAACUGGAGAGGAAUACGCUUUCAGGGUGAUUGCUGUUAAUGAUAAGGGCAAGAGUGAUGCUAAGCCUCUGGCUGCCCCUGUAGUGGUGAAGGACAUCACAGUGGCUCCCAUUAUCAACCUGUUGUUCAACACGUACAGUGUAAAAGCAGGGGAUGACUUAAAGAUUGAUGUUCCCAUCAAAGGCAGACCUCAGCCUGAGGUGUCCUGGAAGAAGGAUGGCCAUUCACUUAAGCAGACAACUAGGGUCAAUGUUCUUACUUCCAAGACAUCAUCCAAGAUUUUAAUCAAGGAUGCAACCAAGGAAGAUGCUGGAAAGUAUGAGAUUACCCUGACUAACUCAGUUGGCACUAAGACAGCUGACAUAUCUGUUAUAAUCUUGGACAAACCUGGCCCACCCAGCAACAUUAAGAUGGAUGAGGUGAGUGCUGACUUCAUCUCUCUGUCUUGGGAUCCUCCAACCUAUACUGGUGGAUGCCAGAUCAACAACUAUGUGGUGGAGAAGAGAGACACUACAACAACUACGUGGCAGAUUGUCUCAGCCACAGUAGCCAGGACAUCAAUUAAAGUGUCUCAUCUUAAUCAGGGAACAGAGUACCAGUUCCGUAUUGCUGCUGAAAACCGUUAUGGCAAGAGUCAUGCCAUUGACUCUGCUCCUGUUGUUGCUCAGUAUCCCUUCGAACCUCCUGGUCCUCCAACCAACCUACAUGUUUCCCAUGCCACCAAAUAUGGCAUGCUUGUGGUAUGGGGCAGACCUGCCACUGAUGGUGGAAGCCCAGUUACUGGUUAUCACAUUGAAUGCAAAGAACAUAGCAGCAUCCUGUGGACCAAGGUCAACAGAGGUCUACUGGCUGAGAACCAGUUUAAGAUGACUGGCGUUGAAGAAGGUUUGCAGUAUCAGUUCAGAGUCUAUGCUGAGAAUAUUGCUGGCAUUGGUCCAUGCUCCAAGGCCAGUGAUGCCGUGGCAGCCAGGGAUCCAUGUGAAUCUCCACAUAACCUCAGAGUCACCAACAUUACCAGGACCUCAGUGUCUCUCUUCUGGGACAAGCCAGAGUAUGAUGGUGGAGUGAAGAUUACUGGCUACAUUGUUGAGUGUAAAGAACUUCCCAAUGGCCGCUGGCUGAAGUGUAAUUUCACCAAUCUGCAAGACACUUACUUUGAUGUCACAGGCCUCACGGAAGAUGUCCAAUAUGACUUCCAUGUUAUUGCUAGGAAUUCUGCAGAGCUGUUGAGUGCUCCCUCAGAGAACACUGGUCCUGUCACGGUCAAGGAUGAUGUGGACCCCCCCACUAUUAUCCUGGAUGACAAGUUCAGACAGCUGGUUGUCAUGAAGGCUGGAGAGAUCAUUAGAAUUGAUGCUGAAAUUACAGGCCGUCCACUACCAGUUGUCUCAUGGUCUAAGGAUGGGAAGGAAAUUGAGGCAAAGGCCAGAUAUGAAAUCACCUCCACCAAUUUCACAACCACACUGAUUGUCAGAGACGUUAUCAGAAGGGACUCUGGCCAGUAUAUCCUGACCCUGCACAAUGUGGCAGGAACCAGAUCUAUGGCUAUCAACUGUAAGGUUCUGGAUAGACCUGGUCCUGCCUCAGGUCCUUUGGCAGUGUCUGGCCUCACUGCAGAGAAAUGCACCAUAGCAUGGGGACCCCCUCAGGAGAAUGGUGGUGCUGAAAUCAUGCAUUACAUUGUCGAGAAACGUGAGACCAGUCGCCUUGCCUGGACACUUGUCUAUGGUGACAUGAAAGCAACCACUUGUAAAGUGACCAAGCUACUCAAAGGAAAUGAGUACAUCUUCAGAGUCAGGGGAGUCAACAAAUAUGGGGAUGGUGAGCCCCUGGAGAGUGAACCAACAAAGGCCAUGGAUCCAUUCACUGUGCCUGCAGCUCCCGCUAAUGUCCAGGUCACUUCAGUUACUAGUGAGGCAAUGACAAUCUGUUGGGAAAGGCCAGUGUCUGAUGGUGGCAGCAGUAUUUCUGGCUAUGUCAUUGAAAAGCGAGAGAAGACUGGCCUCCGCUGGUGUCGUGUCAACAAGAAACCUGUUUAUGACCUCAGAGUCAAAGCCUCACACCUUCGUGAUGGCUGUGAGUAUGAGUACAGAGUUUUUGCAGAGAACUCUGCUGGUCUCAGUGCUCCCAGUGUCCCUUGCCCACUCACCAAGGCUGAAGACCCACAGUUCUUACCCUCACCUCCUGCUAAGCCUAAGAUCAUUGACUCUACGAAGACUACAGUCACCCUGUCAUGGAACAAGCCGCUCUUUGAUGGUGGAUCACCUGUGACUGGUUAUAGAGUAGAAUACAGGAAUACUUUGGAUGAUGAAUGGAUUGUUGGAGUCCAGAACACCAAGAACACAGAGUUUACAGUGGUAAAAUUGACACCUGGUGCUGAAUAUGUGUUUGUUGUGAAGUCCAUUAACAAGAUUGGAGUCAGUGAGCCCAGUCCUGAGUCAGACAAACAGCUUGCCAAAGAAAGAGAGGAGGAACCAGUCUUUGACAUCAGCAAUGAGAUGAGGAAGACUCUUAUUGUGAAAGAUGGCAGCUCAUUCACAAUGACAGUGCCCUUCAGAGGAAAACCCAUCCCCACUGUUACAUGGACUAAACCUGAUGUUGACCUUAGAGUUCGUGCUGCCAUUGACACCACAGACACAUUCACUUCCAUCACCUUAGAGAAAGCAACUCGCAACGACUCUGGCAAAUACACCAUCACCUUGUCCAGUGUUGCUGGAACUUCCUCUUUGACACUCAAUGUCAGAGUCCUGGACUCCCCUGGAGCUCCUGCCAAUGUAGAGGUCAAAGACGUGACCAAGACCUCUGCUACUGUAACCUGGGACACUCCUGACAAUGAGGGAGGAGGACCAGUCAAGAACUAUCUUAUUGAUUUCCGUGAGGCAAGCAAGAAAGGUUGGACCAGGUUGACUGACACAUGCCACAGACUGACAUACAAGGUGACAGACCUGCAGGAGGGAGGAGUCUAUUACUUCAGAGUGACAGGCGAGAAUGAAUAUGGUGUUGGUGUUUCUGCUGAGACCAAAGAAGGAACCAAGAUCACAGAAAAACCAAGCCCACCACCGAAGCUGGGUGCAACUGAUGUGACCAAGGAGAGUGUGACCCUAGCCUGGGCUAAACCAGAACAAGAUGGAGGCAGCCGAAUCACAGGCUACCUGGUGGAAGCUAUGGAGAAAGGCCAGGAGAAGUGGGUUAAGUGUGGUGUAACUAAGUCCAUCCACUUUACAGUUUCUGGACUGAGGGAGAAUGCGGAGUACUUCUUCAGAGUCAGAGCUGAGAACCUUGCUGGAUUUAGUGAUAUUAAGGAAAUGCUCACUCCUGUAGCCCUCAAAGACCAAGUUGAUCCUCCCGAGAUCAACAUGAAGGACUUCCCCCACAACACAGUGUAUGUUAGAGCCGGCUCCACCCUCAAGUGUGAGAUUCCACUGACAGGCCGUCCUUUGCCUAAAGUCAGCCUGUCCAAGGAUAAUGUACUGCUCAAAUCAACAAUGAGGUUCAACUCUGAAGUCACCCCUGACAGCAUCAAGAUCACUUUGCGCGAGAGCAUUGCUGGAGACUCAGGACGUUAUGAUAUCAUUGCCUCUAACUCCAGUGGAACAGCCAAGUCUUUUGUAAACAUUGUGGUUCUGGACCGCCCCAGUGCCCCGGUAGGACCUGUGGAGUUCUUUGAGGUCACAGAAGAGAGCCUAAGUCUGACGUGGCUCCCACCAGCAUAUGAUGGUGGCAGCCCCAUCACCAACUACAUCAUUCAGAAGAGAGAAACAACAACCGCCAACUGGAUGGAUGUCUCUUCUGCUGUGGCCCGCUGCACCAUGAAGAUCAUGAAGCUUACCACUGGUCUGGAGUACCAGUUCAGAGUCAGGGCUGAGAACAGAUAUGGCAUCAGCGAGCACAUUGACUCACCAACUGUCUCUGUCAACCUUCCUUACACAAUUCCCGAUGCUCCAUCGACCCCAGAGAUUACUGCUGUAACCAGGGAGACCAUCACUGUUGCCUGGAAGGAGCCCAAGUCAGAUGGUGGCAGCCAUGUGUUUGGUUACCAUCUCCAGAUGAAAGACAAGAAUAGCAUCCUUUGGCAGAGAGUCAACAAAAUGGUGAUCCGUGCUACACACUUCAAAGUCGCCAACAUCAACGCUGGACUCAUUUAUGAAUUCAAGGUGGCAGCAGAGAAUGCUGCUGGAAUCAGUGCCUUCAGCAAGAUUUCUGAUGCAGUGCUGGCUAUUGAUGCCUGUGAGGCACCUGUCAACUUGCGCAUCAAUGACAUCACCAAGAACUCCAUUAGCCUAGUCUGGCAGAAGCCCAACUAUGAUGGUGGAUCCCCAAUCACUGGCUACAUGAUUGAGAAGAGAGAGGGUGUUAAUGCCAAGUGGUCUAAGGCCCACCUCAGCAAUAUCACAGAUACCCGCUUCACUGUGACUGGCCUUACCCAGGAUGAAACCUAUGAGUUUAGAGCCAUGGCCAAGAAUGCUGUUGGAUCAGUAAGCAACCCAUCCAUAACCGCUGGACCGGCCACAUGCAUUGACACCUACGGUGCCCCAGAGAUUGAAAUACCUCAGGAGUAUCUUAACGAGGUCAAGUACAGGGCUGAGUCUAAUGUGGAGCUCAAGUUUAAUAUCACAGCCAAACCUGCUCCUACUAUUGAGUGGUUUAAAGAUGGCAGAGAGCUUAAGCCCUCUGCCCAGCUCUCUUUCAAACACACAUUUGAAUCCACCAGUUUGUUCCUGAGGGACACAACUCGUCUGAAUUCUGGAACCUAUGAGGUCAAGGUGAAGAACUCUUUGGGAUCUGCAUCUGGCAUUGUCAGGCUGCUCAUUCAAGACAAGCCAGGCCCCCCUGAUGGAGAGAUUCAGUUUAAGAAGGUGACAGCUGACAACAUCACUAUCAUGUGGUCCCCACCUGCUGAUGAGGGUGGUGCUAUGGUGACACAUUACAUUGUGGAAAAGAGGGAGACCAGCAGGGUCAUGUGGUCUAUUGUCUCAGAGAAACUGGUAGACUGCAUUGUUAAUGUGCCCAGACUCAUUUCGGGCAAUGAGUACAUCUUCAGAGUCCGUGGAGUCAACAAGUAUGGCAUUGGAGACCCAUUGGAAUCUCAGCCUAUAAUUGCCAAGAAUGCAUUUGUUCCUCCUAGCGAGCCAUCCAAGCCUAAAGUGAGUAUGAUCACUAAGUCCACCAUGACAGUGACCUGGGAAAGACCAGCUUUGGAUGGAGGCAGUGACAUUGAUGGCUACUACCUGGAGAAGAGGGAGAAGAAGAGUUUGCAAUGGUUCAAGGUUUUGAAGGGCACCAUCAGAGACACCAGGCAGAAAGUCACCAGCCUUGUGGAGAACAAUGAGUAUCAGUACAGAGUUUGUGCUAUCAACAAGGCUGGAGCAGGAAACUACUCUGAGGCUUCUGACCUAUACAAGGCCUACGACCCCAUCGAUUUGCCUGGUGAGCCAUCCAAGCUGCGUGUGGUUGACUCCACAAAGACUUCCAUCACCCUUGGCUGGGAGAAGCCUGUUUAUGAUGGUGGCAGUGAAAUCACACACUACAUUUUGGACCAGAUGACGCCAGAGGAGAAAGAAUGGGUGACUAUAAACCCACAGGUCGAGGCCUGUGAGUAUGUGGUGUCCCACCUGAAACCUGGACACUACUACUACUUCAGAGUCUCCGCUGUCAACUGCAAGGGCAAAGGAGAAGACAUCAAAAUGUACCAGCCUGUGCAAGCCAAAGAUAUCUUGGAGGAGGCAGAUUUGGACCUGGACAUUCCCAUGACAACCCAGUACACAGCCAAGGCUGGCCGUGAUCUGGUAGUGUUUAUCCCCCUGAAGGGACGCCCAGCACCCAAUGUCACGUGGCGUCGUGACGACCGCAACAUGGCUGGUGACAAUCGCUACACUAUUAACAGCACUGAGCAAGCCACAACGCUUCUCAUCCCCAAGAUCACCCGUGAUGAUUGCGGCAAGUACUUGCUGGAGAUUGAGAAUGGCGUAGGAGAACCAAAGAUAAUUACAGUUUCCCUGAAGGUUCUGGACAGUCCUUCCACCUGCCAAAAACUGAUGAUCAAGAACGUGACAAGAGGAAAACUGACACUCAGCUGGGAGGCUCCUCGUAUUGAUGGUGGUUCCCCUGUGACUAAUUACAUUGUCGAGAAGAAGGCCUCCACCAUGAAGGCAUACCAAGUGAUCACCAAUGAGUGUCCAAACACAUCUUACAAGGUGUCUGGACUUGAGGAGGAUACUGCAUACUUCUUCCGUGUGUCAGCUGAAAACGAGUAUGGUGUGGGCGACACUUGUGAGACCACUGAGCCUGUUAGACCCACAGAAACUCCAGGAGCUGUUAAAGACCUGGUGAUGCUGGACUCCACAAAGACCUCUGUUACUUUGCAGUGGACAAGACCUGACCAUGAUGGUGGCAGCCACAUCACUGAAUACAUAAUUGAGAAGAGAAGCAAGGAAGAUCCCAACUGGACUUUUGGUGCCUCAUGCAAGCGCUUAAGCUGUGAGGUGAAAGGACUCAAGGAGAAUGCUGUCAUGGACUUCAGAGUGUUUGCCAAGAAUGAGAAGGGGAACAGUGACUUCUCUCAGAUUGGUCCAAUCACAGUGGUGGACUUCCAUAUUCCACCUGAGGCCAAGCUUAAUGACUAUCCCAAUGGAGAGCUUGCCGUUCGUAUUGGUCAGAAAAUCCACAUUGAGUUGCCAUUCAAGGGCAAACCAAGACCUGCAAUCAGUUGGCUGAAGGAUAACUUGCCUCUGAAGGAAAGUGAUAGGGUUCGCUUUAGGACCACUGACAACAAGACUUCAGUUACAGUCAGAGGAGCCAAGAAGGAGCAUGCCGGCCAGUACACUUUGGUUCUGGACAACAGAGUUGUCAAGAACUACUUUGACAUCAAUGUGAUCACUCAGGGACCUCCCACAGCACCUGUUGGUCCCGUCCGCUUUGAUGAAAUUAAAGCCCAAAGUAUCAUCAUCUCCUGGGAUGAGCCAAAGGAAGACGGAGGUGGUGAGAUCACCUGCUACAGUGUGGAGAAACGUGAAACCUCCCAGGCCAACUGGAAGAUGGUCUGCUCCAGCGUUGUCAGGACCAGCUUCAAGAUUCCCAACCUGGUCAAGGGAACUCACUACCAGUUCAGAGUCCGCGCUGAGAAUAAAUACGGAGUCAGCGAACCACUCUGCUCCUCUGAAAUUGUUGCCCAGCACCAGUACAAACCUCCGGGCCCUGCUGGAAAGCCAGUGGCCUUUAACGUCACCAGUGAUGGUAUGACCAUCAGGUGGGAGGCCCCUGGCUUUGAUGGAGGAUCCCCGAUUUUGGGCUACCAUGUUGAGAAGAAGGACAGAAACAGCCUCAUGUGGCAGAAGGUGAACUCCACCAUCAUUUCCAACAAAGAGUACAGGAUCAUUGGUCUUAUUGAGGGCCUGGAGUACUCCUUCAGAGUCUACGCUGAGAACAACGCUGGACUCAGUCCUGUCAGUGAACAAAGCAAACAUGCCCUUGCUAUCUCCCCUGUUGAUCCACCUGGCACCCCUGUCUGUAUCGAUGUGACUAGAGACUCUGUCACCCUGCAGUGGGAGAUCCCCAAAAAGGAUGGUGGAAGCAAAAUUGUGGCCUACAGUGUGGAGAGGCGCCAGGGUAGAGGCAAAUGGCUGCGGUGCAACUUCACUGAUAUCAGCGAGACCCAGUUCACAGUGACUGGCUUGUCCGCCGGGGACAGAUUUGAGUUCAGAGUGAUUGCCAGGAAUGCUGUUGGCACAGUCAGUCCACCAUCUAACUCAUCUGGAUACAUUAUGACCAUGGAUUCGAGCAUUGCUCCUGAGAUUGAGUGGUCUCCUGACCAGGUUUCCACCCUGAGGGCUGGAGAGAAUGUUAAGCUUGCUUGCAGCAUCACUGGACGUCCUGUUCCCCAGGUUAUCUGGUAUAAGGAUGGCAAAGAGAUUGACAAGAGGACCAUGAUAGACAUUGAGCUUACCGUUGGAAUAGGCAUGAGCAGUCUUUUUAUCCGUGAUGCUGAUAGGAAACACCGUGGCAUCUACACUGUAGAGGCCAAGAACGGCUCCGGUACCAAGAAGGCUGAUGUCAACGUCAGAGUACAAGAUACCCCUGGACCUGUUGAAGGUCCCAUCCGUUUUACUGGCAUUACAGCUGAGAAGUGCACCGUGUGGUGGAACCCACCAGAGAAUGACGGCUGCGCCGCCAUCACUCACUAUGUGGUGGAAAAGAGGGAGACAUCCAGAAUCUCUUGGGCCUUGGUCACCUCCAAAUGUGAAGCCUGUUCUUUCAAUGCCACCAAUCUCAUCAAGGGCAAUGAGUACCAGUUCAGAAUCUCUGCUGUCAACAAGUUUGGUGUUGGCAAACCACUGGACUCUGAUCCUGUCAUUGCACAGAUGCAAUAUACUGUGCCUGAUGCCCCGGGUACCCCAGAUUCUACACAUGUUACUGGAAACAGCAUCACCGUGUGCUGGACCAGGCCAAGAUCAGAUGGAGGCAACGAGAUUAAACAUUACAUUCUGGAGAGGAGAGAAAAGAAGAGUUUGCGCUGGGUGAAGGUUUCCUCCAAGAGGCCCAUCACUGAGCUGAGACAUCGUGUCACCAACCUUACUGAGGGCAAUGAGUAUGAGUUCCGCGUCCUGGCAGAAAAUGGUGCUGGCAUCGGACCAGCCAGCAGUACCUCCAGGCUCUUCAAAUGCAAGGAACCAACCAGUACUCCCAGUGCCCCCACAGUAAUCAAGGUCAUUGACUCCACUAAAUCCUCAGUCACCCUGGAAUGGACUAAGCCAGUCUUUGAUGGUGGUUUGGAAAUUAUUGGCUACAAUAUCGACAUGUGCAAGGCCAGUCUGGAGGAGUGGCACAGAGUCAAUGACCAGAUUUGCAUCGACACAAAGUACACUGCUAAGGGCCUGGUGCCUGGAGAGCUCUACAAGUUCAGGGUCAGUGCUGUGAAUGGAUCUGGACAGGGCGAAGCCUCAGUGACAGUCGCCGCUGUUCAGGCUCUAGACAGACUUGCAUCUCCUGAGAUUGACAUUGAUGCCAGUUUCAAGCAGACUCACAUUGUGAAGAACGGCGGCACAGUCACUCUCCAAAUUGCCUUCCGUGGCAAACCAGCUCCUCUUGCUACCUGGUCUAAGGUAGAUGGUGAGCUGCCUGUCAUGGCCGAUGUCAACACCACAGACAACUCCUCUACUCUGACUAUCGAGGGUUGCACUAGGUAUGAGGCUGGCAAAUACACCUUGUCUCUGGAGAACAACUGCGGGCGCAAGUCUGUUACAUUCACUGUCAAAGUUCUGGACACACCUGGACCUCCAGGAGCCAUCUCUUUCAAAGACGUUACCCGUGGAGCCUUAACAAUGAUGUGGGAUGCCCCAACUACUGACGGUGGAUCCCGAAUCCAGCACUACAUUGUGGACAAGCGCGAGGCCAGCCGCCUAGCAUGGCAGGAGGUCAGCACCAAGUGCUCUCGCCAGAUCAUCAGGGUAACUGGUUUGGAUAUUGGCGUGCCAUAUCUCUUCAGGGUGAUUGCCGUUAACCAGUAUGGCCAGGGCGAACCUCAUGAGAUGACAGAACCCGUCACUGCCACAGAAGAACCCGCACCACCCAAGAGAGUAAAUGUUGUUGACACUUCCAGCUCCACAGCCUCCCUGGUAUGGCUGAAACCCGAGCAUGAUGGAGGCAGCCGCAUCAGAGGCUACAUUGUCGAGUCCAGAGUUAAAGGUACUGACACCUGGGUUGUUUAUGGAGAGACCAAGUCCCUCAAGAUGCUGGUAGAGGGUUUACUUGAGAACACAGAGUACGACUUUAGAGUCAGGGCCAAGAAUGAUGCUGGAAUCAGUGAGCCACAGGGCACCUUAAGCUCUGUGGUCAUUAAGGAGCCUCGCAUUGAACCGACUGCUGAUCUUAGUGGCAUCACCAACCAGCUUAUUACCUGCAAAUUAUCUAACACCUUCACAAUCGAAAUACCCAUCAGUGGCAAGCCUGCACCCAAAGUCACCUGGAAGCUAGAAGAGAUGAAGCUGAAGGAGACUGACAGAGUCUUGAUCAGAACCACAAAGGAGACAACCACGCUUAUAGUGAGAGAAAGCAAGAGAAGUGACAGUGGUAAAUACUACCUGAUCCUAGAGAAUGCUGCUGGUGUGAAGACGUUCACCGUGACCGUUGUGGUCGUUGGUAGACCAAGUCAACCCAUAGGUCCUGUGCAAAUUUCUGGAGUCUCCUCAGAGUCCUGCACCCUGUCCUGGUCCGAGUCCGCUGAUGAUGGCGGCACUGAAAUCACCAAUUACAUUGUGGAAAAACGAGAGUCUGGCCAUGCCUCCUGGCACGUGGUAAAUUCCAGUGUGAAGAGAACCACCAUCAAAGUGACUCAUCUUACCAAGUAUAUGGAGUACACCUUCAGAGUGUGUGCGGAGAACAAAUUUGGAGUCAGCAAGUCCAUUGAGUCUGCUCCUGUUGUCAUUCAGCAUCCAUAUAUUCCUCCAAGUUCUCCAACUCGUCCAGAGGUUGUAUCUGUUUCCGCAAAUGCCAUCAACAUCAAAUGGGAUGUGCCAUAUGCUGACGGUGGCAGCAAGGUGACAGGUUACUGGAUUGAGAAGAAGGAGAGGAACACGAUCUUGUGGGUGAGGGAGAACAAGCUGCCCUGCUUGGAAACCCAUUACAAGGUGUCCAACCUGAUCGAGGGCCUGGAGUACCAGUUCAGGGUGUAUGCCAUGAAUAUCGCUGGACUCAGUAAGGCUAGUGAGGCCUCCAGACCUGUGGUGGCACUCAAUCCUGUUGAUCCUCCUGGUAAACCUGAGGUGACUGACAUCACCCGCUCCUCUGUGUCGCUGUGUUGGACUGUGCCAUUCAACGAUGGCGGCAGCAAGAUCGUUGGUUAUGUGGUAGAGAGAAAAGUCUACAGCACGGAUGAGUGGGAUGACAACCGCUGGCUCAAGUGCAACUAUACCACCAUCACAGAGAACUACUUCACCGUCACCAACCUGGGAGAAGGAGAGACCUUUGAGUAUCGUGUCAUCGCCAAGAAUGCCUCUGGUGUCCACAGUGUACCCUCUGAGACCACCGGACCAGUCACAUGCAAGGAUGAAUACUCUCCACCCAAAGCUGAGCUGGACAGCAAGCUCCUGGGUGAGACCGUCACAGUCACAGCUGGCUCUGACCUUGUCCUUGACGGUGCAGUGGGUGGUAAACCAGAGCCUACAGUGUACUGGGCAAAGGGAGACAAGAUUUUGGAUCCUGGAGAGAAAUACUCACUGACCUACACCGCAACCAGAGCCAUGGUUGUUAUCAAGAACUGUGACAGAUAUGACACGGGCAGAUACACCUUGACCGUUAAGAAUGCCAGUGGAAUCAAGACCGCCUCUGUCAGCGUCAAAGUUCUAGACACUCCUGGAUGUCCUGCUGACAAGAUUGUGAUCAGCAGAGUGACUGAGGAGAAGUGUACAGUGUCCUGGAAGAUUCCUCUGGAGGAUGGCGGAGACAUCGUCAGCCAUUACAUUGUGGAGCGUCGCGAAACCAGCCGCCUCAACUGGGUACUCAUGGAGGCUGAAUGCAAGACACUUUCAUGUGUCAGCUCCAAGCUGAUCAAGAACAAUGAGUACAUCUUCAGAGUCAGAGGUGUCAACAAGUUUGGGCCUGGAGUUCCUUUGGAGUCCGAGCCUGUCAUUGCCAGGAACGCCUACACCAUCCCAUCUCAGCCAGGCACCCCUGAGGCUUCCGCUGUUGGUAAGGAGCAUGUCAUCAUCGAAUGGUUGAAGCCUGAGAGUGAUGGAGGCAGCGAGAUCAAAAACUACAUAGUAGAUAAACGAGAGAAGAGCAGCACCAGGUGGACUCGGGUGAACAAGACUUACACCAUCUAUGACACCCGUCUUAAAAUCACUGGCCUGCUAGAAGGAAGCGAGUACCAGUUCAGAGUGACAGCUGUCAAUGCUGCUGGAGACAGUCAGCCUAGUGACGCCACUCCAUACAUCCUCUGCAAAGAUCCCACAUAUACCCCAGCUCCCCCAUCAAUGCCGCGUAUCACCGACACAACCAAGCACAGUAUCAGCAUGACCUGGACCAGGCCCAUGUAUGAUGGUGGCUCAGACGUCACUGGCUAUGUGGUGGAGAUCCUUGAGGAAGGCAUUGCGCAGUGGUACCGUGCCACCGCCAAGGCUCUCAAGACUAAUGAGUAUGUGGCCGCCGGUCUGGCAUCCAAUAAGAAGUACAAAUUCAGGGUAGCUGCCAUCAACAGCAAUGGUACUGGGGAGUUCAGUGAACCUAGCGCUGAGGUCGAGCCCCUGGAGAAAAUUGAAAUGCCCGACCUGGAGCUGGCUGACGACCUGAAGAAAACCGUGUGUCUGCGUGCUGGUGGAACUCUGCGUCUGGUAGUAUUUGUCACCGGCCGGCCCGCACCGGUUAUCGCCUGGAGGAAGACUGGUGUGGAGCUGCAGAGCCGCGGCUACAUCGAGACCACCGAAAGUUACACCUCAUUGAUGGUGGAGAAGGUCAAUCGCUACGACUCUGGAAAAUAUGUUGUGGAGGCAGAGAACCCAUCCGGCAAAAAGACUGCCACCAUCAUAGUUAAAGUCUACGAUACUCCUGGACCUCCAAGUUCUGUUAAGGUAAAGGACUACACCAGGGAGUCUGUUGUGAUCACCUGGGACGUCCCAAGCAUUGAUGGUGGUGCACACGUCAGCAACUACAUCAUUGAGAAGCGUGAAGCCAGCAUGAAGUCAUACAAGACUGUCACCACUGAGUGUAGAAAGACCUUGUUCAGGAUCACGGGUCUGGAAGAAGGAGUGCAGUACUUCUUCAGAGUCCUGCCAGAGAACAUCUACGGCGUCGGCGAGCCUUGUGAGACAGCUGAGGCAGUGCUGGUAUGCGAGGUACCGUCUGUGCCUCUGAACUUCCAGGUGGUCGAUGUCACCAAGUCCUCCGUCUCUCUGCAAUGGGAGAAGCCUCUGCAUGAUGGCGCCAGCAGACUGACUGGCUAUAUCGUCGAGGCCUGCAAGGUGGGCACAGACAGGUGGAGUACCGUGGCAACAGCUAAGGCCUCAGUGUCCCAUUGUACCAUCCAGUCCCUGACGGAGAAUGACCAGUACCUGUUCAGAAUCCGAGCCACCAACAGCAGGGGAGCCAGUGAACCCAUGGACACUGUCACUCCUGUCGUCAUCCAGGACAUCAAGGUGAUGCCCAAGAUUGAUAUGACCAGCAUCCCACAGAAGAUCGUUCAUGUGCACCGCGGCAAACCCAUUGACCUCAACAUCCCAAUCAAGGCCAAACCACAGCCUGUCUGCUCCUGGUUCUUCGGUGGAGUCAAACUGAAGGACAGCCUAGACCGCAUCAAGAUCGACAGCAAUGGCAAAUAUACCCACCUUGUCAUCCGCGAGACCACCAUCAAUGACACAGGAGACUACACGCUUGAAGUGAAGAAUGCCAUUGGCAUGGCAACCGAGGUCAUCAAGGUCAUCAUCCUUGACAAACCUGGCAUCCCAGUUGGUCCAGUGAAGAUCGAGGAGACUGAUGGUGUGUCAGUGACAAUUAGCUGGCAGCCUCCAGAGAAGGACGGUGGUGCCAACGUCAGUGGGUACGUGGUGGAGCAGCGUGAUGCCCACCGGCCAGGCUGGCUGACUGUGUCAGAGUCAGUGACCAGACCGUGCUUCAAGUUUACCAGACUCUCUGAAGGAACCGAGUAUGUGUUCCGCGUUGCAGCCAUGAAUCGCUUUGGUAUCGGCGGCUUCCUGCAGUCCGAGGUGGUGGAGUGCAAGAGCCCUAAGACCAUUCCUGGACCUCCAAGCAGACCAGAAGUGGUUGAUGUCACCCACGAGGGCAUGACCCUCACUUGGCAACCACCAGAGGACAACGGUGGCUCCACCAUUGCUGGUUACAUAAUUGAACGUAAAGAGGCCCGUUCUGACAGGUGGAUGAGGAUUAACAAGAAUACCGUCACAAUGACCAGGUAUCGCUCCUCUGGCCUGAUAGAGGGCCUGGAGUAUGAAUACCGUAUUACUGCCGUCAACUCCAGAGGAGCUGGCAAACCCAGCGAGAGCUCCGCCAUCACUGUUGCCAUGGAUCCCAUCGAGCCUCCAGGUGCUCCACUUCAGGCAAGGGUCACAGAUACCACCAGGACUUCAGUGUCUCUUGCCUGGUUGCCUCCUGAAGAGGUGGGUGGUUCAGUCAUUACUGGUUACUUGAUCGAGAUGCAGAAGGUGGAUCAGGUGGAAUGGACACUAUGCAACACCACGCCCACCAAGAUGUGCGAGUACACCCUUACACACAUGCCCCAGGGCGCUGAGUACAAGUUCAGGGUCAUCGCCUGCAACGCUGGUGGAUCUGGAGAGCCCGCUGAGAUUCCUGGAGUAGUUAAAGUCCAGGAGAUGCUUGAUUAUCCCGACUACGAGCUUGAUAGCAAAUAUGAGGAGGGCUACGUGGUGCGGCAGGGUGGAGUUAUCCGUCUGUCUGUGCCCAUCAAGGGUAAACCUUUCCCUACAUGCAAGUGGACCAAGGAUGGUCAUGACAUCUCCCACCGGGCUAUGAUUGCCACCCAUGAUGACCUCACCGAGCUGAUAAUCAAAGAGGCACAUAAAGACGACACCGGUACCUAUGACCUGGUGCUGGAAAAUAAAUGUGGCAGGAAGGCUGUGUACAUCAAGGUGAAAGUGAUCGGUCGCCCUGAUGCCCCAGAAGGCCCUCUGGAAUUUGAUGACAUUCAGGUCAGAUCAGUCCGGGUCAGCUGGAGGCCUCCAUCAGAUGAUGGCGGCUCUGACAUCCUGGGAUACAUCGUAGAAAGGCGGGAGGUACCCAAGGCUGCCUGGUGUACCGUGGACGCCCGGGUUACUGAGAACUCUCUUGUUGUGAAGGGCCUGAAGGAGAAUGUGCAGUACCACUUCAAGGUCUCUGCCGAGAACCAGUUUGGCAUUAGCAGAACUCUCAAGUCUGAUGAGCCUGUGACGCCAAAGACACCCCUUUGCCCACCAGAACCUCCCAGCAACCCACCAGAGAUCAUGGAUGUGUAUAAGUCUUCAGUGUCUCUGUCCUGGUCCCGGCCCCGAGAUGAUGGAGGCUCCCGUGUCACGGGAUACUACGUGGAAAGGAUGGAGAUUUCAACAGAGAAGUGGGUCCGCCACAACAAGACCCACAUCACCACCACCAUGUACAACGUCACUGGUCUCAUCCCCGAUGCAGAGUACAUGUUCAGAGUGGUGGCUCAGAACGACGUUGGGCAGAGUGAGCCUGGUCCUGCUUCAGAGUCUGUGGUCUGCAAAGAUCCAUUCGACAAACCCAGCCAACCAGGAGAGAUCGACAUCAUCUCUAUCACUAAAGACUGUAUCACCAUUCACUGGCUCAGGCCCGAGCAUGACGGCGGCAAGGAGAUUCUGGGCUAUUGGAUUGAGUUCAGAGAGGCUGGAGAGAGCGCCUGGAAGAAAUGCAACAAGGAGCGCUCCAAGGAUCGCCAGUUCACUAUGGGUGGUUUGAUGGAGGCUACCGAGUAUGAGUUCAGAAUCUUCGCAGAGAAUGAGACUGGACUCAGCCGACCUCGCCGCACACCCAUGGGCAUCAAGACCAAACUGAGCGUUGGUGAGGCUCCAGCUUUGAAGGAAGAGAUCCAAGAUGUAACCACCAAGCUUGGCGAGUCCGGCACACUGACCUGUGGCAUCAUUGGCAGACCUCUGCCUGAGAUCAAGUGGUACCGUUAUGGCAAGGAACUGAUCCAGAGCCGCAAGUACAAGACGAGCUCAGAUGGCCGAAACCACUCCCUUAGCAUCCUGACAGAUGAACAGGAAGACGAGGGCGUGUAUACCUGCAGGGCCGUCAAUGAAGCUGGGGAGAUCGAGACCAGUGGCAAACUGCGCCUGCAGGCUGCACCCCAGUUCCACCCAGGCUUCCCUCUGAAAGAGAAGUACUUCGCUGGAGCUGGCACCAGCCUCCGCCUUCAUGUUGUCUACAUUGGCCGUCCCAUCCCCCAGAUCAUGUGGUUCUAUGGCAAGAAGCCGCUGAAUGCAUCAGAAAAUGUCAUUAUUGAAAACACUGAAAGCUAUACCCACCUGGUGGUGAGGAAUGUCCAGAGGAAGACCAACGCUGGCCGCUACAAAGUGCAGCUCAGCAAUACAUUUGGAACCAUCGACACCGUGCUUCGUGUUGAAAUCCAAGAUAAACCUUGCAUCCCUGAGGGCCCUGUUGUUGUUGAUGCCCUGCUGAAGAGCUCAGUUAUCAUAAGCUGGAAGGUUCCCAAGGAUGAUGGAGGCUCUAUGAUCACCAACUACAUUGUGGAGAAGCGUGAGGCCAAAGAAGGCGAGCAGUGGUGCCUGGUGUCUUCCUCUGUUUCUGGAACCACGUGUCGCGUCCCCAACCUGAUAGAGAACGCUGGCUAUUACUUCAGAGUCUCUGCCCAGAACCAGUAUGGAGUCAGUGAGCCUCUGGAGAUCCCAUCAGUGGUCAUCAUCAAGAGUCCAUUUGAAAAACCUGGCAUCCCACAGCAGCCCUUCUUCAUCAGCUCUACCAAGGACUCCUGCGUUGUCUGCUGGAAGCCUCCAAGCAGCGACGGUGGAGCUAAAAUCACCAGCUACUACCUGGAGAAACGUGAGAAGAAGCAGAACAAGUGGAUGUCAGUGACCAGUAAGAAGUUUGUGGAGACCAACUUCGAGGUCAAGGGCUUGAUUGAGGGCUUUGAAUACGAGUUCCGUGUCAAGUGUGAGAACAUGGGUGGCGAGAGUGACUGGAGUGAGAUCUCUGAACCCAUCAUCCCCAAGUCCGAACAGUCUCCUCGUGCUCCCGUGUUCAGGGAGGAGAUCAGGGACAUGACCGUCAAAUACCAGGCCAAUGCCACCUUUGUCACUAAGGUGGUGGGACAUCCCAAGCCGACAGUGAAAUGGUACCGCAGUGGAAAGGAGAUCCUGGCAGAUGGAACCAAGAUCAAAGCCCAGGAGUUCAAGGGAGGCUAUUACCAGCUGGUCAUCACUACCGCCGAUGAGAAUGAUGCAGCAGUUUACCAAGUCAGAGCAACCAACUCCUCUGGAUCCAUCUCUACAACAGCCAACCUGGAGGUGGAAGUUCCUGCUAAGAUCCACCUUCCCAAGGAGCUCCAGGGAAUGGGAGCAGUCCACGCUGUCCGUGGUGAUCACAUCACCAUCAAGAUCCCCAUCUCUGGCAAGCCCGAGCCAGCAGUCACUUGGCAGAAGGGCCAGGAGAUCCUCUCUAACUCUCCUUAUCACCAAGUCAUCACCACCAGGUCUUUCACUUCCCUGGUCUUCCAGAGGGGAAUGGAAAGGAAGGAUACUGGCUACUACAUUAUUAUAGCAAAGAACAGGUUUGGAACAGACAAGCAAACCAUUGAAGUUAAUGUGGCUGACAUACCCGAAGCUCCAAAGGGACUUGUUGUCAGCGACAUUGGUCGGGACUCCAUUACCUUCACCUGGGAGCCCCCUGCAAAUGAUGGUGGAAGUGAAAUCAUUAGCUACAUUGUGGAGAAGUGUCCCACCACUGCUGAUAGGUGGAUCCGUGCUGGACAGACCACUGACUGCAGCAUCACCAUCAUCAACAUAUUUGGAAAGACCAAGUACCAGUUCCGUGUCAUUGCCGAAAAUCAGUUUGGCCUGAGUGCUCCUUCUGCACCAACUGAGCCCAUCACCACAAAGGAAGACACGUCUGUCAUUAGGAACUAUGACGAGGAAGUUGACGAAGCCAGAGAGGUCACCAAAGAGGAGGCUCUGUUCUACAAGGUGAAGGAGCUGUCCUCCAAGUAUGUCAUCUCUGAGGAACUUUCUCGCUGCCAGUUUGGAGUUGUUCACCGCUGUGUGGAGAUCGCCACAAAGAAGACCUUCAUGGCCAAGUUCAUCAAGGUCAGAGGAACUGACCGUGAGUUGGUUCUCAGGGAGAUUGAGGCCCUCAACGUAGCAAGGCACAAGAAUAUCAUCUACCUACAUGAAUACUUUGAAAGCAUGGAGGAGAUCAUCCUGAUCUUUGAAUUCAUUUCUGGCGUUGACAUCUUCGAGCGCCUUGGCACCUUCAACUUUGAGCUUACAGAGCAGGAAAUCGUCCACUACCUGAGACAAGUCUGCUCUGCCCUCAAGUUCUUGCAUAGCAACAACUUUGGCCACUUUGAUAUCCGCCCAGACAACAUUGUUUACGCAACAAGGAGAAGCACCAACAUAAAGAUUAUUGAGAUGGGCCAGGCUAGACUGCUGGUGCCAGGAGAAAACAUCAGAAUGCUGUUCUCAGCUCCAGAGUACUGUGCCCCUGAGAUCCACCGUCAUGACCUUGUCACAACAGCUACUGAUAUGUGGUCUGUUGGUGUAAUGGCCUACGUUCUGCUGAGUGGCCUUAAUCCAUUUGCAGCAGAGUCUACUACAAAGAUGAUUGAAAACAUCUCCAACUGCGAGUACGUCUUUGACAGAGAAGCAUUUAAGGACACCAGCUUGGAGGCUAUGGACUUUGUGGAUAGACUUCUAGUCAAAGACAGGAAGCUCCGUAUGACAGCCCAUGAGGCUCUGGAGCAUCCAUGGCUCAAGAUGAAGAUUGAGAACAUCAGCAACAAGAUCAUUAAGACAUUAAGACACAGAAGGUACUACCAGACUCUGGUGAAGAGGGUAGAUACUAUUGUAUCAUCAGCUCGUGUGGCCUAUGGUGGCGCCUUCAAGAACCAGAGAGGAUUGGCUGUGGGUAAAGUGAAGAUUGGAACCGAGUACCGUGGACUCCGCACUGGUCCAGUCAUGCAUAGCUCAGCUGAGGAAGGUGGCUAUGUCAGAUUCACUUGUAGCAUCACCAACUAUGACAAGACUACACAGGUGUCAUGGUACUUUGGCAACCGUCAGCUGCACCCAAGCCCCAAGUAUGAAAUCACUUACAGUAAUGGUUUUGCCAGCAUCUAUGUAAAGGACAUUGAAGAGAGUGAUAAUGGCGUGUACAGAUGCAAGGUGGUAAGUGAUGAUGGAGAGGAUAGUGCUUAUGGAGAGCUCUUUGUUGAGACGGUGAGGAGCAUCAGAGAGCACUACAUCAGUCGCUCCAUCAGGAAACUGAGGAGGAAAGUCGACAAAUCUAAACUCCUGCAGAGACCACCAGAGUUCACUUUGCCUCUCUACAAUCGUGCCGCCUACAUUGGAGAAGAUGUUCGCUUUGGUGUCACUAUUACAGUACACCCAGAGCCUCUUGUAGCAUGGCUUAAGAAUGGAGAGAGAAUCAAGCCAGGUGAUGAUGACAGCAAGUACACCUUCACCAGUGAUAAGGGUCUGUACCAGCUGAUGAUCCACAACCUGGACAUAAGUGAUGAUGCAGAAUAUACCGUCAUGGCCCACAACAAGUUUGGAGAAGACAGCUGCAAGGCCCGUCUCACUGUGACGCCCCAUCCUGUGUCGGAGGAAACUAUGAGGCCCAUGUUCAAACGCCUGCUGACUAAUGUUGAGUGUGUUGAAGGAAAUAGCGUCCGCUUUGAGCUCAGAGUCUCUGGAAUCCCAAAUCCUACUCUGAAAUGGGAGAAGGAUGGUCGUCCACUGCAGUUUGGUCAUAAGGUUGUUGUCAUACAGGAGGACAUGGACUACCAUGUCCUGCAUAUCAGAGAGACUCUGCUUGAGGACUCCGGUGUGUACAAGGUCACUGCAACCAACUCUGCUGGCUCUGCAAGCUGCCAGGCUACACUGAGGGUGGACCGCCUUACCUACACAAGGAGAGAGUAUAAGAGUGAGGAGGAGAAACACAGACAUGUACAGAAACAAAUUGAAAAGACAAACAAGAUGGCUCAGCAAAUUGCUGCCACUGAGGAGCUCGUACCCCUCAACCCCACAGCUCAGGAGGCUCUCAAAUUUGCUGCAGAGAUUUACAAACCUGCAGUGAGCACAAAGAAUGUCGAAGGCGAGUUUGACAUCACAGUGGAGAAGUCCGAGACCAAGAAGCUGGAGGAGGAGAGGAGGAUCUUUAUGCCAUAUGAGAUACCCGAACCAGUGGUUCAUGAUCCCAGAGCUCUGGAUGAGGACAAAGCCAUCAAACAGUUUGUGCCUCUCUCUGACAUGAAGUGGUACAGGAAGCUGAGAGACCAGUAUGAGGUUCCAGAAAGGAUGGAGAGGAUUGUACAGAAGAGGCAGAGACGUAUUCGCCUUUCCAGAUGGGAGCAGUUCUAUGUCAUGCCCCUCCCAAGAAUCACCGACCAGUACAGGCCAAGAUGGCGUAUUCCAAAUCUCACUCUGGAUGAUCUGGAGACUGUCAGGCCCGCCCGCCGUUCACCCUCUCCUGAGUCCGAGGUCUCCUUCAGAUCCAGGAGGAGAUCACUGGGAGAUCUCAGUGAUGAGGACCUGCUGCCUGUGGAUGACUACCUUUCCACGAGGAGAACAGAGGAGGAAAAAAUGAUGCUGGAGGAUGAACUUGAGCUCGGCUUUUCUGCCUCUCCUACCGGCAGCCCAGUCCGCAUGGAGCGCCGUGUCAUGGAACGUGAAGAGAGGAGGCAGGAAGUCCGGCACGAGGCUGUUGAGGUUUCUGAAACCAAGAAGAAACGUACUGUUUCUCAGUUUAUGAGGAGGCGAAGAUCCCUGUCUCCCACAUACAUCGAGCUGAUGCGUCCAGUCUCAGAGCUGAUCAGACCAACACGUGCCAAGCCUCCUGUGGAAGAAGGGGAUGUAGAGGUUGUAGCGAGGAGGUCCCCCACACCCGAGAGGACCCGUCCUCGUUCUCCCAGCCCCAUCAGGUCUGUUGAGAGGACGUCCCGCUCUUCCUCUAGGUUUGAGCGGUCUGCCCGCUUCGACAUCAUGUCCCGCUAUGAGGCUAGAAAGGCUGCUCUGAAGUCUGAGAGGAAAUAUCAGGUGGCUAGCCAGACUCCUUUCAGCCUGGACCAUGUUCCCCGUGUGACCGUCAGGAUGCGCUCUCAUCGCAUACCAAUUGGCCAAGACACCAAAUUCACCUUGAACAUUCAAGCCAAGCCAGAGGCCGAAGUCAAGUGGUUCCACAAUGGAAGUGAAAUCUCUGAAAGCAGUGAGAAAUACAUCUUCAUCAACAUGAGCGGUGUUUUGUCCAUCACUAUUUUGGACUGCCAGGACGAGGACAGUGGCACGUACCGCUGUGUGUGCUCCAACUCCAAGGGAGAGGCUUCCGAUUAUGCCACACUUGAUGUGUCAGGCGGCGGCUACACGACCUUCUCCUCUCGCCGCAGGGAUGAGGAUGCUCCCAAAGGAUAUGUCCCUGAAGUCACUCGUAUCGACCACUACCACACCACCCACUUCAAAGCUGGCUAUGCUUCUGAGACCCGCCUCGAAGUAGAAGAGAGCAAGUCCAAGCUAACUGAGACGCAUGAGGUCGCCACACGAGAAAGAUACGCUGCCUCCUCUGAGAGGUAUUCUUCAGCUGAGAGAUACUCCUCGGCUGAGAGAUACUCCUCAGCUGAGAGGUAUGAAUCAUCUAUCAAGUGUGCCUCUGCUGAUUACCUGUCAUCUAGUUCCUCCUACUCAUCUGACAAGUUUGCUCUGACUGGUAAGCUCACAACAUCUGAAGCUAAACUCAAGGCAUCUGCUGCUGUUGUUGAGGAAGUUGCUGUCCAAAAGGUGAAGCCUUCUCUUCCUGCCAGAAUCCUCACCAAGCCCCAGUCUGUGACAGUAGCAGAGGGAGAGACAGCUCGAUUCUCCUGUGAUAUAGAUGGUGAUCCUGCACCCACUGUAACAUGGAUGCAUGAGAGCAGAACCAUUACCUCAUCUCACCAUGUCAAGGUCACUACCACUCAGUACAAAUCCAGCCUGGAGAUCUCCUCUGUGACAACCUCCAAUGAGGGAAGUUACACAGUGGUGGUUGAGAACUCAGCAGGCAGACAAGAGGCUCAGUUCACUUUGACCAUCCGCAGACCAGUUCCCAAAGAGGAAGUCAAGACAGUCAAAUCCCCUGAACCAUCCGUAAAGUCACCCACUCCCAGUGUGACACCUGCUCCCUCUGUAACUUCCCCUGUCCCCAGCGUAAAGUCGCCUGAGCCUUCUAAAUCCCCAGCUCCAGGUGUGAAGUCACAAACACCGAGUGUGAAGUCUCCUGAACCAGAGGGAAUUAAAACUCCUGCAGGUGUAAAGUCUCCUGAGCCAGCUGCACCCUCUCCAGCACCCAGCUUAAAAUCACCAGCUCCAGGUGUCAAAUCUCCUGAACCUGAGGGAGUGAAGUCACCACGGGGUUUGAAAUCUCCUGAACCCAGACUGAAGUCUCCAACACCAUUAAAAUCUCCAGCGGGAGUGAAGACACCUGAACCCGAAGAAGUAAAAUCACCUCGAGGUAUCAAAUCUCCAGAGCCUGCAGGGAUCAAAACACCAAGAGGGUUGAAGUCACCAGAACCUGCUGGAAUCAAAACACCAAAAGGCAUCAAGUCCCCAGAACCUACAGGACUCAAAUCACCACCAAGGAUGAAGUCUCCUCCUCCCAUCUUCGGCCAAAAGAGGGUUGUGUCCCCACCAAUCCCAAAACCUCCCAAAGUCCUGAGUCAGUUAACAGCCGAGGCCUGUGAGAGCUCUGUGAGGAUGUCCUGCGUCUGCGAGAGCAGCGUCAGGGAGGUGGUGUGGUACGUCAACGGGAGGAGGCUUUCGCAAAGCAGCCACUUUGAGAUGCACUACUCUGAGGGCUCCUGCAGCCUUCUGAUCCACGAUUUGGCAGACAGUGAUCAAGGAGAGUACAUCUGUGAGAUGACAUCAGAUGGGGGGGUAUCCAAAUCCUCCUUCUCCUUCACUGGACAGGUGUUCCAGUCCAUACGCAUGAAGAUCACAGCCUACCGCGAGCAGCAACUGGCCGUUAAAGGAUCAAUGAUGAUGAGUCAGAAGGAGUCAUCAUCAUCCAUGAGCUCUUCCAUGAUGAUGAAGAAAGAAAUGCAUGCAAUGGAGGAGUCGUCCUCCUUCUCCUCCCAGCAGGCAAUGAUGUCCUCCAUGAUGGAGUCCAGCUCUUUCAGCAGUAUGGCAGCCGAGAUGAAGUUUGAGACCAUGUCCAUGUCCAGCAUGUCCUCAGUGACAUCUGAGACGUACGCCAUGAGCUCGAGCAGUCUCACGGAGGGAUCCUCGUUCAGAGCAAUCGGUUCGGCUCCCAGGAUCGAGGCUCUGCCAGAAGACAUCAGCAUCGAGCCGGGCAAAAUCCUGACGGUGGCCUGUGCCUUCUCCGGCGAUGCCAAACACAUUGAGUGGUCCCGCAGCGGCAGAACCAUCGAGGUCACGGCCGGUGGACGCUUCCACAUCGAGACCACGGAGGACCUGACUACCCUCAUCAUCACUGGGGUAAAGGAGGAAGACGCUGGAACUUACACCCUCAAACUAUCCAACGAGCUCGGAUCCGAUACAGCGACUGUUCACAUUAGCAUUCGAUCAGUGUAAAAAAAAAAAAAAUCUAAUCUUGCGAUCUUCCCCUUUUCCCUACUUCCAUGCCUUUUUAUUUAUUAAUUGAGCGAAAUAAUCUACUUGAUAAAGAUCUGGAUUUCUGUUCUUGUAAAUAUGAACUAUUUUUGUACCAAUCUUGACAUUAAUUUAUGCCAAACUAGACUAAAGUCUAAAGUUGUUAUAAAAUGUGCCAUAUUGGAUAACUAUGACUUAGGAUUUUUGAUCCAUUUUUCUGUGACAUGUACAUAAUGUAUAUAGCCGAAUUUAACGGUUAUGGGAAAUGUAUGCAUUGUUAUUUAUGACAAUAAUAUUAACUGAAACUAAAUGAAACUAAAUGUGGUUUAACAGGAGAAAGUUUCACCUGGAACGAAUACCCUGUCAAACUUAGAAACUAAACUCUGUGCCUCAACGAUAAGUUGAAGUCUUAAGAUUGCCUCAACAGGUAGAGAGGCUCCCUGUUGAUGUUAACUCAAUCAGAGACAGAACUAUGAAUGCACUGCUGGAGAGUGAGAGCAGUGCUGUUGCAUUGUAAACAAGAGCGUGAGAUCCUGAGUGCUGUUUGCAUUUACCCUCAUGUAAGCAGGACGACUGGACCUCGCGCUCUGACUGAUUAUGUCAUACCGCCAUUUCGAUGACAUGCUCACAGUGCGAGCGGCCUGCACUCCCUGAGCACAAGCGUUUCUUUUUUGUUUUGUGCUCCGCUUCUGGCAAACGACCACUCGCUUGACUCUUCAGUCGUACCAUCAACCUGGCCAAUCACGUUUAAAAAAAGAGUCCAUCCUGUGCUCGUUUGCAGAGGCGGAGCUGUCUCUUGGAGGUCUGCAGUGUGUUUGUGUGUUAGCUUUUAGAAGUUCACCUGUCAGUCAAGCUGGGCGCCGCCAAGCAGAUGCAGCCGUAACAAACCGCCGCUGCGUUCAACGAUGACGGAAAGAAGCGUGGGCUUGCGUGUUGCUCAGCACUUUGGUUUGAUGGAAGUUAGAGUUGUUAGCCUUGAAUAUUUUCGCAGCCUCCUUGAGUUUUUCUCCAAUUAUUGAUUUAAUAAAGCAUGAUUAUCAGCACUAUG